UGUGGAAGACCCGCAAGUCAACAGAAACAAGUAAGAAUGCGUGGUAAACAGAACUAAUCAAAAGUAUUGUAGUUAAGUAGAGGGUUUACAAGUUAAGACCUGCCUUAAAAGCUUACAGGCGAUUGAUUUUGUGUUUUCUUGCUGGCGUGCAGUGGGUCUAAAUUUUGUGUGCUGUGUAUUUAUGGUGAAUGCUAAGGUGAAACAGAAUCUUAAUGAUUUAGAAUUGAAGGUUGCUGCUACUGAAGUGCGGGUAGGAUGAGAGCUGGACUAGAUGCUCCUCUCCUCUGUGGGUAGGGUGACUCAUCCGGCUCGAUUCUCUCUCUACUGCAUAACAUCAGCAGCCAGCUAGCUACCUUUAUCUCUCUGGCACCGGCUCUGUUGAGUCUAUAACACACACACACACACACACACACACACACACACGUAGGUAUCCCUCACUUGGUUUCCUCCUCUUUCUCUUCUAGUCUCUUUUCCCCUCUGUCUUUUAAACUAGCCGUAUAUCAUGCAGGGAGAGAGGCAGAGCUGAUUGCUGGACACUGUGUGCCAGACUGGAAUAGGCUAGGUCUACAUCAUUAGAAUGCAGAUGAAAAACCUUUCAGACUUCACUCACACUAGCAUAUCUAAAGGCAAUUAUGUAGCCCAGGGCUAUUCAACUAGGCUAUAGGCUAUAUUCCUAUGGGGGUUAAUUUGCUGGGGGGCCGGACAUUUUCGACAUACGAUUAUUCUUCCGAAUAUCUGUAUCAAAAACAAUGCACACACACACACCAUAUAAAGCACUUUUAUGUUGCUUAAAGUAAUCGGGUCAUUUUAAAAUCCUCUGAAAACGUUGUGUUUUCUCUUUACUGCCCUAACACACAGAUAGUGAUAACAUGGACCAGUAAGCAAAUUUUAUUAUCUGUUUAGGAAAUAAAUGUGUACAAAUUGUUUAAGGAAACUUUUGAAUCUGGCCUUAUUGCCAUUAUCUCAAUAAAAGUUAUAAAUAACACAAAGAUAUGGCCUAAUUCAAAAUGUCAGUCUAUAAGAAGUAUGCUUUGAAUUAGGGCUGACCCCAUUUAGUCGACAGGUCGAUUGUUUGGUUGAUAGGCUGUUGGUCGACCGAGAUUUCUUUAGUCGAGCAGUAGCAAAAAAAAAAAUCAUGGUGUACAAGACACCUGUCUGAUUGGCUCCUGUCUCAGUGGACUGAUCCAUAGUGGAGGCCACAGGGAUGGUACAGUCCAUCACUCUAAGACAUGUGCUACUGAAAGUGUAUAUGGUUAUAUAACAUAAGAACAAUGGUCCAACACUAAUAAAAAUAAUAUUAUUUUAUAACAAAUGCACUUUUUCCUUCGUUGGAUAGUGGUCGCUGUCCGUGGUUCAGAAACACAUCAGUGCGCUGUUGAAUUGGCGCCUUUUCCUAGACCAUGUUGCUAUGUGCAUAAUAGCAAAGUUAACCAGCAUAUUGGUGUUGAGAACAAUGCCAGAGGCAGCAGCAGAAUGAGGAGAGAAAACAGCCCUUGCCUUAUGAGGAGAGCGGAAAACCCAACUUAAUUAGGUCUAUAAUCAAUAGCCUAACUGUUAAAUGUGCCUGGCUUUAUAAAUCAUCCAUAAAUAUCUAUAUAAAUAAGACAGAUCCUGCUUUUGUUGCCUGUUUGAGUGUCUGUUUAAUAGAUACUGAUUCCAUGAGCACCAAGCCUCACGCAACGACAUGUCAAGUAAAGAAUUUCACAUUGGCUGUUUUUAAUCGUUGCUUUGCUGUAAUAAAGGCUUUACACUUUUUUUCGUUAGAACAGCCUCUCUGGUAUUAUUUAUAAUUUAUAGUUUACACUGUUCCAAAUGUCAUAAUAUUAACAACAAUAUCGCUCUGUGACGAGUACUGAGGAUACGAAGAGGCAGAACGCAGACGCAGGAAUCAACAAGGUAAAGGUUUACUUAACAAUGAGAAAGAGAAUAACAAGGAGCGAGUAAACGACACGACGCUAACAAUUACACACAACAAUGACUGAACAGUCCAGGGCUUUAUAGUGGUGGUGAUGAGAUGAUGAGAUGCAGGUGCGCUGGAGGUGAUUAGGGUGCGUUGGGUUUCCAUUCCUGUGUUGCCGAGGUGGUGCGUUCAGACCGGUGGCUCAGUAGACCGGCGAAUCAGAGCGUCGGAGGGGAGCAACAGGAGGAGACGUGACACGCUCCUUUUUCUUGAUCUCCUUCUUAUGGCUAUUAUUACUAUUAUCAUAAGUAAUGUCAUUAUCUUUUUUUUUUUUUUUACUCCCUUUUUCUCCCCAAUUUUGAUCUUGUCUCAUCGCUGCAACUCUCCAACAGGCGGCGAAGGUCGAGCCAUGCAUCCUCCGAAACCAAACCGCGCUUCUUAACACCCGCCAGCUUAACCCGGAAGCCAGCCGCACCAAUGUGUCAGAGGAAACACAAGAGGAAACACCGUUCAACUGACGACCGAGGUCAGCCUGCACAAGGACUCGCUAGAGCACGAUGAGCCAAGUAAAGCCCCCCCCCCCCGGCCAAACCCUCCCCUAACCCGGACGACGCUGGGCCAAUUGUGCGCCUCCCUAUGGGACUCCCGAUCACGGCCGGUUGUGAUACAACCCUGGAUCGAACCCGGGUCUGUAGUGAUGCUUCUAGCACUGCGAUGCAGUGCCUUAGACCGCUGCACCACUCGGGAGGCCCUAGUCACAUCAUUAUCAUUAGUAGGCUUAGUAUAGGCCUUGUAUAACCACAAUUGAGCUGUAGGCGUAAGAGCGCAUCCUUUUUAGUCUUAAUACCGUAACUAUUUCAAUACUUUAUAUAGGCUGAAUCAAUCAUUCAUUUGUUCAUGUAAUCACACAGCAUACCAGUCAUUCAUGAUUUGAAAUGCAAUCAAGCAUUUUAGUUUUAAAAUAAAAUAAAGCAAGCCUUGAAUAAUUAGCUUAAACAAUAAAUAAACCGUUCCAUUUCGGAAAUUGCAUUCACGAAUGAAUGCGACAGUUUUUAGUCUUUGCUAUAACAAAUACUUAACAAAAAAACAUUAUAACAGACUGUCUGGUACACUUAUCAUUUAUUUAAUGUCAUUUACAUUGUUCCAAACGGUCAGAAUUGUUUUCUAUUGUAAUCUAUACAGCACCUGUUUGGCACACAUAAUAUGACACAGCGUUUUCUCCUUACCUUCUUUUUCUUGAUCUCCAGUAUUUUUCACAACUAGUCAAAUUUAUUCCACACAUCUGACUUUCCCUUUACCUCCUGAGCAACCAGGAAACAUUCCCGUUUCGAGUUUAUUUGUCACGUCCUCUGCAUCCAUUUUGCUGUCACAUGUGUUACGGUGUUCAGAGUUUAUUAUAACCAAUUUAUUGAUCGAAAGAACAGACGACUCUUGGUCGACCAAGAUCUUUUUUUUCCCGGGACAGCCCUACUUUGAAUUCAUUUUCCUCAGUCAUUAGGAGCACUUUUUCUCAUACUCCUUUCUAACAUGUCUGGUGCGGCUUGUAAGCAUCAUAGAGAGAACAGAAGGCACGUACGUGUUCUUGAGAGUCUUCAGGCAAGGGGUCAUAAUAGCUUAUGGCCCUAACCGUUCAAUGGCCCCCCAAAAAAAUUAUCAACAUGCAACAUUUGCGCUAGAAACUGCUAAAACCGCUAGAAGCCACACUAAUAGGCCUAGUUGUACUUCUCAUUUUGGCAAUAAAUGUUAGAUUUAUGUGAAGAUUUUCCCCCCGAUCUUUUUAUUAAUGUCCAGAAGAGGCCAGUCUAAAUUGAUAAAAGGGCGGGAUCUGGCUCACAGGCCUACAGUUGAAUAGCCCUGAUUUAGCUAGACAUGGCAUUUAUAAAUGAACAAAUGUGCAAAAUGUUGAUGGUAAUGACUCCACCGUAGCCUAUAGCCUAUGGCCUGUCUGACUUUGCUGGUCUGACCAACAGACCCGUUUUUUUGUCCCUGAUACACCUUUCACAUAGGAUUCACGGUAUGUUGCCUGUAAAAACAAUUGGGCAAUGUUCAUAUGAUCCCCUUUCAAACAGCCCCAUUUUCACCUCUUUCUUGUCUGCAUUCGUCUUUUAUAUAGCCAUUGCUUAGCCGACAAGGAGCAAGAGACAUUCAACUUUGACCCUGUUGUAGCGACCGUUGUCUUGGUAACCUGAUGUGACAGCAGCAAGUUCUAAAUUCCUCCUACAGAAUGCACUGCAUUAAUUUCUUCACAUUUACAAACGCUCAACACCAGUUGAAUAUGGCCGGUGUCAGUAAAAGUCGGCAAAAAAGUGUAAUUAAAUUGUUGCCAGCAGCACAGUUACAGUCACCAAUGCUCUGGAUAACAUGAAAACAGCCUAACCAGCUCUGCUAGGGCGAGUAAAAUGGUCAGAGUGAGGUGUUCUUUCAUUUAUGUCUGGAAGUAGCUAGCAAGCUAGCCAAUGUUAGCAAGUUAGCUUGGGUGCUUGACUGCCGUUGUGUGGUCAGAACGUUCGGAUCAACCCUACUCCUCGGCCAGAGCGUCCAGUGUGCGCUCGGAACGCUCCGCGAGCGAAACGCUCUGAAUUUACGAAUGGACAAUCGGACAACGCUCUGAAUGUGAGUAUUAAAACCUACCCUAACCAGAAACCGUGGAUAGAUGGCAGCAUUCGCGCCAAUCCGAAAGUGUGAACCACCGCAUUCAACCAUGGCAAGGUGACUGGGAAUAUGGGAGAAUACAAACAGUGUAGCUACUCACUCCGCAAGGCAAUUAAACUGGCAAAACAUCAGUAUAGAGACAAAGUGGAGUCGCAAUUCAACUGCUCAGACAUGAGAUGUAUGUGGCAGGGUCUACAGACAAUCACGGACUACAAAAGGAAAACCAGCCACGUCGCUGACACCGACGUCUCGCUUCCAUACAAGCUAAACACCUUCUUCGCCCGCUUUGAGGAUAACACAGUGCCACUGACGAAGCCCACUACCAAGGACUGUGGCCUCUCUUUCUCCAUGGCUGACGUGAUUAAGACAUUUAAGCAUGUUAACCCCCGCAAGGCUGCCGGCCCAGAUGGCAUCUCUAGCCGUGUCCUCAGAGCAUGCGCAGACCAGCUGGCUGGUGUGUUUAUGGACAUAUUCAAUCUCUCACUUUCCCAGUCUGCUGUUCCCACAUGCUUCAAGAUGGCCACCAUUGUUCCUGUACCCAAGAAAGCAAAGGUAACUGAACUAAAUGACUAUUGCCCUGUAGCACUCACCUCUGUCAUCAUGAAGUGCUUUGAGAGACUAGUCAAGGAUCAUAUCAUCUCUACCUUACCUGUCACCCUAGACCCACUUCAAUUUGCUUACCACCCCAAUAGAUCCACAGACGAUGCAAUCGCCAUCACACUGCACACUGCCCUAUCCCAUCUGGACAAGAGGAAUACCUAUUUAAGAAUGCUGUUCAUUGACUAUAGCUCAGCAUUCAACACCAUAGUACCCUCCAAGCUCAUCAUCAAGCUCGAGGCCCUGGGUCUGAACCCCGCCCUGUGCAACUGGGUCCUGGACUUCCUGACGGGCCACCCUCAGGUGGUGAAGGUAGGAAACAACAUCUCCACUUCGCUGAUCCUCAACACUGGGGCCCCACAAGGGUGCGUGCUCAGCCCCCUCCUGUACUCCCUGUUCACCCAUGACUGCGUGGCCAAGCACACCUCCAACUCAAUCAUCAAGUUUGCAGACGACACAACAGUAGUAGGCUUGAUUACCAACAAUGACGAGACCGCCUACAGGGAGGAGGUGAGGGCUCUGGGAGUGUGGUGCCAGGAAAAUAACCUCUCACUCAAUGUCAACAAAACAAAGGAGAUGAUCGUGGACUUCAGGAAACAGCAGAGGGUGCACCCCCCUAUCCACAUCGACGGGACCGCAGUGGAGAAGGUGGAAAGCUUCAAGUUCCUUGGCAUACACAUCACCGACAAACUGAAAUGGUCCACCCACGCAGACAGUGUGGUGAAGAAGGCGCAACAGAGCCUCUUCAACCUCAGGAGGCUGAAGAAAUUCAGCUUGGCACCUAAAACCCUCACAAACUUUUACAGAUGCACAAUUGAGCGCAUCCUGUCGGGCUGUAUCACCACCUGGUACGGCAACUGCACCGCCCGCAACCGCAGGGCUCUCCAGAUGGUGGUGCGGUCUGCCGAACGCAUUAUCGGGAGCAAACUACCCGCCCUCCAAGACACAUACAGCACCCGAUGUCACAGGAAGGCCAAAAAGAUCAUCAAGGACAUCAACCACCCGAGCCACUGCCUGUUCACCCCGCUAUCAUCCAGAAGGUGAGGUCAGUACAGGUGCAUCAAAGCUGGGACCGAGAGAAUGAAAAACAGCUUCUAUCUGAAGGCCAUCAGACUGUUAAAUAGCCAUCACUAGCACAUUAGAGGCUGCUGCUGCCUAUUGAAAUCACUGGCCACUUUAAGAAAUGGAACACUAGUCACUUUAAUUAUGUUUACAGUCACCGUUAUGAUGUCAUUUCAUAGUGUUGUGGGAACCAGGUUAAAUUUAGUAGAUAAGUGAUUCUGGGCGCCGCACAGUCUGAAUACCAAGGAUUCCAUUAUGUCGAGGGAGAUUACUGAGGUUUAUCUUAGAAUGAUUGAUGGACAUGAUAUACUGAUUUGGGUACAGGGUAAUACCAUCAAAGAAGGGAGUGCCAAAUGAUGGUUAACAGAUGUUGUUGAAGAAACGUGUCACAUGAGGUAUAUAAACUGAGAGGUUUUAUAAUAUGCCAUUUAGCAGACGCUUUUAUCCAAAGCGACUUACAGUCAUGCGUGCAUACAUUUUUUUUUUGGUGUAGUGGUCCCGGGGAUCGAACCCACUACCUUGGCGUUACAAGCGCCAUGCUCUACCAGCUGAGCUACAGAGGACCAGGGUGAUGGUCAACCUGCCACAGGGUACAGAUAACGGAUCACAGGCACCAGUUCAGCGGUGACAUGUUAUGAUAGUUCCCCACUGUGUGGUCUUGAACCUGACUGCCAUGACCCUUAAGCUUCACUGUGAGUUAUCGACUAGCCUACUUCCACUCAUAAUCAUCUUGUUCUCUGGGAGUCUUUGGACAGGGACACAUUUAUUUGUGCAGGUCACCUCUGCUAUAACAAAGAGAGACAUUCUGGAACAAUCCCAACUGACAAAGCAGUGAUUUGUGAAGUUCCUUAUACAAAUUGUCCCUCAAUGGCUGCUGGCCACCUCGCCUGUUCAGAUCUCCAACCCUCAUAUCAGAGAGAAGCUGAGCGACUCUUCCCCCAUCCCUACCCAGACAAGGAGAUAAUAAUGCCUUCUCAUAGGUUUUCUUUGUCUGUUAGUUCGGAUGUUGUUAACGAACCCGGUACCGACUAUUAAAUAUUUGUAUGAACUCUCUAUCUAAGUGUUAAAUAUUUUCUUGCAUCAUGAAUUACUUGAUACCCGAGAAACUCAUCAUAACAGUCACUUUAUAAUGUUUACAUAUCUUGUACUACUCAUCUCAUAUGUAUAUAAUGCAUUCUAUUCUAUAAUAUUCUACUGUAUCUUAGUCCAUGCCGCUCUAUCAUUGCUUGUCCAUAUACAGUGGGGAAAAAAGUAUUUAGUCAGCCACCAAUUGUGCAAGUUCUCCCACUUAAAAAGGUGAGAGAGGCCUGUAAUUUUUAUCAUAGGUACACGUCAACUAUGACAGACAAAUUGAGAAAAAAAAAUCCAGAAAAUCACAUUGUAGGAUUUUUAAUGAAUUUAUUUGCAAAUUAUGGUGGAAAAUAAGUAUUUGGUCACCUACAAACAAGCAAGAUUUCUGGCUCUCACAGACCUGUAACUUCUUCAUUAAGAGGCUCCUCUGUCCUCCACUCGUUACCUGUAUUAAUGGCACCUGUUUGAACUUGUUAUCAGUAUAAAAGACACCUGUCCACAACCUCAAACAGUCACACUCCAAACUCCACUAUGGCCAAGACCAAAGAGCUGUCAAAGGACACCAGAAACAAAAUUGUAGACCUGCACCAGGCUGGGAAGACUGAAUCUGCAAUAGGUAAGCAGCUUGGUUUGAAGAAAUCAACUGUGGGAGCAAUUAUUAGGAAAUGGAAGACAUACAAGACCACUGAUAAUCUCCCUCGAUCUGGGGCUCCACGCAAGAUCUCACCCCGUGGGGUCAAAAUGAUCACAAGAACGGUGAGCAAAAAUCCCAGAACCACACGGGGGGACCUAGUGAAUGACCUGCAGAGAGCUGGGACCAAAGUAACAAAGCCUACCAUCAGUAACACACUACGCCACCAGGGACUCAAAUACUGCAGUGCCAGACGUGUCCCCCUGCUUAAGCCAGUACAUGUCCAGGCCCGUCUGAAGUUUGCUAGAGUGCAUUUGGAUGAUCCAGAAGAGGAUUGGGAGAAUCUCAUAUGGUCAGAUGAAACCAAAAUAUAACUUUUUGGUAAAAACUCAACUCGUCGUGGUUGGAGGACAAAGAAUGCUGAGUUGCAUCCAAAGAACACCAUACCUACUGUGAAGCAUGGGGGUGGAAACAUCAUGCUUUGGGGCUGUUUUUCUGCAAAGGGACCAGGACGACUGAUCCGUGUAAAGGAAAGAAUGAAUGGGGCCAUGUAUCGUGAGAUUUUGAGUGAAAACCUCCUUCCAUCAGCAAGGGCAUUGAAGAUGAAACAUGGCUGGGUCUUUCAGCAUGACAAUGAUCCCAAACACACCGCCCGGGUAACAAAGGAGUGGCUUCGUAAGAAGCAUUUCAAGGUCCUGGAGUGGCCUAGCCAGUCUCCAGAUCUCAACCCCAUAGAAAAUCUUUGGAGGGAGUUGAAAGUCCGUGUUGCCCAGCGACAGCCCCAAAACAUCACUGCUCUAGAGGAGAUCUGCAUGGAGGAAUGGGCCAAAGUACCAGCAACAGUGUGUGAAAACCUUGUGAAGACUUACAGAAAACGUUUGACCUGUAUCAUUGCCAACAAAGGGUAUAUAACACAGUAUUGAGAAACUUUUGUUAUUGACCAAAUACUUAUUUUCCACCAUAAUUUGCAAAUAAAUUCAUUAAAAAUCCUACAAUGUGAUUUUCUGGAUUUUUUUUUCUAAUUUUGUCUGUCAUAGUUGACGUGUACCUAUGAUGAAAAUUACAGGCCUCUCUCAUCUUUUUAAGUGGGAGAACUUGCACAAUUGGUGGCUGACUAAAUACUAUUUUUCCCCACUGUAUGUAUAUUUUCUUAAAUUCCAUUCCUUACUAGUUUUGUGUGUAUUAGGUAUAUGUUGUGAAAUUUUUAGAUAUUACUUGUUAGAUAUUACUGCACUGUCGGAGCUAGAAGCACAAGCAUUUCGCUACACCCGCUAUAACAUCUGCUAAACACGUGUAUGUGACAAAUAACAUUUGAUUUGAGUUUAUGUACGAAUGCCCAGAGCACACUCUGAGGGCACUCUGGCACUCCAGAUUGAAUUUACCAACACACCCUAAAUUAGCAGCUUGUCAUGCUUGUAAAUAAUUUGUAAAUAAUUACCUUGUAAUGUGUUAAUUUUCCUGUUAUGGUGAAUAAAAAGUUGGCUACAGUUAAACUCAAAAAGUUGUCAGAUGUGUUCUGGUAAUUAUAUGAGCUGACUAGCCAGCUAGAUAGAUAGCUAGUUUACAACGAACCAAAACAUUGUCUAAAAAGUUGCUUUUAGUUGCCUGGCUUGUUAGAUUGACAUAUCCUAAAUACAUUUUUAAACGGAUAGGUUUUUUGGUGCAAGAAAUAGAACAGGUAACGUUGCUUUUUGGACCAGGCUGCUGAGAUGUCAUGCCGUUUAUGUGUUUAUACUUGUUCGUAAUGACAAGGACAAGUUUAAUGUUGGACAACAGCAAUAGAAUGUUCAUUAUUGAAUGGUGUCAAAGACGGUAAGAUGAAAGGGGACGUAGGGGUUGCCGGGACUUUUAAACAUAUUAUUGCAUCCAUAACUACCACAGUUGGCGGAAAUAAAAGUAUAGGCUUUGUUACCGGCAUUACCUUUCAGAUGUAAAGAAUAGGCGGAAAAAGGUUGGCAGCUUUUCGUCUUGGUUUGAAGGGGGUUUUAGAGACAGAAGCAUGCUAUUCCAGCUUCUUUAAUCAGCCUGGAACUUAAUGGCCUUGAUAACGGCAGUUAGUCCAAUCAACUGAUUUCUGCAUAAUGUCUAAUUAUUGCCUGUAUGGAUGAAUAUCUUAACUCAAUCACAUCUUUAUGUUUAGUGCGUCAACAGCUAAAGUAAAUUACAGCGAUGAAAAGGACCCUACGGCUCUCGCCACCACCUCUCUCUGCGGAGGCAGCUGUUGCCACGGCAACUCUCUUUUUCUUUAUGUUAGAUUUGCAAUGUCAAUCAGGAAGGCAACAAUGUUCCUCAAUUCCCUGAUUCGCUGCCGUGGUGUGCAAUUAUAGUCCUCCCACACAAUGCUAAAUAUAUCAUACCACCAUACAAGGCUUAAUAUUAACUUUCUUUAUAAAAUUGCUCUUUGGUCUGCUCUCAAUACCAUAAAAAUGCAGUAGGUAUACAGUCACUUUUUUUUUUACUGAUAAUGUUACAUUGUGAGUUAAAAAAAUUAAUAAUAAUAAUCAACGUAAAGUUUCUCAGCAUGGGAUAUGAGUCAAAACAUUGAAGUAAAACUCAUGACUGAUACAAGCUUUUCAUCCUGCCUCAAUCCCAUUUCCUUUACUAUGCUAAUUAAAACUGGGCAUAUUAAUGUUUUCCUUUGGUCUCUCUGGGUCCCAUUUAGGUGCUUUGUUAAACACAGUGAAGUGUAACAAGUGGUGUAAUAAGGAGAGGACCCUCUCAUUAUAGCUGUGGUGAUGGUCAACCUGCCACAGGGUACAGAUAGCGGAUCACAGGCACCAGUUCAGAGGUGACAUGUUACGAUAGUUCCCCACUGUGUGGUCUUGAACCUGACUUCCACUCAUAAUCAUCUUGUUCUCCGGGAGUCUUUGGACUGGGACACAUUUAUUUGUGCAGGUCACCUCUGCUAUAACAAAGAGAGACGUUCUGGAACAAUCCCAACUGACAAAGCAGUGAUUUGUGAAGUUCCUUAUACAAAUUGUCCCUCAAUGGCUGCUGGCCACCUCGCCUGUUCAGAUCUCCAACCCUCAUAUCAGAGAGAAGCUGAGCGACUCUUCCCCCAUCCCUACCCAGACGAGGAGAUAAUAAUGCCUUUUCAUAGGUUUUAGCUGGGCUUUUAAAUGGCACCUGCAAUCUGUCUCAUACUGAGGAUUUAGUUUGACACUCCCAGCCAGCCAUACUGUAUGUAGUAAGGUAUUUCUAAAAUGUUAUAUGCUGAGUGAAUCUGAAUGGUAGCUUCAUAUCUAUUUUCCAUACCUAGGCUACAUCAUUAAUGUGGUAAUAUGUGUGUCAUCGCUUGAUCAGAGAAUUUAAAAUAAUGAUUAGUAAUUGAUUGGAGAAGUCAAAUAGCUUUCAAUCCAUGAAGGAAAGAUGCCUGGUCAUGAAGGAAUAGAGCUGUUUCUUCUCAAUCCUCUCGCCUAAAGCCUGAAACCUGUGUAGUCAUUACUGUAUAACAUCAAUAUCAGAUGUUGAUAUCAGUCAGAGAUCAGUUUGAAACAAUUAUUUAGUUGGACUUUAUCCACACAGGAAAAAUUAUUUGAAGAGUGAAACACAGAGGAAGGAAAGGUUUUCUUUGUCCACCCCCACAACACGCUGCCUUCACUUCAAAGUCUGACAGAUAGUGUCUUGAGGAAACAUCAUUAGCUAUCGGCUAAGGUACAUCAUUGUCUCUGGCUCUGCGUCAAUAGUUCAGACUCUUUUCAAAUGCUGCUUCCCCAUGAUUACAGUUAGGCCAGUUGUUUGAGUAAUUGCCACAGUACAGCAGUGUUAUAUGGAUUCAAAGACAUUCCCCCCUCCCAGACAGCAUACAAGCUUUGUGGACUGAAGGUUGUUCGUCAUAGAGAUACGGUGCCCACGUCUGAUGUAGGAAGAGGAGAAUGGGACUGUGUGGGAUGGAUGCUGCUGGUGUGGGGUGGUUAGGUGCUGCUGGUAUCUAGAGUCUUUAGUCAUAAUUGUGAGUCCAACCGUCAUUCCUGCGUCACUGCAGUUGGUUGGAGGAGAGAUGAAAUUGGAGGGAUGAGCCAGCAUGUGUCUCUCUCCACAGGAUCUCUCAAGCAAUCUGUGUCAACAGAUAGGUGGGAGACCAGGUUGUGGUUUGUAUUAAACUACAUAGAUGCUCUCUCUAGUGUUGAGUCAACAACACUAAUGUCAGCAUCUGUUGGUCAACACUGAGAGAGGGAUCAUAGUCUCAGAUCAAAAAUGUAGCACAGUGACAGACAGUGACUUGACAGUGGCAUCACUGCUGAGUGUUGAUCUCUGGGUGUCAUAGAUUACAAUGAUGUUAGAUUCAAAGCCAUUGCCUGUUCGCAAAGUGAGAGGAGUUAAUCAAUUUUACAGCUCGGCAUGUUUUCCGUCACAUCGUCUUUAAACAGUACAGACAGAUGAGCCAACAAACUGUCAAGCGAAGCAACGUGGUGACAUAAUGACAUCGUUGAAUCCACUCAAACCAUUUUACACUCUGAAGCAUGAUUUUGUCAGAGAAUCCUGUGAAAUUUGGGAGACUGUUUUAGCCUCAGAUUAGCCAGGACAAACAUAUUUUCACGAUUUCACUAUUAUAAUCAAAAUCAAUAAAUCAUUGCACGUUUUGGGGCUCAUUCAGUAGUUUUUACCUGAUAAAGUAGAAUCCUGUUGAAAAAUUGUGUUAAAAUAAUCAUUUAUAUUCCUAAAACAUGCAUUGAAAAUGAUACUGUUGCUGCCUGUUGCUGCCUGUUGUCAUGGCUUUUUGAUAUAUGGCAGAGUGUAAAAACACCUGUUUUAGAUGUCCAAAUUCAUAAUCAAUAUGCUGAAAUAAAUUGUGAUAUUUUGAAGACCAAUACACAAAAGUGACUCCCUACACACACGUGUUACACUUUUGUUCAGAUUGCUUGUAUUCUGCUAAAUUAGUACCUUAUAAGCUGCACACGCACUAAUAUUGACCAAGCGGUCGCUCUAGACUGGAAUUGAUUAGCUUGUUCUACUGUAAUCAAUAGUGUGUGCAAAUUAAUCACUCACAUCAAUAUUGUCAAUCAAUGGAACUGGGACAAUAACCAUGGCGACGUACCAUUUGCGCUCUUCUAACAGACAAACCUCAAUGAACUUGGGUGUGCUGCAUAUAUCUGUUGAUAUAUGAAACCUGUCAAAGCAAUUUAUCAAUGUAUAUUUCUGUGAAAAUGAUUUUGGUAGAUGGCCAAUGCGGGAAGGAAACGCAACACUUUUUGGAUUGGAUUAUUUAAACAAAUCACCACCUCACAUUGGUUUCUAAAACGCGACAGGGGUUGACUUUCAUUUGAAUGAUAGCUUAACCCUCAAACCCAUUAAUUGUGAGGCCAGAGACGUUUCUGGGAGGAACGCCAGAUUUCUUUCUAGCCGUCGUGGUCUGAAAAUGACAGCUACGUUCUAAGUCCAACUACGGACUGGCGCUUAUGACAAAAAUACCGGUAGUAAACCAAAGAUAUUGAUCUGUUUUAAGCAAUCGAUUUUGUGAGAUCAUGAUGACUAUAAACUUUAAUACGAACAUCACCAAUCUGAGAUAAAAAGGAUGUGCAUUUCAUGUAAUUAUUGUGUGGUGAAAACGUUAGUCUAUAUCAGUGGCGAUUUUAGCAUGUCAAUCUUGGUGGGGCAAACAAACAAAACAUGUGGGAUACAUGCCAGCAAAGCCACGACACAAAACAACACUAAACAAUACAUUCAUUGCACUAUAACGGUGACAAACGGUGCCCACAAACUGUUAGGGCCUACAUAAAGCUGUCCCAACAGCAGAAUCCCAACAACAGUCCCAACACCUUACCACUGCUACACCUGGCUAACAGCGGAGCCUUGUCUGGCAGCGAAACAGUUCAUUCAGCCUCAUUUACUGCCUUUAAAAAAAAACAUAGCUGAUAUGGCUGACUUGCUUAAACAAAUGUGGUUUCUACUGACAAUUAAGAUGUACAACCUAUGGCAUAAGGGGACGACAAGCGGAUAAGAGGCAAUCCGUAAUUGUGAUUAAGACAUUAAUGAGCGAGCUAGGAUGGACAUAGUCAAUAUAACUAUUUGUUCAGCACUUUUGAAAUGUGCAGCGACAGAAUUCAGAACAUGGGCCGUUCUUACAGUGUUCUCUCUGUACACCAAGUCAGAACCGUAUGAUAAAUAAAGGGGGCAUAUAAGCAGACAAUGAAAGCGCUUACAAUAUUCGAUGAUUACAUUUCUUUAAAACAGGUUAUAGGCUACAUGUGCACUACCAAAUCAGAACAGUUGUGACGAGGUGUGAAUGAAGGAGUCAGGGGCAGGAGGUAAAAUACCGAAGUCCAGAGUUUAUUCCGUUGACAUAAAUCAAACGCCCAAAGCGUCAAACAAAACUAUUACAAGGGAAAACGUCCACCUUGGCAUAAACACAGUGAAUAGUAGCUCAACCGAGCUACAUGCUCUCACAACAAACAAUCACUCACAAAGACAAGGGGAACAGAGGGAACACUUAUACACAUAAUAAUUAGGGGAAUGAGCACCAGGUGUGUGUGAUUGACAAGACAUGACAAGUGGAGUGAUGAGAAUGGGAUCGGCAGUAGCUAGUACUCCGGUGACGACGAACGCCAAAGCCUGCCCGAACCAGGAGGGGAGGCAGCCUCGGCGGAAGUCGUGACAGUACCCCCCCCCCCCGACGCCUCGGGGACGGCCAGGAGGACACGGAGCAGGGCGAGUUGGAUGGCGACGGUGGAAAUCCCUCAACAGGGAGGUUUCGAGGAUGUCCCGCCUUGGGACCCAGCACCGUUCCUCCGGACCGUACCCCUCCCACUCCACGAGAUACUGAAGGCCCCACACCCGACGCCUCGAAUCCAGGAUGGAACGGACCGAGUACGCCGGGGCCCCCUCAAUGUCCGGAGGAGGUGGAGGAACCUCCCGCACCUCAGACUCCUGGAGCGGACCAGCUACCACCGGCCUGAGGAAAGACACAUGAAACGAGGGGUUAAUACGGUAAUCAGGGGGGAGUAACAACCUGUAUGUCACCUCGUUUAUUCUCCUCAGGACUUUAAACGGCCCCACAAACCGCGGGCUCAGCUUCCGGCAGGGCAGGCAGAGGGGCAGAUUCCGGGUCGAGAACCAGACCUGAUCCCCCGGUACGAACACCGGGGCCUCCCUGCGGUGGCGAUCAGCGUUGGCCUUCUGACGACGCACGGCGCGCUGGAGGCGAAUGUGGGCAGCGUCCCAAGUAUCCUCCGCGUGCCGAAACCAGUCAUCCACCGCAGGAGCCUCGGUCUGGCUCUGGUGCCACGGUGCCAGGACCGGUUGGUAACCUAAAACACAUUGGAAGGGUGUUAGGUUAGUGGAGGAGUGGCGGAGAGAGUUCUGAGCAUAUUCUGCCCAUGGCAGGAACACCGACCACUCCCCCGGCCGGUCCUGACAGUAGGUCCGCAGGAACCUACUCACAUCUUGAUUCACCCUUUCUACCUGCCCAUUACUUUCGGGGUGAAAUCCAGAGGUCAGGCUGACCGAGACCCCCAGACUUUCCAUGAACGCCUUCCAGACUCUAGAUGUGAACUGGGGACCUCGGUCGGACACUAUAUCCUCUGGUACCCCGUAGUGCCGGAAGACGUGAGUAAACAGAGCCUCCGCAGUUUGUAGGGCCGUGGGGAGACCGGGCAGAGGAAGGAUGCGGCAGGACUUUGAAAAGCGGUCCACAACGACCAGGAUAGUGGUGUUACCUUGGGAGGGGGAAGAUCAGUGAGAAAAUCAAUACUCAGGUGAGACCAUGGUCGUUGUGGAACUGGUAAAGGUUGUAGCUUACCCGCUGGGAGGUGCCUAGAUGCCUUACUCUGGGCGCACACUGAGCAUGAGGAAACAUACACCCUCACGUCCUUAGCCGAGGUAGGCCACCAGUACUUCUCGGUCAGGCAGCGCAUUGUACGACCGAUACCUGGAUGACCAGAAGAGGGUGACGUGUGUGCCCAGUAGAUCAGACGAUCACGGAUAAGCGCAGGCACGUACUGCAGCCCAGCUGGACACUGCGGUGGAGAUGGAUCUGUGCUAUAUCUGCGUCCAUCGCCCAUACUACCGGCACCACAAUGCAUGAGGCCGGGAGUAUGGGGGUGUUGUCUCUGGGCCUCUCCUCUGUGUCAUACAGCCGAGACAGUGUGUCUGCCUUCACGUUCUUCGUACCCGGAAUGUAUGAGAGUGUGAAAUCAAACCGGGUAAAGAAGAGGGCCCACCUGGCCUGGCGAGGAUUCAGCCUCCUCACUGCCCGAAUGUACUCCAGGUUACGGUGGUCUGUCCAGACGAGGAAAGGGUGUUUCGCCCCUUCGAGCCAAUGUCUCCACACCGUCAAAGCUCGGACAACAGCCAGCAGCUCCCGAUCACCAACGCCGUAGUUCUGUUCCGCCGAGCUGAGCUUCUUAGAAAAUAAGGCACAGGGGCGGAGCUUGGGUGGCAUACCCGAGCGUUGAGACAGGACAGCUCCUAUCCCUACCUUGGACGCGAAUAAACCUUCGAUAGUAGUUGGCAAAGCCAAGGAAGCACUGCACCUCCUUUACCGUGGUUGGAGUCGGCCAAUUACGCACGGCUGCAAUGCGGUCUCCCUCCGUCUCCACACUUGUGCUGGUAAUGCGAUAUCCGAGGAAGGAGAUUGACUGCUGGAAAAACUCACACUUCUCUGCCUUGGCAUAAAGAUCAUUUUCCAGCAGUCGGACCAGUACCUUGCGAACCAGGGACACAUGCUCGGCGCGUGUAGCGGAAUACACCAGGUUGUCAUCGAUGUAGACCACCACACCGCGACCAAGCAUGUCCCGAAACACCUCGUUCACAAAGGACUGGAAAAUGGAUGGAGCAGCAAACAAUGCAUUUUUGGACUCACCUUGUUGUGCUGUGCUCACUUGAACAGGAAGGUAGCGCGGCGGUCCUUUGUGGGCAAAUUUUGUCAUCAAACGUUGUCAUCAAAGUCUGGCAUUCUCUGGAUUUAUGGUACUUUCAAGACAACUGGGAACGCGGGGGGGAAAAACAAGGUCAAAUCAUGAUGACGUCAGUGAUCUUCAGGUCGUAGCUCUAGAAAGAGAACCGAGUUCUGGAUUUACAAUUCCGAGUUGGAUGACCGUUCAAAACAUAUUUUCCCAGUCGGAGCUUGUUUUUCCUGUGUUCCCAGUUGUCUUGAACUCACUGAAGUCAGAUUUCGCAGUUCCAAGUUAACAGUUGUUUUGAGAGCGACACAAAUCAUGCUUCAUUGACAGCAUGGCCAAUGUUGAAUGUUUAUCAUUUUAAGAUGGGAAAAGAGACCCUUAAUCCCAGACUUGGGACCACACAGCCACUCCACUAAAUAGCAGGCUAGUGAUUGCUUUGGAAUGCUUGCAGUUAGCCACUGAUUCCUUCCAAACCACUCAUUGUUGAAUUUGUGAUAUCCAACUUGUGUAAUGUUUAUGUCCAAUGGCCGAUGAGCACCGAUACGUUUUAUCUAUAAUUUCUCCUCAUUAUUUAUCUUCAUAUGACAAGGAUUAAAAAGGAUUUGCCAGUAGAUUGUCGUCUUGAUUCAUGAUGAUGACUGCUAGCUAAGAUUUUGAAGAUAUGAUGUUGACACGAUCAGUCCAAUCAAAGCUACUGUAGAUAUAACGUGAUUUGACGUCAUUUUAUCUGUGGCCAAUGACCUUGAGCCUUCUUGGAUGGGCACUUCUAAUGUAACUCUAUGGCAGCACCCAAAGGGCUUGAAUUUUCAAGCAUUACCCUUAGACUUGGCGGUGACGUAGUGUCCCCAUGAGUGACAGAACACUGAGCCAAUCCCUGCGUAACUAGAGAACAUUACCAACACCUACGCUACGUAUUUUCAGCUGGCUGCCCCACCAACACAGAAAGCACUGAGCUAGGCUGAAACAUUUUGGAGCUGCCUUACUCAAUAAAGCAAAAAAGAGCCAUGUUUGUAUGCAGCUUCAUUAACUCAAACUCUGCCCAAUAUAGGGAAAUAAGCGUAAUAUACAGUAAUUCAUCAUGUCAAAAUAAUUCAUAGUAAAUUAAGCACACACACAUUUUUACAACAAUUACAUCUUUCUCACUACUUUCACCCUGGAGAGUAAAAAAAAUGCUUUUAAACACAAUUGAACCAGGCGCUCUAGACUGGAGCUUCCAUAGUGAUUGCAGCAGCCUGAACCUUUGACGUCCCUACUCAGAUUCCUUGGGGGUCUAGCCAGGCGUAGGUAAACAGGAGACAGUGGAGCUCUGAAAGGUCUAGAGGCACACCUGUAGCUCCUCAGUGGAGCUGACCUUUAUGCUCCCCGCAUCCAAUAUUGGUUUGGGCCACGGACGGCACCAGAGCAAAUGUUUUCCAAUACUGUGUCUCAUCUACCUCUGCCGUCUCCUAUCCGCAUCAUGAUUAGGCCUUCUGUCUGCAAAGUUCAGAGUAUAAAGUACUGUACAAAGUUAUCAAGGACACUGUGUCGAAUAAGAGGCUAUGAUUUGGAAUUCAGAUAUUGUAUUGUUCAUCUUCUGCUUGCUCUACUCAUGCAUUUUUCAUUGGUCAAUAAUAUGUCUCGCUCACUGUCGUUUCCCUGCAAAGUAUUUCGCUGCCGAAAGGCACAGUAAAGUCUUCUUUAAUCAAUACUGGAGUUAUUGUGGUCAGCUGUACAAAAGUCAAAAGUUUUGCAGUCCCAGUAAAUCUAGAUAUGUCUAUUGAUCAGACCCAGUUAUAACAUCCAGUUAGAGAAAGGCUCUAUUCAGGUGUAGCCAAAAGCUUUACUCUACUCAACUCUGAGAAACACAUUGAGUACAGUUCAGGGAGAAGGGUUUCAGUUUAUAGGCUCAUCCGAGCCAAGCAUUGUUCUGCUUCCUAUAAAGUGCUAUUGACUGAGCCAAGUUCUUUGCCAGGUUCACAUUCAUGACCCCACUGACUGAAGCAUAGAAACAUGUGAAUUCAUAAAAUAUUUCUGUAAAGCGGUUAUUGCUGGGUGGUAAACUCAUUUGGCGUGUAACAGACUCCCUAUUUGAGUAGAUAACCAGGUGGUGCUUAGCGGAAUGUCUCCAGAAGUAAGGCCAAUUAGUGAGGUAAUAGGAAUCCCUCCGAGAAUUCUUUAUGGGAUUUGUAGUGAGUGGGUUUGGGAAUGGGAAUGGAGUGAUGAGUAGUAUGUGAGGGAUUUGAUGUAAUCAGGACGGAAUUGAAUAAAUGAGGAGUGGGAAGACCAUGCAGCUGUGUGACACAGGUAGCUUUGAGACCAGUGGUCUCUAAUGAGGCCAAAUAAGCUUCUGUAGAAGCCCAUAAUAAAUAGCAAAGUGUUUGAACAGCAGGCUUUUUUAAUCCUAAUUGCUCAUCAAAUCGUGGUUUUCUUUGGAUUUUCCAUGCUGCUCAAGGAUAGAGCUGAUAUUUAAUUAACUUGGCCCACAUCCUGGAACCGGGUGCCUGUUUGCAACUACCUUCCCAGAGGCUGCUUUGAGUUACCAGCAGAUAGUAGCUGGGUAGUGAGCUGAAAUUACAGCACACUCUCUUAAAUGCACAUCACUUUGUCCAAUUUCUUCCCAUUCGCCACAGGUAAAGGUGAGAGUGGAUGGAUUCUGCUGCUUUAUAGAAUGUAGGUUUAAUUUAUUUGCACCAAAGAAAAUAAGUGAUAAACAACAAUACAGAUAAAAACAAAUAUAAAACGGUGUGUAGGUGUGGUUGGAAGCCCAAGGGCUUAUAUAGCUAUGAUGAUGUGGUCCUCUGUAGCUCAGCUGGUAGAGCACGGCGCUUGUAACGCCAGGGUAGUGGGUUCGAUCCCCGGGACCACCCAUACACAAAAAAUGUAUGCACACAUGACUGUAAGUCGCUUUGGAUAAAAGCGUCUGCUAAGUGGCAUAUUACUAUAUAAAAACCACACCACAAAAAAUCAAUAUACAAUAUAUAAGUACAAAAAUAAAUAAGGUUUAUAUUUUUAUGGACUGAUAAAGCCUGGUGCUAUUGGCUGCUGACCUACUUAAUGUAACUUUGUUCUUUCUGCAAAAUCGCCUAGCCUGAACUUAAAAUCGCUCUCCCAUACCUUUAUGGUCAGAAAGCUACAGAUUGCUGUUAAGUGUCUUUUGUCCAGAGGAGAAAAGUAAAGUCCAGAGAGUCUAGAAAGGGGACAGUGGUGCUGUGGACCAUUUAUCCAGCCAUUGUCUGUAACUUGUCUGUCCUGUCGGUGUCCAUGUCAGGAUGGGUUCUGACUGCAGUUCCUCACUACAACAGACCCCAUCUUCCUGGCCAAGGGUUCAAUAUCAGGGUAGUGUCCAUCAUUCAAAUGUAUUGCAAAUAUUUGGUCCAAAGCUCAUGCUAUAGUAGAAAUUACGAGUGCUCUCUUCAGAUUGCAUUUCAGACCAGAGUGAAAAACAACCAUAAAAAUGACUCAAUAAAAUAUAUGCUCUCAAGUGGGACUAUUACAUUUUUUAAAUUCUCAAAAAAUGUUAUGCCUCUGUAAGUAUGGCACAAUAACCGUGUAACUUACGGUAAUGGAUGAAGACCGUCAUGAAAAUAAAAGAACAGCUGACUGAACCAGCUGACUGGAACGGCAUUCAUGCAUUCGUGCGGUAACAUGGACUCUUAACAACGUGAUGAAACUUUGUUGCUCCUUGCUGAAACAAGCAAGGUGUUGUAGCAAAUGAGUCUUCGGUUGCCUAGGCAAUGCCCCCUUCCUGCAGAAGCAGCACACAUAGAAAUAUAAUGAAUAGAACAGGCUUGGAACCUCUAACCCUGGCAAUUUGACUGGUACACUUGCAAUGACUGCCUGCUAUUGUGAUGCAAUAAUUUCCAUGGUAAUGUAGAAUGUUCAUUCAAAUGAUCUUAACUUAUAUGCCUCAUUCUAUGGAAUGUGUUUUUUGUAAUUUCAGAUGAGUUGACUCAACAAAUCACAGCACAUAUUGAUGGGUACAGUACACUUCCUGCGUUGUUCCUAUGGGUACACUUACAAUGGCCGCCAGUCCACCCAUUAUGUCAUGACUUGAAUGGGGAUGCCCGUUCUAUUCAUUCUAUUUCUAUGGCAGCACAUGCGGUCAGGAGCGGAGGAGAGGAGAAAAUGUGCGUCUUUGCUAUUCGAACGGUUAUUACGGUGACUGUGGUCAUUUGGCUGGCCAAUUACUGUCAUCUAAAAUGUUAUGAGCGUCACAGCCCUAUCUGUAAGUGCACUGAAGAAUGUGCAUAGUGUGAGAUCAGAAUAACCAAUUAUUGUAGGGAACAAACCCUACCCAGCUUCCUCUCUUCGAUCACUAGAACUCCAACUCAACAAUGGCACUGUGAGCUUUCAAAGACUGAGCUUUCUCCUGGCUCACACUUCUCCAGUGGAGUUAUGCAUUCGCUAUGUGACAAGCCCUGUUGACAGGUCUGAGAUCAAGGUGGUGCUUUGGGAGGGGCCCAUGGGCCAUGGUUGCGAUCAUACUAGGCUGCAGGAUGGAGGCCCCCCCUUACUCUCACAUGGGCUUUUCUCCAGCCAGCAGAAGGCCUGUACAGACUCUUAAUGAGCCCAUGCAUGGGCAGGGCUGCCCUGUGUGGGUAGAGCUGAAUCCUCUCUCUGCCCAUAAUCUUGGUUAACCUGGAACUAAAGUAUUGCGUAAUUGGUCAGAUGCUUGAUUAAGUUCUGGGUCCAUACCGUGUUAAGAGAAGAGAUAGAACGAGGAUCGGAACCGGAGCGAAGAGCUCCACCCUCUCUCUUUGCAAGUUACGGGCAAGUCUAUGGGCCAAAUGUCCCCUCCCCUUCCGAAAUUUGAAAGAUGCUAACACAUGCAAAAUUGUGAUUUGUCCAAAUCAUUAUUGAGGAAAAACCCAAGCACCGGAACUAAUGCUGCUUUAUCUCACUCUUCCCGUUGUAUCAUGACAGAUCUACGGUACCAUUUUAUGUUUACGUAGUCUGUCCAUGAGAGAUUACUCUGCCCACCACUACCCAGUCCUGUUGGGUUCUGGAGAUGGUGAGGAGAGACAGCCAAGAGACAAACAGACCGACCGACCAAGUGGCCAGCUGGUCUCCAUUCACUGGCCCAAGGAGACCCGCCCCGCCACUGAGCUGUCACAGUGUGUCCAGACAGACUGUCAUAUCAGGGUCACUGACACCAUGGAAUCUGUUAGUCUGACCCACAUCCCUCCCUGUUUCAGCCCCCCAACAGAGAGGCCUACUGAGGCCCACUGAACUCAAGUAACUGAAGAGUGGAAGAACGCAUACCUCCCUGGCAGACAAUCCGAUUCCAUAUCGUCUUGGGCAAAGAGCCUCAUAUAACCUGGACAGCUCUUUUGAAGUGAACAUAAAACAUUGUUCAGAUGAUUGCGUGACUAUUGGAAUUGGGAUUGAGCGUGUCAGACUCGGCAGCGUGUGGAAUUUAUAUCAGUAAAACCUCUCUCAUCUCCACAACAGUCCAGGGCCUGGUUUCCAAGGCAGUGCUUUAGAAAGUUUAGUCACUGAGCUGAUGGAGCGCUUCGUAUGAAAGUCCUCUAGUACUCCACUCCCUCUGCCUUGUCUCAUUUCUCCAGCUAGUUCCUGGGAUGAGGGGGAGAAAGGAGGUCAACAGUAGUGCUUCUUCUUCCCCGGCUGAUCAGCCUGUUUCCCCCUAGGGCGAUGGAUCACACAACAAAUGCACCACAGCGCGCUGCCUGCGAUGCACUCUGAAAAGGAUGCUCCGAACCCCACUAGGAGAUGCCUUGUCUGUCGCCUCACUCAAUAAAUAGGCUCCAAAAUACUGUUGUUAUUGAUCUAUAAAGAGCUUUUCUGUCACUUCCAGAUCUUUAAACCAUUUUGUCCUCUUGCAUUGUUUGAGGUGUCAUCCAGUCAUGUGUGGAGACAUGAUCACAUGCGCCUUUAUACAGGCAGCUUCUCCAGCAAUACCACAGUCUAUGUUCUCAUAAUGUUCUAUGGCAAAUAACUGCAGAACAAAGCAAGUCAUACUCAGGCUCCCGAGUGGUGCAGCGGUCUAAGGCACUGCAUCUCAGUGCUUGAGGCGUCACUACAGACCCCUGGUUCGAUUCCAAGCUGUAUCACAACCGGCCGUGAUUGGGAGUCCCAUAGGGUGGCGCAUAAUUGGCCCAGCGUCGUCCGGGUUUGGCCGGUGUAGGCCGUCAUUGUAAAUAAGAAUUUGUUCUUAACUGACUUGCCUAGUUAAAUAAAAAAAGUAAUAAAAUACAUACUGAUAUUUGUACUAAUAAUGUCUGUGUCUCUCUACUCAAACGCAAAGUUAUCUGAAUUGAAAUGCUAUAAAAUUACCUCAAAGUAGGAAAUGUAAUUGAGUGGCUGGCAAGACGUAGUAGGUCCAGCCCUGGACACAUUCUCAGACAGAUGUUGUUUACACUGUUCCUUUCCAGCAGAUAAUUACUGAUGUGUUCUGCUUUCUGUGUUCUGCCCUGCUCACAGCCUCCACCUCCUAGAGAGGGUGCUUCCCAAGUUGGGUGACACCAGGGGCCUGGCAACCGUGCCUUCCAGCAGCAGGCACUAAAUCCCCCUGGUAAACAUAGACUAAACCUGUCAAGGCCGGCUAAGGAAAUGGGAACCACUGUAAUCAAGGCUUUUCUCACCACCCAGUGCUACAGCCUAGUACACAGUAUUAGAGAUUGAUCAGGCAGUAUCCCCAAAGUUGGCAUGAAUCCUCUGGUUAGUAUCUGAGGAAGAUCAGGGACCAUAGACGAUGUUGUUGGAAGGAAGCAUAUUUUAACAGUAUUAAAAUGAGAGGCAUGUGAUUUAAUGAUCUUAAUCAACCAUUACAUUUCUGAAGGAGGAGAUUGCAGUGCUUUGGAAUUAGAUCUCAUUCAGUUAGACUUUCAAGGUAGUUAGAUGAAUCAGAGACAAAUUGGUGCAUGACUUGUUUUGCACCCACACACCAAAGGUAACCACUCCACCAUCCAUUAACACAGGCACUUCCUGUCUGAAGGCAAGUGGAACACAUCACUUUCUUUGACCUUUGCCAUGUGUCUCGGUUGUAAUUAAAAGGCUAAAUCUCAAUGGAAGACCGAUAGGGAAGUCAACGUUUCUAAUCUCGGCCUACAGUACAGUGCAUCAUGAUUAGACCAAGAAUUGUAAAUGAGUAUUGCAGAUUAUAUAGAGCCGUGUGAAAUAUUCAUCACUAUAAUGAAGCUGUGAAAAAUACAUCCAUCCCAAUAAUUAAGAACGCACCAAUACAGUUACGCAACAAAACAGAGAGAGGAACACCAACACAACAUCAUCAGUGAGUGUCUGUAGUUUCUCUAUGAAGGACAUAUAGUGCAUUCAGAGCAAUAAUGCCCAGAGCAAUGACGCCGCAAUCAGUCAAACCUGCCUUAGAUAAGAUUACGCAAAAAGGCUGUUUACACAACUACUACCUAUGUUACGCAAACCAUAAUCUUCUGUCUGAGAGCGGCUUAAAAAUAAUACAUGAAUAUGUAGGCUACUGCUAAGUCAGGCUUUUAAAAUAAACGUAUUCACAAUCAGGCCAUGUAAAUGCUGCAGUGGGGGACGUGUUGGUGUCACAUUGCUGGAGAAGCUCAUCAUAGCAGUGUUCCCUCUGUAUGAAACCAACAUACGUUUACAGAGUCGGCCCAGUCCUACCCCCUCAUCUGCCUUAAUUACCUCGUGGAUUAAGGUGCACCUUGCAGUUUAGUGGAAAAUAUGCAUAUAAUUACUGUAAUUAGCACUAGACUAUCUUUCAACUUCAUUCAAUCCUUUUCCACACUUAAUGCAUAUUCAGUAGCUUUGCGAAUCAGCAUCUCACUUCUUUAAGGGGCGUCUAAGGUGGUUGAUGCGCUAUAUUUGUACGUUACUUAGUCCAACUAAUACUGAAUACGAGUCAGGAAUUAGGUUGACAAAACUGUAAACAUAACUGGAAAAAAAAGUCACAAAAGCAAGAUUGCCUUUAUGUUGGCUUCAACUGAAUACUGAUACUGAUGCAGACAGUCAAUGGCAAGGCAGCCGAACAUUGAUGACAGCCUGGGCAUGUCAGGCAUUCUGCAGGGCUGUCCGUUAAGACUGAAAAUACAUAACCGUCCCCCAUUUUGAUCUCCAGCACGGAGAGCAGAAUGUGAUUACAGCCUCACCAAGGCAGUUACCACUGCUCAAAGCUAAUUUGGCCCCGUUUACCAAGUGCCCCAUUGUACUGAACAAUAUGUUACCCUUCCGCACUCCUCUGCAAAUGGCGGUGAUAAUCGCUAUCAUCAAGGUCCCAUUUGCGGAUGUAAAGACAUUAGUAAUGACCCUUGCACUGGGCAGUAGGAGUGAUUAAAGCCCCAGUGCCAGGAGAGAAGAAUAGGAGAAGCAGUGGAUUUGUCAGACCUGAGCCCUCCCCUGUUGAGGCAGAUGAUGCCUCUCCAUUAAAUGAUGAUGGUGCCCGAGAAUAGAUGGCUGCCGUUUUACAGCCCUCUAACCAAUUGUACUAUUAUGUGUGUUUUUUCGCGUUAUUUGUAAUUUAUUCUGUAUAUAAUGUUUCUGCCAUCGUCUCUUAUAACCAAAAAGAGCUUCUGGAUAUCAGGACAGCGAUUACUCACCUCGUAUUGGAUGAAGAUUUUUUCUUCAACGAGGCGGCCGCGAAGGAUAUCCUACAGACACCCGACAAGGUCCAAAUCCCCGUCAUUCGCAGGAGAAAGAGAUAUCGUGGACGUAGGUCGGGGUGCCUCAUAAUGAUCCGAUGGCGACCGAGUAAACUGCCUCUUCCAUCAAUCCUAUUAGCCAAUCUUCAAUCAUUGGAAAAUAAAUUAGAUGACCUACGAUUACGCUUAUCCUACCAACGGGACAUUAAAAACUGUAAUAUCUUAUGUUUCAUCGAGUCGUGGCUGAACGACGACAUGGACAACAUUUACAUUACAUUUGGACAUGGACAACAUACAGCUAGCGGGCUAUAUACGCUACAUCGGCAGGAUAGAAUGGCUGACUCCGGUAAGACAAGGGGUGGUGGUCUGUGUAUAUUUGUAAACAACAGCUGGUGCACAAAAUCUAAUACUAAGGAAGUCUCGAGGUUUUGCUCGCCUGAGGUAGAGUACCUUAUGAUAAGCUGUAGACCACACUAUUUACGAAGAGAGUUUUCAACUAUAUUUUUCAUAGCUGCCUAUUGACCACCACAAACCAAUGCUGGCAUUAAGAUUGCACUCAAUGAGCUUUAUAAGGCCAUAACUAAACAGGAAAACACUCAUCCAGAGGCAGCGCUCCUAGUGGCCGGGGACUUUAAUGCAGGGAACUUAAAUCCGUUCUACCUAAUUUCUACCAGCAUGUUAAAUGUGCAACCAGAGGGAAAAAAACUCUAGACCACCUUUACUCCACAAAGCUCUCCCUCGCCCUCCAUUUGGCAAAUCUGACCAUAACUCUAUCCUCCUGAUUCCUGCUUAUGAGCAAAAAAUAAAACAGGAAACACCAGUGACUCGGUUAAUAAAAAAGUGGUCAGAUGACGCAGAUGCUAAGCUACAGAACUGUUUUGCUAGCACAGACUGGAACAUGUUCCGGGAUUCUUCAGAUAGCAUUGAGGAGUAUACCACAUCAGUCACUGGCUUCAUCAAUAAGUGCAUUGAUGACGUUGUCCCCACAGUGACCGUACGUACAUACCCCAACCAGAAGCCAUGGAUUACAGGCAACAUCCGCACUGAGCUAAAGGGUAGAGCUGCCGCUUUCAAGGAGCGGGACUCUAACCCGGACGCUUACAAGAAAUCCCGCUAUGCCCUCUGACGAACCAUCAAACAGGCAAAGAGUCAAUACAGGACUAAGAUUGAAUCGUACUACACCGGCUCUGACGCUCGUCGGAUGUGGCAGGGCUUGAAAACUAUUACAGACUACAAAGGGAAGCACAGCCGCGAGCUGCCCAGUGACACAAGCCUACCAGACGAGCUAAACCACUUCUAUGCUCGCUUCGAGGCAAGCAACACUGAAGCAUGCAUGAGAGCACCAGCUGUUCCGGAUGACUAUGUGAUCACGCUCUCCGUAGCCGAUGUGAGUAAGACUUUUAAGCAGGUCAACAUUCACAAGGCCGCAGGGCCAGACGGAUUACCAGGACGUGUACUCCGAGCAUGUGCUGACCAACUGGCAAGUGUCUUCACCGACAUUUUCAACAUGUCCCUGACUGAGUCUGUAAUACCAACAUGUUUCAAGCAGACCACCAUAGUCCCUGUGCCCAAGGACACUAAGAUAACCUGCCUAAAUGACUACCGACUCGUAGCACUCACGUCUGUAGCCAUGAAGUGCUUUGAAAGGCUGGUCAUGGCUCACAUCAACACCAUUAUCCCAGAAACCCUAGACCCAUUCCAAUUUGCAUACCUCCCCAACAGAUCCACAGAUGAUGCAAUCUCUAUUGCACUCCACACUGCCCUUUCCCACCUGGACAAGAGGAACACCUACGUGAGAAUGCUAUUCAUUGACUACAGCUCAGCGUUCAACACCAUAGUGCCCUCAAAGCUCAUCACUAAGCUAAUAACCAUGGGACUAAACACCUUCCUCUGCAACUGGAUCCUGGACUUCCUGACGGGCCGCCCCCAGGUGGUAAGGGUAGGUAACAACACAUCUGCCACGCUGAUCCUCAACACGGGGGCCCCUCAGGGGUGCGUGCUCAGUCCCCUCCUGUUCACCCAUGACUGCAUGGCCAGGCACGACUUCAACACCAUCAUUAAGUUUGCCGACGACACAACAGUGGUAGGCCUGAUCACCGACAACGAUGAGACAGCCUAUAGGGAGGAGGUUAGAGACCUGGCCGUGUGGUGCCAGGAUAACAACCUCUCCCUCAACGUGACCAAGACAAAGGAGAUGAUUGUGGACUACAGGAAAAAAAGAAGAGGACUGAGCACGCCCCCAUUCUCAUCAACGGGGCUGUAGUGGAACAGGUUGAGAGCUUCAAGUUCCUUGGUGUCCACAUCACAAACAAACUAUCAUGGUCCAAACACACCAAGACAGUCGUAAAGAGGGCACGACAAAGCCUAUUCCCCUUCAGGAGACUGAAAACAUUUGGCAUGGGUCCUCAGAUCCUCAAAAAGUUAUACAGCUGCACCAUCGAGAGCAUCCUGACUGGUUGCAUCACCACCUGGUAUGGCAACUGCUCGGCCUCCGACCGCAAGGCACUACAGAGGAUAGUGCGUACGGCCCAGUACAUCACUGGGGCCAAGCUUCCUGCCAUCCAGGACCUCUAUACCAGGCGGUGUCAGAGGAAGGCCCUCAAAAUUGUCAAAGACUCCAGCCACCCUAGUCAUAGACUGUUCUCUCUGCUACAGCACAGCAAGCGGUACCGGAGCGCCAUGUCUAGGUCCAAAAGGCUUCUCAACAGCUUCUACCCCCAAGCCAUAAUACUCCUGAACAGCUACUCAUGGCUACCCGGACGAUUUGCACCCCCACCCCAUCUUUUUACGCUGCUGCUACUCUGUUAAUUAUUUAUGCAUAGUCACUUUAACUCUACCCACAUGUACAUAUUACCUCAACUACCUCAACUAGCCGGUGCCCCCGCACAUUUACUCUGCACCGGUACCCCCCUGUAUAUAGCCUCCCUACUGUUAUUUUAUUUUACUUCUGCUCUUUUUCUCAACACUUUUUUGUUGUUGUUGUUUUAUUUUACUUUUUAUUAAGAAAUAAAUGCAUUGUUGUUUAAGGGCUGUAAGUAAGCAUUUCACGGUAAUGUCUACACCUGUUGUAUUCGGCGCAUGUGGCAAAUAAAAUUUGAUUUUAUUUGAUUUAUGUGCCAAACAUGCUGACUUCAGCCUAGAUAUGAACACCCACAACCAGAGAGCUUUGAGUUGACCACCCCGGUUCACUUCCGUGUCUCAAUCUUGCCACCUUGAAUCACUGAUCUGUCACGAUCGUUAUGAGAAGCGGACCAAGGCGCAGCGUGAUAGGCGUACAUACUUUUAUUAAGUGUACACAACACGAGCAAAAACAACAAAACGAUACGUGAAGUCCUAGGUAAUACAACAAACCAUACGGAACAAGAUCCCACAAUAAACUGGUGAAAACAGGCUGCCUAAGUAUGGUCCCCAAUCAGAGACAACGAGCUACAGCUGUCUCUGAUUGGGAACCACCCUGGCCAACAUAGAAAUAAACGAUCUAGAACAAAACCCAUAGAAAACUAAACAUAACAAGUCCACACCCUGGCUCAACAUUUAAGAGUCCCCAGAGCCAGGGCGUGACAUGAUCAUCAUUCAUUUAUGGCAAUAAGUCAGAUUCCUACUUCUUUGAGUAUCAGUAUUCUGUAUGACAGAGUGUGAGAGAUGGGAAAUAUUGAGUAGUUCGCUCUGAAACCUUAACCAGAACCAUCUCCAGUGUUGCCCUGAGGUGUCUUUGCCUUUUAUGAUCUAAGGGAUCACUCUUUGUUCUCUAUCUUCAGCAUCUUCAAACAUUUCUGGGAACAUGAAUGAGGUUUACCUCUCUGCAGGUAUUGUAGCUUAGUGUUAUGACUGAGACAAUUAGUUUACACAUUCGUAGCUAGCGGUAAGUAGGUCUAUGCCUACUCUUGGGGCUUUCGGCUCAUGUUUCAGACUGACUACAACGCAGCCAGUGUUAUAUUGGUCUCAUCCCGGCAGUGAUGAAUGCAUCCAUCUACAAUCACUGAUUCAUCUUUCACAAUUUAUGCACACAGCGCAUAAUAAGGCUGGGAUAUCAACCACUAAAAGUUGGCCUUAGUGGGAGUGACCAUAUCAUUCUAUUGGAGUGACCUACUGAGUAAAGUAUUUGUCAUUUAAUUUUUGUGAAUCACACGACUGCAUUGCGUGGCUCUGCGCUUGUGGUGUGCUAGCGUACGGGGGAGAGUUAGGGGGAAGGUGCUGUGGGAGGUGAUUGGUUGGUAGAUUAAGCCAAUUAAGUCAAUGUCUAUGUAUUGGCUAACGAAGGCCAAGCUUGACAGGUUGGUCCACCAGACUCUUGGCGCAUUUGGGCGGAAGUGUCUGGGAACGAGAUUACUGUCAUUAUGAGAACAUCUCAGCCAGCAGUUCCACACAUUGAUCUGUGGAGGUGGGGGCGGCUGAUGGUAAUAAUACCUCUCACUUAUCCAGGCAGCAGCAAUACUUUACUAUGUUGAGUUAAGAGUUUGCAAUCAAUACAUAACUAUGAUGUCGAUAUUUUUGAGAGAGAGAGAGUGAGAGAGAGAGAGAGAGAGAGAGGCAGAGGCAGGCAGGGAGGGUUCCUCUCAGGUCAAAUGGAGGGGAGAAUCCAUUAUGGGACAAUGACAUCACUGAACGCUUCUCUGCCAAAGCCAUUGUCUCUCAGUCCACUACUCUCACCCACUGAGCCCUUGGGACUGCAGACUGCACUCUCUCUAUCAUCACUCUCUCUUUAUCUCGCUCUUCAUCACUCCCUCUCUAUCUCUCUCUUCAUAUGUGGCUGGCUAGAUUGCUGCGUUAGCACCAGAUAGGCCCAGAACUUUUAGCUCUUUCCCCUAGUCAUUUGUCAAAACAAUUAUGGAAAUGAAUUCUGACUCAGCCCUCAUCGCUCGUGAGAAACUGCACAAGCUGGGGCCCUUUCAUUCCCAUAGAAUGCCUUUCAUUGAGGGUAUUCAAAUAUUAAUAUUAUGUUUAUAAUGAAAAUUGAGCUGAGAUCCUGCUACAUAGGCCUUUUAUCUCCUUUGAGAGAUUGCCAUGCGAUUGAGGGAUGGCACAGCAGUAGAGGUCACAAUAGCAAACAAGAAAUGCCUGUUGGUUUAGUAUUUUCUUGAAUAAACCUUUGAUAAAAAAGGUCCUACCUGGUUGGGUACAAUGUGUUGCAUCUGCUCUUAUUUGAUGGAGAGCUGUAAUGGACAGUCACAAGAGUGAUAACAAUAGGAGUUGGUCUAAAGUUAACAUUUUCUAAACAUUUUAGCAUAUCAAAAACACUGGCAAGUUGUCAACACCCUGUUUUCACCCUGGCGUAUAAAAUAUGAAUACAAUUCUCAGAAAAGGCAUCUUCUUAUGACAUGCUUUUCAAAAGUAUUAAAGUGAUGAAUUAUUGACUAUGUUUAUCUGGUGAGAAAACAAAUAGCCUUAUUCCUUAGGGCAGCAGCCCGGAGCCAGCACCCUGGAUCAGUAGAGGGGAGGGAGGAUUAAGAUUAGGGGGAAUUUCUCAUGGCUCUUGAACUAUAAAUGUAAAAUGUAUUUCCCCCCUAAAUUCUGUGUGACCAGAAAAUCACUUUGUAGUCAGAUUAUCCAGGCUUUCAUUUGGAAGUCAUUUUGGGGAUUUAAAGGUCAGCCACUCACUUAACUGUCAAUCAUCUGUCUCAUAAGUGUUUUUUGACUGUUUCAGGAAGUCAAAGUAAUGAUAAACCUUCAAGGUAUCCCUUUUAGUUUGAGGACAAUGCUAUAACACAUCACCACACAGUUUGAACUUUCUUGCUGAUGAACAUUUACUUUGAUCUCCAGCACCUGCUCAAACAAGCCAUUGGAUAUGCGUUUGUUCUAUGCUAUCCUUUCUCAACCACCAUAAUGAUGCUCUCUCUGCCUCCCCAAGGUGAUCUACGCCCUGAACACCAAGAACGACGAGCACGAGGCGGCCAUCCAGACGCUGAAGGAGGCGCACGAGGAGGAGGUGCAGCAGAUCCUGUCGGAGACGCGGGAGAAGAUCAUGCUGUACAAGAGUAAGAUCAGCGAUGAGAUGGACCUGAAGCAGCGCAUCCAGUCGCUCGAGGAGUCCAUGGAGCUGCACGAGCGCAUGAAGCGUCAGGCCCUCGCCGAGUUCGAGACCUACCGGCAGCGUGUGGAGGACAUGCAGCUGUGCACCGAGGCCCAGCAUACACAGCGUGUGGUAACCAUGUCCCGCGAGGUGGAGGAGAUGCGGCACUCGUUCGAGGAGAAGCUGCGCUCUUUCGGCACGGCGCAGGCCCAGUUUGAGCAGGAGAAGAAGCUGGUGCUGGAGGAGCUAAAGGCCAACCAUCGGCAGGAGGUGUCGGAGCUGCUCCGCAGCCACCAAAGCCAGAACCAGAACUACAGCAAGGACCAGGAGAAACUGGGCCAGCUGCACAAGGCUGAGGUGGAGUCCCUGUCGGAGCGUGUGGAGGAGAUUAAGGGGGACAAGAAGAGGCUGGUGGAGGAGUACGAGGCCAAGCUCAACAAGGCCCAAGCCUUCUACGAGCGCGAGCUGGAGGCCAUGAAGCGCACACAGCAGCUCACCGCAGACAACCUGCAGGCCUGGAAGAAGACAGAGGCGGAGCUGCGGAGGGAGUUCCAGAUGCAGGAGGCAGCACUGCAGAAGACCCUGGGGAAGCUGCGCUCCGAGCUGCAGAGGGUGCAGGAGGAGGCCCGGGAACACAGGGAGAAGUCCCACAAGCUGCAGGCCUCGCUCACUGCAGCCGAGAGCAAUAUCAAGGUAAGAGAGCCUGUGUUGAUGGGAGAUACCCCACUGUGGCUUAAACAUCCUAAUGAAAGCCCUCAAAGCUAUUAGAGUCUUAAAGAGAUACAUGAGUGAACUUUAUAGUAGAAGAUAUGUAGCAUUGAUGUUUAAUUAUCACCGUCCUCUUUAAACCCUGUAAUCCUUAAAUCCAGAAAGCAGUUAAUAUCUUAGUCCUGAAAAUCCCAUUGUGGUUUAAUAGUAAUUUAAUGAAAUGAUUAGAAGUUAAAAUCUGACUUUGAAGUGCUAAGGAUUAAAAAGGUGUAAUCCAUAGUUUGAUCUAAAUUGAAGGGUCCAUUUAAAAUGCCAUAAUUAGACCUCUUCAUCAUUCACACUCUCCUAAUCUUUAAUCAUGGUGAUUUUACAAAAAAAAAGUUGAACUCUAUAAUGCUCCUACCUAGGGUUGCACGAUAUGACCAAAAAAUUGAAUUGCGAUUAUUAUUUUUAUCAAAUAUUGUGAUUGCGAUUUGACGUGCAAUAUAGAUCAAAACAGUUAGGUGAACUGUUGGAAUCAUAGAAUUAAGCAAUAAGGCAUGAGAACCCGUGGAUUAUCAUUGUUACAGGAGGGGACGCAGUUCCGGAGCGACCCACUAGGUGUCAUCCUCCGACAACCUUAGGCAACUCCUCACUCACAGUCGAGGCAAAUCAUAUUCCUAUUGGUGUCACCUGUGUCUAUCUGAUUCACCUGUGUAUUUAUGCCCUCACUUCCCUGUGUUCCCUUGCUCAGUUUUUUCUGCUAGUUUCUCUAUGUCCAGCAGUUCUACUCAGUGUCUGAUCGGAGACCUAUGUACAGGUACUUGAAAAGUCUUCUCCCUGUUUCGUUAUUUGUUUCAGUCUUAGGUAGUAUUUUUUAUUUUAGGUGUCAGCCGGUUUUUGGAGACUUAUUUGCUCCGCCUUUGUUUUAUCGUGAUAAGUCCGUUAUUUUGUAUUCUGGCUUCGGGACCACCAGUAAAGAUCCUUGUUUCACCAUCUCUGCCUACUGCCUACUGUAUAUCCUGCACCGCACCUGGGUCACACCUCACACCUCACACCAACCCUUACAUAUCGUGUGAUAACUCCCGACUAAGGGCUGUUCUUAGGCCGGAGGCGAAGCCAAGUCCUUAGGAGGAGGUUAUCACACGAUAAUCCUGGGUUCGAGGGCCGUAUUGCUUUUAUGAAAUGGUUGGCAAUAUAUUUAAAAAUAAUAAUAAUUACAUGUUUUCAUUAAAAACUUUAUUUUAAUGAGUACAUUUGAUUUAUUUAAUUCUUCCACCAGACGAUAUAGUCCGGGCAAAAAACAGUUGUUAGUUCUGAAGUUGCUAACCAAACAGGCUGGUUGUUAAUUCUAUUCUCAUGUUUUGUCCCAGUCGUUCAUUCUAUUCAUUCCAUGUUGCUAUGCUAAACAAAUCAUUGGCAUGUAGCUAGCUAGCAGAGGUUCAAUGAUGACGAGACACAAUGAUGACGAGAGAUAAAUAAUGUAUAAAUAGGCAACAAGAGCUUCAGAAAAUAAUGAUUUAAAAAUAAUUGAUAAAUAGGCAGCAACCAGCUGAUUGUCCAGUCAAUAAAAUAGUUAUAGAGGAUCGCUAGGCUAACGUUACUUCUCCUUUGCUAGCUAGCUAGCUAGCCAACUAAAGAUAACACACAAUCACAUCAAGCAGCUGAAAUAACAGCAAACCAUGUGCACCUUUGUUUUACCUUAGUUUCUAUUGCCAUUUCUUUGGAUAUAUCCAUUAUCAUUAUCCUGAUGAAUGAAUUUGCCUGGCUCAGAGAAGCUGUCAGUCUUGCCACGUUCCUAUGCAUGGCAGGGUGGAUAUUGCAAAAAUCACUUUGAUUUGAUUUGACUCAGGGAGGAAUGUACCAUAUAACACUGGUUACUACAGAUAUUCCCUUUCAGUCAGCCAAAGACCUAGUCUCUGUAACAUGUAUUGGGGGAUCUUUGUUAGCUAGCAACUUUCUCUGAAUGUGUUUUAAUCGAUAGCUCCCAGGAGUUCUUCCAGUCAGUUUAGUAUGGGACGGGUGCUCAGGUGUGACACGAUGAUAUCAGCCAUGCUGCCACAAUUUGAUUUUUCAUUAAGAGAAACAAAAGAAACUGUGAGGGUGAUUAAAGCGUGUCCUCUCUCACUAAACAGCUCAUCACACACACACCAGCACCUGCUCAUCAGGGAAAUCAUACCACACAGACCAAUCAGAAUGCAUCCCCUCUUUCACUCCUGACAAGAUGUUUAUUUUACUGUAGCUAGCAUUGUUUGUCUCUCUACAAAAGAUGCAGGUGUCAUUUAGUGAAUGAUUCAGGAUUUGAGAGAAAGUAUAGACAUAACCCUUAUGAGGGAAUGUGGCACUUAAGGCCUAAGAUAGAUACUUUACAACUCCAUCUUAUAUUCAAAUUGAGCUUGGGCAACAAUUAUGUGAUUCCCACCCAGGCAUUCUUAAAUUGAAUAUCAUAUUUUAGCUUGAGGAAAUAUAGUCACCUAAUCAAUGCAUUUUAAUUUUUUUACUCCCCACACCGAUCCUUCAGAAAAAGGUUUACGUUUAAGAUUUACAUUUUAGUUAUUUAGCAGAUGCUCUUAUCCAGAGCGACUUACAGGAGCAAUUAGGGUUAAGUGCCUUGCUUAAAGGGAUACUUUGGGAUUUUGACAAGAAAGCCAUUUAUCUACUUCCCCAGAGUCAGAUGAACUCAUGGAUACCAUUUUUAUGUCUCUGUGUCCAGUAUGAAGGAAGUUAGAGGUAGUUUCAUGAGCCAAUGAUAACUAGCGUUAGCGCAAUAGAUGGAAGUCUAUGGGUAUCUGCUAGCAUGCUAUGUUAGUGCAACUACCUCUAAACUUCCUUCUUACUGGACACAGAGACAUAAAAAUGGUAUCCACAAGUUAAUCUGACUGUGGAAUUACACAAAGAGCCUCAAUCCCGAUGUAUCCCUUUAAGGGCACAUCAAGAGAUUUUGUUUCACCUAGUCAGCUCAGGGAUUUGAACCAGUGACCUUUUGGUUACUGGCCCAACACUCUUAACCUCUAGGCUACAUGCCGCCCCGCUACCUACUGCCCCACCAGACGAGUCAAGAUAUUUACAUAUACAUUAGAACUCCACUUCCAAAUGGAUGAUAUUCCCAUGGGAAAUGUAAAUCUAAGUGACUAUUUCAUGGCAAUUCCGAUGAAUUAUUUCAAAAGUAAACCUUGAGAGCAGUAGAGAACAUGUUAAGAAUGAAAAGUGGCUAGUCUCUCUCGCUACAUCUCUACAGAGAGAGUGCAAAUGCAGGAAAUAAAAAAAGAGUGAUGUGAUAGAGAGAAGAAGAAAGAGAGAAAGAAAAUUAAGUGAUUAUUAGAGAGUAUGAGUGAGUGAGUUGUAUACAGUGCAUUCGGAAAGUAUUCAGACCCCUUGACUUUUUCCUCAUAAAUCUACACAAAAUACCCCAUAAUGACAAAGCAAAAAACGGUUUCUAUAAUUUUUGGCAAAAUUAUAAAAAACGAAAACUGAAAUAUCACAUUUACGUAAGUAUUCAGACCCUUUACUCAGUACUUUGUUGAAGCACCUUUGGCAGCGAUUACAGCCUCAAGUCUUCUUGGGUAUGACGCUACAAGCUUGGCACAUCUGUAUUUGGGGAGUUUCUCCCAUUCUUCUCUGCAGAUCCUCUCAAGCUCUGUCAGGUUGGAUGGAGAGCGUCGCUGCACAGCUAUUUUCAGGUCUCUCCAGAGAUGUUAGAUCGGGUUCAAGUCCGAGCUCUGGCUAGGCCACUCAAGGACAUUCAGAGACUAGUCCUGAAGCCACUCUUGCGUUGUCUUGGCUGUGUGCUUAGGGUCGUUGUCCUGUUGGAAGGUGAACCUUCGCCCCAGUCUGAGAUCCUGAGCGCUCAAGGAUCUCUCUGUACUUUGCCCUGUUAAUCUUUCCCUCGAUCCUGACUAGUCUCCCAGUCCCUGCCGCUGAAAAACAUCCCCACCGCAUGAUGCUGCCACCACCAUGCUUCACCGUAGGGAUGGUGCCAGGUUUCCUCCAGACGUGACACUUGGCAUUAAGGCCAAAGAGUUCAAUCUUGGUUUCAUCAGACCAGAGAAUCUCGUUUCUUAUGAUCUGAGAGUCCUUUCGAUGCCUUUUGGCAAACUCCAAGCGGACUGUCAUGUGCCUUUUACUGAGGAGUGGCUUCCGUCUGGCCACUCUACCAUAAAGGCCUGAUUGGUGGAGUGCUGCAGAGAUGUUUAUCCUUCUGGAAGGUUCUCCUAUCUCCACAGAGGAACUCCCUGGGACUAAACACCUCCCUCUGCAACUGGAUCCUGGGCUUCCUGACGGGCCGCCCCCAGGUGGUAAGGGUAGGUAACAACACAUCUGCCACGCUGAUCCUCAACACGGGGGCCCCUCAGGGAUGCGUGCUCAGUCCCCUCCUGUACUCCCUGUUCACCCAUGACUGCAUGGCCAGGCACGACUCCAACACCAUCAUUAAGUUUGCUGAUGACACAACAGUGGUAGACCUGAUCACCGACAACGAUGAGACAGCCUAUAGGGAGGAGGUCAGAGACCUGGCCGUGUGGUGCCAGGAUAACAACCUCUCCCUCAACAUGAUAAAGACAAAGGAGAUGAUUGUGGACUACAGGAAAAAAAGAAGAGGACUGAGCACGCCCCCAUUCUCAUCGACGGGGCUGUAGUGGAACAGGUUGAGAGCUUCAAGUUCCUUGGUGUCCACAUCACCAACGAACUAUCAUGGUCCAAACACACCAAGACAGUCGUGAAGAGGGCACAACAAAGCCUAUUCCCCCUCAGGAGACUGAUAAGAUUUGAUAUGUGUCCUCAGAUCCUCAAAAAGUUAUACAGCUGCACCAUCGAGAGCAUCUUGACUGGUUGCAUCACCGCCUGGUAUGGAAACUGCUCGGCCUCCGACCGCAAGGCACUACAGAGGGUAGUGCGUACGGCCCAGUACAUCACUGGGGCCAAGCUUCCUGCCAUCCAGGACCUCUAUACCAGGCGGUGUCAGAGGAAGGCCCUCAAAAUUUUCAAAGACUCCAGCCACCCUAGUCAUAGACUGUUCUCUCUGCUACCGCACGGCAAGCGGUACCGGAGCGCCAAGUCUAGGUCCAAAAGGCUUCUCAACAGCUUCUAUCCCCAAGCCAUAAGACUCCUGAACAGCUAAUCAUGGCUACCCGGACUAUUUGCACUGCCCCCCCCACCCCCACCCCCUCUUUUACGUUGCUGCUACUCUGUUUAUUAUUUAUGCAUAGUCACUUUAACUCUACCCACAUGUACAUAUUACCUCAAUUACCUUGACUAGCCGGUGCCCCCGCACAUUGACUCUGCACCGGUACCCCCCAGUAUAUAGCCUCCCUACUGUUAUUUUAUUUUACUGCUGCUCUUUAGUUAUUUGCUUUUAACACUUUUUUCUUUUUUCUUUUUUCUUUAAAAAAAAUGCAUUGUUGGUUAAGGGCUUGUAAGUAAGCAUUUCACUGUAAUGUCUACACCUGUUGUAUUCGGCUCAUGUGGCAAAUAAAAUGUGCAUUUAUUUGAUUUGAGAUUGGGGCGGCAGGUAGCUUAGUGGUUGUGCCAGUAACUGAAAGGUCGCUGGUUCUAAUCCCCGAGCCAACUAGGUGAAAAAUCUGUCGAUGUGCCCUUGAGCAAGGCACUUAACCCUAAUUGCUCCUGUAAGUCGCUCUGGAUAAGAGCGUCUGCUAAAUGACUAAAAUGUAAAAAUGAGAUUGAUGAGGGAAAACAGUUAUAUAUGCAAUUUUAGAAUAAGGCUGUAACGUAACAAAAAGGGAAGGGGUCUGAAUACUUUCCGAAUGUACUGUAUAUACUGUUUCAUUGUUCUGGCAGAGAGAAUGAACACAGGUCAGGAAGUUGACCCUGUGCUAUGCGUGUCUGUGCCUCAGGAGUAUAGGCUAAUAUGUGCUCUGUGUGUUUCUGUUUGUGCUCCAGGAGUUGAGCAAACAGCUGGACGAGGUGACGCAGGAUGCCGAGAUCGUGGAGAUUCGACAGAAGGAGGCGGAGUGUGAGCUGGAGGCCACCAGAGAUCGUGUGCAGCAGCAGGCCACAGAGAUCCUCCUCAAAGCCAGUGAGUUAGCUUUCCACCUUCUUUCCCACCUCCUCUCUGUUAGAGUUCUUAUCCUACACUCUCCCUCCUCCUGCUGUUACUGACAGUAUACACCCUACUACACUCUCCCUCCUCCUGCUGUUACUGACAGUAUACACCCUACUACACUCUCCCUCCUCCUGUUGUUACUGACAGUAUACACCCUACUACACUCUCCCUCCUCCUGCUGUUACUGACAGUAUACACCCUACUACACUCUCCCUCCUCCUGCUGUUACUGACAGUAUACACCCUACUACACUCUCCCUCCUCCUGCUGUUACUGACAGUAAUACACCCUACUACACUCUCCCUCCUCCUGCUGUUACUGACAGUAUACACCCUACUACACUCUCCCUCCUCCUGUUGUUACUGACAGUAUAACACCCUACUACACUCUCCCUCCCUGUGUUUACUGGACAGUAUACACCCUACUACACUCUCCCUCCUGCUGUUACUGACAGUAUACACCCUACUACACUCUCCCUCCUCCUGUUGUUACUGACAGUAUACACCCUACUACACUCUCCCUCCUGCUGUUACUGACAGUAUACACCCUACUACACUCUCCCUCCUCCUGCUGUUACUGACAGUAUACACCCUACUACACUCUCCCUCCUCCUGUUGUUACUGACAGUAUACACCCUACUACACUCUCUCUCCUCCUGUUGUUACUGACAGUAUACACCCUACUACACUCUCCCUCCUCCUGUUGUUACUGACAGUAUACACCCUACUACACUCUCCCUCCUCCUGCUGUUACUGACAGUAUACACCCUACUACACUCUCCCUCCUCCUGCUGUUACUGACAGUAUACACCCUACUACACUCUCCCUCCUGCUGUUACUGACAGUAUACACCCUACUACACUCUCCCUCCUCCUGUUGUUACUGACAGUAUACACCCUGACAGUAUACACCCUACUACACUCUCCCUCCUCCUGUUGUUACUGACAGUAUACACCCUACUACACUCUCCCUCCUCCUGCUGUUACUGACAGUAUACACCCUACUACACUCUCCCUCCUCCUGUUGUUACUGACAGUAUACACCCUACUACACUCUCCCUCCUCCUCCUCCUCUCUUCUUUCCUCCUCCCUCCUCUCUCUGUUACAACCCACGCUACUGCACUACCUGAGCAACACUAAUGAACCACAAUGUGAUUAAUGACCCACACCACUCUUAGUCCUACAUGAUUUCCCCCAACAUUUAAGUCUAUGUAUGUAUCAAUUACUUCAAGUCAUGAAAUAUUAAAAUAAUGUUGGUUCAAAUUUACCAAGUCUUUGCACCAGUUUGCAUCAGAUAUUUUCAGGAGAAAAUAACAGGUACACAGGCUCAAGCCUACUGUAUAUAGGCUUCCAUCUAUUCACAAUUAUCUGUCACGUGACUCUCUUUCCUUAUCACUGGUAUGAUACAUUCCCAAUGGAUGGCAGAAUGAACCAGAACCCAGAGAGAGAUUUUUAAUACACUCUGGAGGUAGGUAGCUCCAGCUUCAGCUAGCGUACCUGUUGACAGGAGAUUGUGCUGUGACAGAUCACCUCCCGGUAUCCCGGCAACAGAGGUCCAGUGUGCUCUGCAGUCUUGCCCCAGCUCUGCUCCGAGACCUCUUCACCCCCCUGGUUCUGGAAUGUACCUUGGUGGGGAGAGGGCUCACCUAGACCCCCUCACCUAGCUCUUACCUAGCCCUGCAACAUCUGUUGUGGUUCAAAUGCCUGUCAUACCAUGGUCAAGAUAUAUAACAAGGACAGAGAGAAAAACAACAUGUUUGCACUUUGUGUCUGGAAUAUUCUGUGGUGCCUAUUGUGUAGCUGUGUAGUACUGUAUAUAUCUGCAGGCCCAUGUUUGGAAUCAGACACAGAGAUGCUGCUGCUGCUGAAAACACUAACCUCUUAGCUGUUAGAGAAACACAGGGUGUUAGCCUCACGGUUACUUGGGCUUAUCUGAAUUGCUGUAACAUAACUGUUUAAUGGUGAAAUGGUGUAUCCCUGCACUAAUGGUAUUCAUAAGCCCAAGGAUGUGAAAGCCGUGUUCAAAUGAAUUACGCCCAUUUUAAGUCAUGCUGCACUUUGUACAGUCUGUACUGCAGCGAGCCCUGCUGUAUACUCACAGCCAUGCCUGUAUGAUCUGAUUUGAUCGCUAGUUAUGCCUUGCUGCAUCAAUAUUUCAUCUGGCAGUGAAAUACUGAAAUACUGGCUCACCAAAACGUCAAUGUUUAAACAGUACAUUGACCCAGGUCAACUCUCUAUGGUAAUACUGCUCGUACAGGUAAUCUCAUUCUAGUAGCAAGUAGGGCUGGACAGGUUUCAUAGUGUUUAUAUCUAUGGAGGAGAUAGAUAUACGAUGAUAGAUUAAGAUAGAUAUUCUUUGACUUAUAUCUUUUUAAGUUCUCUAAUAGGGAUGUUUUAAGUUCUAUCGUUAUCUAUAUCUGUAAUUAUAUCUAGCUAUUUAUCUCUAUCUCUCUCGAUUAUCUGUCUAUCUCAGUCCCUCUCUCUCUCUAUCUCUGUUAUAUCGUCUAUGGUCCUCUUCUCUCUCUCUAUCUAUCUUCUAUCGCUCUCUCUUAUCGUCCUUAUAUCUCUCUGGUCCUCUCGAAUAGAAUUCUAUCGAGAUUAUAGAGAAGACGCGAGAUUCUAUCUGUCUCAUUCUCUAUCUAUCUUCUCACUCUUCUCUCUCUCUCUCUCUCUAUCUCUCUCUCUCUCUAUCUCUCUCAUCCUCUCUCUCUCUCUAUCCUCUAUCUCCCUCUCUCUCUCCUCUCCUCUUCCUCUCCAGGUCACAUUGGCAGCCUGUCAUGGCCACUCAGAUGGACCCCACGAGGGCAGCACCUGCCAGGGACCAUGGAGUCUGAGAAGUCUCGUCUGAAGGACAAAGUGGUACGUCUAGAGGAGGAACGCGUGGCCCUGCAGAACAAGACCCAGACACUGGACGACAGGCAGAGGCAACAGAUUCUCUCCCUGGAGAAGGUGAGCCUUCGGUGGCGUGGAGGGAACUGUAUUUCUGCCAUUCUGGAGCCUGGAGUUGUCUGAGGACUAGGGCUGUUGCGGUGACCGUAUUACCGCCACACCAGCGGUCACGAGUCAUGAAGGCAGUCAAAUUCCAUGUGACUGUUUAGUCAUGGUAAUUAGGCUACUCUAAGCUCUGAUGCUACUGAUGGUCAUUAGUAGCCUACCAAACUUGCUAACUGCCUGGUACUCAGCACUCUGUUGUCCCUCUAAUCACUCUGACAUCAAUGCAAAUAUGUUCGAAAUCUAAUCAAACACUUCAUUAGAGCCCAUGAGCUCAUGUUGCACAACAUUUCAAUAGACUAUGCAAUUGCACGAGAAAACAGAGUGAUGGCUUCUACUAAAAAGAGGAGGAUCCCAUAAGCUUUCUAUAGGCUAGGCCUACUAUAUUUAUUUCUCAACUUUCCUAAUAUUAAGCACAUUGUUUAUCUUUACAACAGGAGUAUAGCCUACCUGGCUGGCAUGAAAAUCAACCAUGGGAAAAGUGUCCUCCAUUCGCCAUUUAAGUGCAUAGAUGAUGUAUUUUUACCCGCUCCCCCUGUUUCGAGACAUGAUAAUGGCCCAUUCUAAAUAAAAACAAAUUUCACACAUAUAUUAUUUAGUACAGUUGAAGUCGGAAGUUUACAUACACUUAGGUUGGAGUCAUUAAAACUCGUUUUUCAACCACUCCACAAAUUUCUUGUUAACAAACUAUAGUUUUGGCAAGUCGGUUAGGACAUCUACUUUGUGCAUGACACAAGUAAUUUUUCCAACAAUUGUUUACAGACAGAUUAUUUCACUUAUAAUUCACUGUAUCACAAUUUCAGUGGGUCAGAAGUUUACAUACACUAAGUUCACUGUGCCUUUAAACAGCUUGGAAAAUUCCAGAAAAUGAUGUCAUGGCUUUAGAAGCUUCUGAUAGGCUAAUUGAUAUCAUUUGAGUCAUUUGGAGGUGUACCUGUGGAUGUAUUUCAAGGCCUACCUUCAAACUCAGUGCCUCUUUGCUUGACAUCAUAGGAAAAUCAAAAGAAAUCAGCCAAAACUUGUAGACCUCCACAAGUCUGGUUCAUCCUUGGGAGCAAUUUCCAAACGCCUGAAGGUACCACAUUCAUCUGUACAAACAAUAGUACGCAAGUAUAAACACCAUGGGACCACGCAGCCGUCAUACCGCUCAGGAAGGAGACCCGUUCUGUCUCCUAGAGAUGAACGUAAAUCAAUCCCAGAACAACAGCAAAGGACCUUGUGAAGAUGCUGGAGGAAACAGGUACAAAAGUAUCUAUAUCCACAGUAAAACGAGUCCUGUAUCGACAUAACCUGAAAGGCCGCUCAGCAAGGAAGAAGCCACUGCUCCAAAACCGCCAUAAAAAAGCCAGACUACGGUUUGCAACUGCACAUGGGGACAAAGAUCGUACUUUUUGGAGAAAUGUCUGAUGAAACAAAAAUAGAAAUGUUUGGCCAUAAUGACCAUCGUUAUGUUUGGAGGAAAAGGGGGAAGGCUUGCAAGUCAAAGAACACCAUCCCAACCGUGAAGCACGGGGGUGGCAGCAUCAUGCUGUGGGGGUGCUUUUCUGCAGGAGGGACUGGUGCACUUCACAAAAUAGAUGGCAUCAUGAGGAAGGAAAAUUAUGUGGAUAUAUUGAAGCAACAUCUCAAGACAUCAGUCAAGAAGUUAAAGCUUGGUCGCAAAUGGGUCUUCCAAAUGGACAAUGACGCCAAGCACACUUCCAAAGUUGUGGCAAAAUGGCUUAAGGACAACAAAGUCAAGGUAUUGGAGUGGCCAUCACAAAGCCCUGACCUCAAUCCUAUAGAGAAUUUGUGGGCAGAACUGAAAAAUGGGCCAAAAUUCACCCAACUUACUGUGGGAAGCUUGUGGAAGGCUACCUGAAACGUUUGACCCAAGUUAAACAAUUUAAAGACAAUGCUACCAAAUACUAAUUGAGUGUAUGUAAAUUUCUGACCCACUGGGAAUGUGAUGAAAGAAAUAAAAGCUGAAAUAAAUCAUUCUCUCUACUAUUAUUCUGACAUUUCACAUUCUUAAAAUAAAGUGGUGAUCCUAAUUGACCUAAGACAGGGAAUUUUAACUAGGAUUAAAUGUCAGGAAUUGUGAAAAACAGAGUUUAAAUGUAUUUGGCUAAGGUGUAUGUAAACUUCCGACUUCAACUGUAUAUAUAAAGACAAGAUUAAAUCAAGAAUAUUCUUAUGGGUGACAAUAUUAGCCUAUCACUUGUUAAUUAUAUAUUAGCACUUGUGAAUGAUGCCCAGCAUAAGAAACAUUAAAAAAAAUUUGCCUACUUUUUCGAAUCAUAGUCGUACAUCUCAUGUAGCCUAGGCCAUAGGCCUAAAUGUUUUGAUAAGGUUUGUAUCACAACUAAAGUGGCCAAAUAACUUCUUAAAAUUAAGCACAUUCAUCCGCAUACAUAAGCAGUGGGUCAGUUUCAAGUUUGGGGAAGAUAAUUUUCACCAUAAAAAUGCACCUUUAUAAUAAAAGCUUUAUAAUAUCAUUAGGCCUACUCAUGCGCAAUCACAUUUGCAGUAACAUUUUGAAACAUUUUGGAACAUUCGCGCUUAUAGCCUACUGCCAUGUGCACAUUGCUGCGCUUAUAAUGUGAAGAAAUAGCCUAAUAGUUUAUCAACAUUUUAAGCUAAAUGUUCUGAUAUGUUGCGUCAGCCACAUUGCGUAAAAAAUGUUUUUUCAUGCUAGUGGUUGCAUUAAUUUUGGAUCUAUUGCAUCCCACAACUGUCCCAGACUAUGUUUGGAAUAUUUUUUUCUCACACGGAAUUGAAUAGGUCGACUUUUGUACUAUGGGGGAUACUAGAUUGACAUAGGCUAGUUAUUUUGCUGUUCAUUAGGCCUACUCAUCUUGUUGGCUGACGAAAAGUAAAUGUGGACAGUUCUUCCAAUAUCUUCAGUAUGCACUUCGGAAUUGGAAUUGGAUAAGGACGUGUGCAGUGGCGUCCCCGAUGUGUCUGUCUUCACUUGUAGCCUGUGAGAAAGACCCGAUCACGUGAUGGGAGAAGGGCACAACGGCCACUGGGCGCAAAAGCCAUUGAUUUUGUUAGGGUGCAUUACGGCCACAAAGGGAAUGCCGCUGUGAAAUUCAAGGCAUUAUCAAGUGCUUGACUAAUGAAGUGUGUACAGCCUGCGCAAAAAAACAAAGCAGAGCUCUUGACUUUCAAGCGACUUUUUUCAAAUCAUCAUUAGAGUCGCAUCAUGCAGCCUUACUAUGUAUUAAAAAUCAAAACAUAUAGCCCAACGUUUGUAGAACAACAAAAGUUACAUGAAUAACUCUAAAUUAAGCAUAUAGGAGUACCUAUUUCUUUGUUAACCGCUCAACACAAAAUAGCCGCAUGUGCGCACUCCCUCAAAUCGUUUGGAGAAAAUAUCCUUUCUAUUUUAUUCAGCUUUAUUAAAUUGUAUUCUUUAAACUAUAAAAUCAUGCCACGGAAUUCUAAGAAAAUCUUGUCUGCUAAAUGAACUAGUUUAGCCCACAGCCAUUUGGCAUAGCCAGAUCAGGGCCUAACAUAAGGACAACUCAAAGUAUGCUAUUCUGUUCUUCUGAAAUAGACUACAUUUUCAUUCCUCUCUCAUGCGGUCUCAUAUGGUCUGUGUGUAUGCGCCUCUGUCCGUGGCCGGAAAGAACAGGCGCAAUGGAUUAUGGUCAUUGUAGUUAAUUACACGUUUCUGUGGUGAACUAGGUUGAAUAUUUGCCUUAUGAAAACUUCCAAUCAGCCCAGCGUCCCACAUAGUUCUUGACAGAUUCUCUCGUGAAUGAUUUGAUUUCCCUCUAGAGAAAUGGCGCGUUGAGCUCACUAACUAAAUUGAAUUCAAAGAAUUGAACCGUUGUCGGUCAAUUAGUUGUUUAAUAACCGAAAGAAAACCCAACAUUUUGGUUAAUUGCUCAGCACUAUUCACAACACUCAACAUCUUGGAAAGAGAAGUUACUGGACUAAAAAAAUUGGGCUUUUGUUGACGUUUAGCUGAUUAUUUCGAUUUAGCAAAGACUACACUUUUGGUGUAAAUAGACAUCCAUUUUGCGUCACAGUUUGCUUCAUAUAUCUCAACUAUUAGCCAUGGCUGCUUCUUCCUCUAUAGUCACCGUUUUUCUUAAAGCCAUGCUUUCUGGUUGUAAAAUAGCAUUUAACUUCAAUUAUUGAUGUCAGAGUACACAAAAAAACUCUGAUUUUACGACUAAGCAUUUAGCUUGCUCCUUGGAAAGUCCUCCUUGCUCUCAGGAGUUACAGAGCCCUGAAAUAUGCAUCGCAUCUGAACACACAAAACUACAGAUUGUUAUGCUGCUGAGCGGGUUAAACUUGACCAGACCCCACCAAGUUACGUUAUUUGCGAACAGUAGCGCCGUAGACAAACUGCAGUUCCCCCGUAAAUGAAUGUCAAGCAUAAUCUAUUUUCCAUUCAGCAUUUCCAUUAUGGUAAAAUGCACAGUUGAAGCUUUCACUAUAUGUCGUUCUGCGUGACAAUAUCAGUGGAGGCUGCUGAGGGGAGGACGGCUCAUAAGAAUGGCUGGAACGGAGCAAAUGGAAUGGCAUCAAACAAUGUGUUUGACAUAUUUGAUACCAUUCCACUUAUUCCUCUCCAGCCAUUACCACAAGCCCGUCCUCCCAAAUUAAGGUGCUACCAACCUCCUGUUGUCAAUAUGCUCUCAAGACAGGGAGAGUGUUCUGUUGACAGUGACCCGCACCACUCAAUGCUAUGUCCCCUGUGUCUCAAUGACAAUUCACCACAAUGCUGUAGCCUGAAAACCUGACCUCACCUUUCCAGUUCCCAGGAAAUCUCUCUUCUGUUCUGUUUCCCAUUACCAUAGCCUUGAGUUCGGUGUUACUAUGGCAACCUGCUGUGAACGGCGGUGUGAGUGCAUUGUGCAGUAAUCCACUGGGCUGCUGGCGUUCUGAGAAACGCCACUCUCUCUCUCUCAUCUGGUAAUAGAGGCCUCUCUCUCCGUUCGAUUUGGCUCGCUGCUUGAGCCUCAUCUCUGAAUGUGAAUAAUGUGUUGAAGCAUCCUCAGGCUGUCACUUUCCUCUGUUACAAGACACCAAACAGCCGUUCAUGUGUUACCUGUGUCUGACUGACUCAGAUGCUCACUCAAAUGACCAAGGAAAUAGAAAUAAGACAGUAAUGAGUUUAGCAUUCUGUUCACAGCUGGGUUUAAUAAAACUAGAAUCAAACAUCUUUGAUUAACACAGGGCAGACUGUCAUGGUGUUGUCUCUGUGUGUGUUGGUCCAUCAGACUCUACGGGAGGAGAAGCAGGUGUAUGAGAAGGAGAUGAUGAACAUGCGUGCCAAAUACGAGGACGACGCCGCCCACUUCAAAGAGUCACAGACCCGGGCGCUGGAGGAGCUGUCGAAAAAGCACAGGACCACCCUGGAGAACACACAGACUACUGCCGAGAAGGAGAAGCGCUGGCUACUGGCCGUAAGAAGAGUGUACACACACACACAGACACUCACACACUCACACACACCUCAGGUAACACAACACUGCACUGCACCUACGCAACACACACACACUGCAGGGGAGCUGCACCUACACAAUGCAGCAAUGGGAUGGGAUUGGGAUUUCCAUACACAGCAGUAAACUGCAGAAACAAUCACUUCACCUCCAAGCUAUGUUUUGCUAUGAUUUGGCUAUUGUUAUGAAUAGCAAAUGGACUGGGCUUACAGUAAUACAUUCUGUAAUUGCAUUAUUGUGCAGAUCUGUACCAAACUACACUCAUCUGCUCUUACAGUGACAUUACAACCACCCUAAUGAACAAGUCACACAGGAUCCAACAGCAAGACUAAAGAGCAACAAUUAUUAUCUUCUACUAGUUGAACGUGAUGAUAAGAGAAAAGGUCAAUGCUGAGUCUGAACCUCAUUAGGAGAGCCCAAUGAUUAUCAGUUUGAAAUAGGACUACAAACAGCUGGUGGAACCACUCUGUAGAGACAGAGAAAGAGAGCCAGAAAGAGAGAGAGGAGAAGGGAGAGAGAAAGACUCAUUGCCGUGGGCAGAACAGCUUAUCUUUCCUCCAAGUCCCUCCAUGUCAUUUGCAUGCAUGAAUUUCAGGCUUUGCUGCGCUGGUUUGGGUCUACAAUUUGUCAGAGCUACUUGUCAAGGCAAUCCCACAAGUGUUGAGAGCAGCUCUGUGCUGGUGUAGCUUUGAGUACCCUCAAGUGCUGCCUGCCAUUCUACACAGAACACAUAAGUGCUGUUACUAUGGAUGUCUAGUGGUUUAAAAUCAUACAGAAAGAGGUUGGUUAUAUUGGUUGACAACAGACCCAUCAAAAGACCUUUCUCUCUGUUCAUCCAUCUCUGUAUUAGAGCCCAGUGCUAUAUACCUCCGCCAUGUCUAUCUCUCCCAGGCUGUGUCUGUAUGUCUCAGGCUGUGUCUGUUUGUCCCAGGCCUGUGUCUGUGUGUCCCAGGUUGUGUCUGUAUGUCUCACGCUGUGUCUGUAUGUCUCACGCUGUGUCUGUUUGUCCCAGGCCUGUGUCUGUGUGUCCCAGGCCUGUGUCUGUAUGUCUCAGGCUGUAUCUGUAUGUCUCAGGUUGUGUCUGUAUGUCUCAGGUUGUGUCUGUAUGUCUCAGGCUGUGUCUGUAUGUCUCAGGCUGUGUCUGUAUGUCUCAGGCUGUGUCUGUAUGUCUCAGGUUGUGUCUGUAUGUCUCACGCUGUGUCUGUUUGUCCCAGGCCUGUGUCUGUAUGUCUCAGGCUGUAUCUGUAUGUCUCAGGUUGUGUCUGUAUGUCUCAGGUUGUGUCUGUAUGUCUAAGGCUGUGUCUGUAUGUCUCAGGCUGUGUCUGUAUGUCUCAGGCUGUAUCUGUAUGUCUCAGGCUGUGUCUGUGUGUCUCAGGUUGUGUCUGCAUGUCUCAGGUUGUGUCUGUAUGUCCCAGGCUGUCUGUAUGGCUCAGGUUGUGUCUGUAUGUCUCAGGUUGUGUCUGUGUGUCCCAGGCUGUGUCUGUAUGUCCCAGGCUGUGUCUGUAUGGCUCAGGUUGUGUCUGUAUGUCUCAGGUUGUGUCUGUAUGUCUCAGGUUGUGUCUGUGUGUCCCAGGCUGUGUCUGCAUGUGUCUCUUUCCCGGACUGUUCUCUGUGUGUGUCAGGGCCCAGAGCUCUGCUGCCUCAGCUCCAGUCCUGCAGGCAGUAGAGCAGUGAGAGGGCCUCUAUCCGGCUUAGCACCCAAGCCUCAUUAACCACUACCAUGACAACUCAUCUCCCCACCCCGCCACGCUCUGCUCAGCCCAACCACUCAAACACACACACACUGUUCCAGGACCUACCACAGCCUGGGCUGAGGGGUUGGAGACUGCUGACAUGCACCUUCCACAUCAAUUCUGCACCGCACUACAGAAAAUCUCGCUCUCACUCCAUUCAAUAAUGAAAGUAUUUUCUAUCUGCUUUAAAACAUCUGCUCCAGUGACAUGACUAAACUGUCUGUUUUGAAAUCCCUGACUGAUAACAUAUUAAAUUAAAGCACUCAAAAGACAUGCACGAUUGACUCAGCCAGAAUGCAUUUAGUCAUAUUUUUACUUCUCAGCUCGGUAGCUGCCAAAGGCUCCUGUCAACUCAUCCCUCUCCAACAUUAUUUAGUCUUUAUGUAAUAAAAUACCGGCCAUAUGACAGAUGUUGGGUUAAGCCGCUGUAAUUAGUUAGUGCCUUGUUUAUAGCAGGGCCGGCCAACCUAACACCAUUGUGCCCACUACUUUCUGGCAAUUGGAAGGAUGAGAGUGGCUCUCCUCAUGGGCAUUGGAAUGUGUGUACGUGCGUGCUUAAGUGUCUCUGACACACAAAUCAGCCUGGCCAUUCUUCAGUGUCAACACAUUUUCCACUGGCAGCUCAGAUCUCCUUGUUUCGCCUUCUUGUUUUAAAUUGGAGGAAAUGGAGGUAGCGACCCCUGUUGUUCCUCCACCAGGAUGGUAUUUGAGUUCUGCAGUCUCAUCUGCAGAGGAAGACAGUGAUUACACCUGGCUGCACCUCACCAGCUGCUUCGGCUGCUUCCAGGAACCUUAUCUCAGGCAGAGAAACGUUGGCCGCUCCCCUUUGUCGGGGGGAGGUGAGAGAGAGAGAGAGAGAGAGAGAGAGAGAGAGAGAGAGAGGAGAGAGAGAGAGAUCGAGAGAGGAGAGAGAGCUCAGUCAGAGAGAUCUAUCAGCUAUCGCGAGUCUCUAGUCUCCUCCUUACCUAUUCUCUCUCUCUCUCUCUAGAUUUCUCUCUCGCUCUCGCGCUCUCUCUAGCCGCUACUCUCUCCUCGCUCUCUCUGCUUCUCUCUCCUUCCUAUCUCUCUCGAUCUCUCCUCUCUCUCUCUCGCCUGCUCUCCCUCUCUCUCUUUCCUCGAAGAGGGAAAGGAUCUCCCAAGAAAGGGAGAGAGAGAGAGAGGGAGAGAGAGAGGAGAGAGAGAGAGAGACCUCCGCCCCCUCCCCCCGCUCACCUGCUCCUUCUCCCUCUCUCCUCCUCGUCCCUUCCUCACCAUCCAAACGGAAUGCAGACGGAGAGAGAGAGAAAGGAGAGGAAGCAUAUGAGAGAGAGACACUGUGAGAUGAGAGCACAUGUGAUAGUGUGAUUAGGGUCUUGUUUGUGCGGCGGUGAGUCACUGUAGUCGCAAAGAGCAGCUUGACAAGUCCAUGUGGCGGCGGCUGACAUCAUAUUUUGGGCCAACUCCCCCAUGCUCUUCCUCUUCUUCCCUGUACGUACAGCACAGCGAGAGAAGAGAGGGAGGAGAGUCAUUUUGUCAUCCUCCUGUCUCAAGACGUGGUCAUGAGUCACCCCCCGGGCUGGCGUCAGCACCAAGGUGUGGGAUGGACCUUUAGUUUGGACACUGAGAUAAAACUAGUGACUUGUCAAAUUACUGUGGGCAGCUGACAGAGACUUUGUGUGGCACACUAAACUAUUAGAAGUUUUGAAGCGUAUGCACUAUUCAAGAAGCGUGUGAUAUGGGAACUCAAAGACUUUGCUUCAAAGCCGCCACACACACACACACACCCACAUCCCUUAACUUGACACCAAGUGGAAAAAACAUAGGGGAAGACGCUAACAAUAUUAAAUACAUAAUGUCUUGAUUCUUGUUGGGAUGGGAUCAUGAAACAUAGAUGAGCUCCUAUUUGCAUAUGUGUGUGCAGAGAAAGAUGAGAGCGCUAAAUGAUGUACCCGUAACCAACCUCACACGCACAUACAGUGUGCAGAGCAGUCCUCUCUGAACAAGGUGAAACUAUACAUUAUUCAGUCAGCCUUACUUGGUGCUUCAUGCUGACCAGUUUUCUGCUCAUACAUAUGCCUUUUGAGAUUGCACUUUGAAGUGUCUGUUGUAUAUUCUAUGUAUAUGGUGUACAUUUUCAGUCAUUGGAAAGCAUUAACUGAGGUUACAGAGGGAAAGGAUAAUGCAGUAGUGUCAAUCACCAACUGUAUCAGAGGAACGUUAAUAUUGGAGUGGACAUGGUUCACAUAGUAGUCUGUCACUAGUCAGCUCAAUGCAUUUACUAUUUAUUUGGCAGUCAUUGAUUUAGCUCCAAGGCGUCUUUUCAGAGUAAUAUACUAGUCAUAAUGUUUUUGUGAAAGUGAUCAAAUAUUCUGUUUUCGUAAAAGAUGUAGGCCUACAUGAAGUGUUUUGAACAAUGUCCUGUCCACAGUCGAAUGCUCAGUGCUGACAUUAACAGAUGCAGAGCUGUUGAGAAUUUCAUAAGAAGUCUUUUUUUUUUGUCAUUUCCAUGCUUGGUACUAAAAAUGCCACUCAUUCCUUCCAUCUCGUAGGCCUGUCCCCGCUAUGGUGAUGUCUACUGUUUUAUAUUGUCACUGCGGUGUCACCCACUGGCACAAAUAUCCUGCAAUGAGAGUGAAAUGGUAGACUAGCAAUCUAUCCCAUACGAGAAAUGUCUGAAGGCUGCAUUUGAUCCAUGAUAUCGCACCGUCACAGCAAGAAAUCUUUUCCCCCUGAAAAUUGAGUUCCAUAAUGAGACAUUUGCUUUGCAGACAUCCUUGUCUUGAGUGGCCUGACAUUGCUUAAAUAAUGAACUCACUCAUCCAUUUUCCCAGCAGGAUAUUAACCACCUGCCGAGGGGUACAACAUUAAUGUGUCACUUGUGAUUGAAACACACACACACACACACAACCUCCUACAUAUAACAGCUCUUAAUACAAGCCCUCCUCCAAAGAGCUACACUGAGUCCAUAUUACCAGAUUGUGUAACAACGACGCUGACAGAACUCUUAUUAGUGUAUUCAUGUGAAUAAUGCCAACUAUUGUCCUUUCAUGUACUAGUCAUUCCCUUUAAACUGGCAUUGAUUUUCCUCUAAAAGCACAAUUAUUGCAGCCAUAUCUACAAAGUAUUUUCAAUUCAUAAAGAGCCUAUAAUACUGUAAACCCUGUAAUGGUUAUUGUGCUGGGAUUAUUAUAACAGUCUUUGUGGUUUGUCUACAGGAAAUGGAGCAGCAGUUUGAGAGGGAGAGGCUCUCAUUGGAGGAGCAGAAGAACCAUCUCAGACAACAACUGGACAGCCUGAGGGAGGAGCUCGCUGCCAAACUUGAACAAGCCAAUCAGGAGGUCAGUCAGGAGUCACCCUACCUAUCAGAUCUCUCCUCUUUCUCAACUGAUUUUGGCUAUUUAUUGUGGUCAGCCACAUGGAAUUAGAAUUACUGGUGCUAAUUGGUCAUCUUUGAAGUUUGAUGCUAUCUAUUCUCAGAAAACAAACCAGGUUUGAAAGGAAAAGAACAGCAGGUAGAGAAUAUAUAAGUAUGUCUUGGCUCAUUUGAAGUGCAGUUUCCCAACUCUACUAAAGGGAAUGUCUAAGAGUUAAUUACAGCUGGUUACGAUGUGAAGGCCUCUCUGAGCACUGAGAUGUAUGAUAGACUUCUAGAGAACAGCUGCUGAUGUGUAGAGUGUGUCUUGACUCAUUUGAAGUGCAGUUUCCCAAUUGGAAUUUAUUACAAAAGGGAAUAGAUUUGACUCUACUUCAUUACAGCUGUUUUUAAAGCCUGUCUGGGUACUGUGGUGUAUGAUAUACUUCUAGCCUUGAUUCUUGUUCUAUGUGCUGAGUGUGGGUCUGCUCUCCCUCCCUGUCUGUCCCUCCCCUGUGUGUAGGUGUUGCGCCUGCAGGAGCUGGUGAAGGAGGGUGAGCAGGGCAUGGGUUCAGCAGAGGGACACAUCUCCAACCUGAAGGAGGCCCAGGACAAACUAGUGGAGGAGCUGGACGCUACCAGGGCCAGACUGAGAGAGACGAGCAACCUGCUGACCGCCCUGCAGGUGAGAGCACUGUUACAGUACAAAUACACACACACACACACACACACAGGCAUGCUACACACACAUACACACACACACACACACACACACACAUAGAUUUUCCUGGGUCCUUGGUGGGUUCUCCUCAUCAGGGAGCCAUUGGAUUCUCCAUCAGGAACCCUAACGAUUUUCCUUCCCCAUUCCCUCUUCUGACCAGGUAUUUAUUGAUUGUGUAUUAAGCUUAUUUAUGGGGGGUAAUAAAGUUGAAAUGUCCUGAAUUGAUCCCCUAGCGUUGAGUCUAUUCCCUUACCAAAUGUAUCACGUCUACCUGCUUUGUCCCAGAUUCCAAUUCUUGAUAUGCCAGGCAGGCUUUCCAGCAGCUUUGGGUUGGCAUACCUAAUCAGGCUCAGAUUGUGAAUUCUGUUCUCAUCUUUAAGGAGUCCAUAUGGCAUUAGCACUUCAUUAUGCCCUUGACCUGCUGGGGCUCCUCUCUCUCUCUCCCUCUCUCCUCUCCCCUCUUCCCUCUCUUCUCUCUCCCUUUCCUCUCUCUCCUGUCCCUCUCUCUCCUCUCUCUCUCUGGUCCUGCAUAAUGAAGCAGGCUGUAGUCUGAAUGUCAGGGGAAGUUUUGGAGCAGUAUUGAUGGCAGUAGGUCCAGACUUAUUUCCUCUCCUCUGACUGAUCACACAGAGCACUGUCCCAUGUUCACACAUGGCCCCAAGAUCCUCAUUGGUAGUAGUGUGUGUUGAGUCCUGUACAUACUGGGUUAGAUCACAUGCUCAAUUGUGUUGUUUAUCAUGAGGGCUAAUAUUAUGAACCCUUUCUCUCUUUAUUCCUGUCUUUCUCUUCUUCUCCUUCCCCCUCUCAGGGAGAGAUGGAGGCCCAGAAGAAGAAGCAUGAGGCUAAAGUCAUCACCACUAAAGAGGACGAGAAGCUCAAGAUGGACAAGAUGGCGCUGGAACUGGAGCUCAAGUGGACCGAGACCUUAAGGUGUGUGUGUGUGUGUGUGUGUGUGUGUGUGUGUGUGUGUGUGUGUGUGUGUGUGUGUGUGUGUGUGUGUGUGUGUGUGUGUGUGUGUGUGUGUGUGUGUGUGUGUGCGUGCGUGCGUGCGUGCGUGCGUGCGUGCGUGCGUUUGUGCCUGCAUGUGUUUCUUGUUUGUUUGUGCCAAUGAUGGUGAUGGAGAGGGUAAGUGAAAGAGUUUGGCUUGCAGUAAUUGAAACAGUGACACUAAGACGAGGGCCAUGAUACAGUGACUCCAGAACCAGCUUCAUACCAAUAAUACCAGUCCAGGGCUGAUCCCAGCCCAGCAGGAGGCCUUCAUUUUUCACAACACUUGUUCAGCCGCUGCCCUCGCCUACCUCUAAAUGUGUUUUUCGGCUGAAGCAAAGAUGGUUGUUCACCAAGCGAUCUCACUGCCGCUGCUGCUGCCUGUUCUGGCUCAAAGGAGAGAGAGGGGAUGGUAAUGAGGUAGAUAUGAGAAAGGAUUUGAGCCCGAGUGACAAGCCACUGCUUAUGAAUUUCAAGUGUAAAAAGGCUUUGUUGUCAAAAUAAAGGGCCAUUUGAAUCUCAAUGCUUCUACAGCACAUCAGGGACAUGUGAAUCAUGAUGUGAACAGAACUGCAGCUCAGGGAUGUGACACUGGAGAUGAGGAGGAAGUUCAUCCUAGCUCAUCAGACAGAGUCCAAUUAGUGUCUCUCUCCAUUGCUGGGGUCAAGGAAUGUGUUAAUACAGCAUUAAGGAUUCCUGAUUACCAGGAAGGCUCUGCUACACAUGGAGUUCUACAAUAAAACCAUCCAGUCCAGCAUUGGCUCAAAGUUUUAUUCUGUCCUCUUCUUUAUCUCUUGUACUGUAAUUAAGUUUCAUUUACCCUCCUCUCUCAAUGUCCAUAUUUCACAAUUGCAUUCCCUUCAGCUUCUUUUCAUUUUGUAAGUUAUGAAUUUUACAUGCUCUUUAGUUCUGACAGCAUUUAGUAUUUUCAUUAAGUGAGAUAGUAAUUAAAACUAAAUUGAAGACUGCUUCUUCUUCUCUAGUAAACAUAAUGCAAAACACAACCUGCGGGGGUUCUGAUUGUACUUCUGCCAUGUCUAACUCGAGCCAACAUGCCACUCAGGGUGAAAGAGGGAGAGAGAGAAAGAGAGAGGUGAAGGCAGAGGGAGAGAUAUUCCCAUUUUCUUCCUCCCUCCUCUGUUCUAGGCUGUUCUCAGUAGGAAGAGGUGCUAAGAAGCGCCUCUCUUUCAUGUCCUGUAACUGACUGUCAGACACAUCUCUCCUCCUGCUCCUCACGGGGAGCUUGGCUGGUGAUGUGGAGGAAGAUACAGCAGCAGAAAUACCAGAGCCCCUAACCACAUUAAAGCCUCCUCUCUGUUUACCUUACGUAAUGGUGGGCUUGAACAUGAACGGCAUUAGCAAGAGGGACAAUGCAGACGGGCGGCACCACCACACAGCACCGCAGCGUCUAUGACUGCCUUUCAAGUUCAUCAACCACAGGAGACACUGUGUGUGUCAUCUGGCGCGUCGCAGCGCACAACUGCACAGAGAACACACACACAGAGAAUACGCACACACGCGCACAUACACACACACACACACACAAGUGUAGCGUCACAGGCAGAGAAUGAUUGAACGGAGCUGGUUUGGCUUUGUUUUGUGCUGAGAGAGAUAGUCCUUUAAGGUCCACCAUUCCAGACGGAUAGAAUAGGACAGGAAGUUUGUUACUGUGUGUUUCAGUGCGGUGAUGUCAGAACCGGGUAUAAUGAACGUCCACAGUGAGUUUCUAUCAGUUGAGAUUUACCUCAGUCAAACUAAAGCUUUGUGAGAGAUGCAUUUAUUGGCGUUGGUGUGCCCCAGAUGUAGGGGGAAGAAAUGAUAUUGCUGUUUAGACAGUUAGUUGAUGGAGUCACUGGCGUAGCACACAUCCCCGCAGCCCCCGCAAGGCGGGGGGCCCACAAGCUUUGUUGUUGUUGGGUUAGGGUCCCCCCCGGAGGUCAGGACCCCAGAUAGCAUAUGAACAAGUCAUAAGCCAUGCAUUUUUGGGGUGGAAUUACAGGAAAUUAGCUUUAAAACUGCAUCAUUGUCUCUCAGCCUCAUGGCAAAAUGUGUAGAAUUACAGGAAAUUAGCUUUAAAACUGCAACAUUGUCUCUCAGCCUCAUGGCAAAAUGUGUAGAAUUACAGGAAAUUAGCUUUAAAACUGCAACAUUGUCUCUCAGCCUCAUGGCAAAAUGUGUAGAAUUACAGGAAAUUAGCUUUAAAACUGCAUCAUUGUCUCUCAGCCUCAUGGCAAAAUGUGUAGAAUUACAGGAAAUUAGCUUUAAAACUGCAUCAUUGUCUCUCAGCCUCAUGGCAAAAUGUGUAGAAUUACAGGAAAUUAGCUCAGGGAUUCUUGAAAGUCAGACAAUCCUUGUUCGGCAGGGAAACUUUAUUUUUAUAGUAAAAAAAAAAAAAAAGAUUUUGUUGCAUUAUUUAAGUUUAACAUUUACAUUUAGGGAAAAUGUAUAUGGGAAUAUAUAUAUAUAUAUAUUUUUUUUAUCUAAAUACUUUAAAUAUUAGUCAUUUCAUGUCGGCUCUAUGCCUGGAAAUGCCCUUGUCCAGAGCAAAGGAUCCCAAUUUCAAACUCUCCAAAAAAUGAUGGAUUAAUGGAUAUUAAUAAAAAAAUGUUCUUAUGUAGUUUCUUGUAAUAGCCCUCUGUGACUUUAAAUAAUAUUUCUCAAAAUAUAAUAUUACUCAAAACUGUGAUUCAUAAAAGAUGUGUCCGGAAAUUUGGUCAAUUCUGUCAGAUAUGUAUACAAUUCUAAAUUAAUAAGGAAUGAGCAGGGUCAGCUAUACCACAAGGACCACUUAUUCAUGUCAUCAUUACAUUACAGCAUGAAUAUCUUACUGGUCAUCCCCAAAGCCAACACCUACUUUGGCCGCCAUUUCUUCCAGUUCUCUGCUGCUAAUGCCUGGAACGAACUGCAGAAAUCUCUGAAGCUGGAGACUCUUAUCUCCCUCACUAACUUUAAGCAUCAGUUGUCAGAGCAGCUUACCGAUCACUGCACCUGUACACAGCCCAUCUGUAAUUAGCCCACCCAACUACCUCAUCCCCAUAUUGUUAUUUAUUUUGCUCAUUUGCAUCCCAGUAUCUCUAUUUGCACAUCAUCUUCUGCACAUCUAUCAUUCCAGUGUUAAUACUAAAUUGUAAUUAUUUUGCACUAUGGCCUAUUUAUUGCCUUACCUCCAUAACUUACUACAUUUGCACACACUGUAUAUAGAUUUUCUAUUGUGUUAUUGACUGUAUGUUUGGUUUUGUCCCAUGUGUACCUCUGUGCUGUUGUUUUUAUCGCACUGCUUUGCUUUAUCUUGGCCAGGUCGCAGUUGUAAAUGAGAACUUGUUCUCAACUGGCUUACCUGGUUAAAUAAAGGUUAAAAAAAUUUUUUUUAAAUGUGUGGAACAAGACCACUCAUGGUCUGCAAAGUUCUCUACUUCUGAUAGAUUUAAAGAAACAAUAUUGGAAUCAUCAUGUUCACAACCAUAAACUGUCAACUCCAUCUGCCUUAUAGAUUAAGAUAGAAUAUUAAUUUUGGUUCAAAUAUGUUACAUUUAAUUGGUUUUAGAGUCAUAAAGCAACUGACAAAGAAAAUACAUUGCUACUGUGUAUGCCACUUGGAAUGAAGCAGAAAUGUUUUUUUUUUGUAAACUCCGUAAAACUUCAACUCCGAUUUUUAUCUAACGUCAACUCCGUCAGAGUGCUGAAACAGCUGAUAGAAUGGUUAUGUUUUUAUUGGGGAUUUUCAAAUGAGUCAAUUUCCAUAUGUUACUAAUUCUGUUUUGAGUAUCUGUUGUCAACUCCGUCAGUGGCUUGUCAAUUUCGUCACUGAUGGCUAACCCCCUUAAGAUUUGUCUUUGUCCAGUAUUUUAAAUCACUGUUCUGCAACAUAUGCUUAAAAAAUGAAAUUAGCCCUUGAGCAUUAGUGCUAUAAAACAAAAUAAAAAUACGUUAGGAGAUUUGUAUUACAUUUAUCUGUUAUUUCGAGGUUAGCUUAAGCUGCAGCAAGAGGGGAGAAAUGGUCUACAAUGCUGGUCAUAUCAAUAUUUUGUAUAUUGAUGUUUCUGAAGUGAUAUUUUGCUGUAAAGGCUAGCAUGAGGGACAAGUAGCUAGCCACAAUGAGAUACGUUUUGAGAAAAGUCAGUUAACCUUGUAACUUACCUAGGUAUAAUCAAUCAAUUAAAUGUAUUUAUAAAGCCCUUUUUACAUCAGCUGAUGUCACAAAGUGCUUAUACAGAAACCCCAAACAGCAAGUAAUGCAGAUGUAGAAGCACAGUGGCUAGGAAAAACUCCCUAGAAAGGCAGGAACCUAGGAAAAAACCUAGAGAGGAACCAGGCUCUGAGGGGUGGCCAGUACUCUUCUGGCUGUGCCGAGUGGAGAUUAUAAGACAGAUCAAACGUUCAUAGAUGACCAGCAGGGUCAAAUAAUAAUCACAGUGGUUGUAGAGGGUGCAACAGGUCAGCACCUCAGGAGUAAAUGUCAGUUGGCUUUUCAUAGCUGAGCAUUCAAAGGUUGAGACAGCAGGUGCGGGAGAGAGAGAGAGAGGGUCGAAAACAGCAGGUCCGGGACAAGGUAGCAUGUUCGUUGAACAGGUCAGUGUGUAUAACUAAUAGGUCAGGGUGUAUAACUAACUAGUUCAAUUUCUCUCGUGAUUAUAAAGGAUGAUGAUGCCGAAUGAACAUGGUAGCCUCGCCUCGAGCUCCUAGAAAACUUUGCAGGUUUCUACUUUUUCUAGUGUUUUCUUAAAUUUUCUUACUCUGUUUGUUUAAUGCAUUACUUCAUACACCCGGUAGAACUAUUGGAAUAUGAAUUGCUGGGUACUCACCAUUCACCCGAACUUCCCGAAUUCCCGGAGACGGCGGAACAAUGGUGUAGCCUCUUCAGUGAGGCGCCGGGUAGCCUGGGAGUCCUACCGGAAAGAAGGAAAUAAAGAUGCAGACGGAGAGGCAGACGUGGAGGGGUCUUAGUGAGGUUGAGGCGCCGGGUGACCCGUCCUCCAUUACCGAGCAUACUACUCAUUAGUGAAUAAAUUUGAGAGCGAGGAUCUCCUUCCAGAGGGACAUCAGAUUCUGCAACAUACUCUGCUUUUCUGAGACUUGGCUUUCCUCCGACAUCCAAACAAAUUAUAUACAACCAGCGAGUUUUACAGUUCAUCGAGCGGAUAGGAAGCGGGCUCUCUCUGGCAAGAACAAAGGCGGUGGUGUCUGCUUCAUGACCAGUAACAAGUAUUGCGAUGGGGGAAACGUACAUGAACGAGUUUCUGCUCUCCCGAGGGGACUGAGGACUACAAGGGUGCGUCCUCAGUCCCCUCCUGUACUCCCUGUAUACCCACAGCUGCGUGGCCUCACACAGUUCCAACUUUAUUAUCAAGUUCACUGACAACACAAGAGUAGUAUGCCUGAUUACCAACAAUGACGAGACAGCCUACAAAGAGGAGAUUGGUACUCUGACAGCGUGGUUUCCAGGUAAACAACCUCUCCCUCAACGUCAGCAAAACAAAUUAGCUGAUUUUGGACUUCAUGAGGAACCAGGCUGGGCACACCCCCAUCCUCAUCAACGGAGCCACCGCGGAGACGGUCAAAAACGUCCCUGUGAAACUGCACUACGCCACUGUAUGGAGUCCAUUUGUGACUGACUGCCUGUCAUCUCUCUGCUGCUUUCUGAUGUUUAGACUGAAGGCUUUGAUCUCAACGGGGAUGUCACACUGACGUAAUGCCUCCAUUCUCACUAUACCCUCCCAUUCUCCUCCCUCUACAUGCUCCACUCUCCUUCCUCCAUUCUCCCCUACUGCCUACACUCUCCUCCAUCCUCCCUGCCUACUCUACACACUCACCCCCUCUUCCUUCCCAUCUCCUCCGCUCACCAGGUGCUGAGUGCCCUCCUAGGUAAUUAGCCAGAUUGGGGAUUUGGGGCUGGGGUAUGAAUAUGAGUCUCUUUACAAUAUAAAGUCCCUAAGAGCAGUGUGUCUGUCUGUGUUUUUCUGAAGCGAUGAGGAUCAAUACGUGUCCUUGCAGAAGUGUCACAGGGCUAAACCGUGGUACUAUGGUGUUGCAUCAGAGCACUCACUCACCCUGGCGCUCAUCUGCUGUUAGGAGGGACAAAAACAUUGGUGGCGCCCCGCACUUAACAACGGCAUUCUCUGCUAAAUAAAUAUUAACAUGCAGUCCGCACUCCUACUAAAAGGUCUUUGCAGCGCCGUUAAACACGUGGGCAUUGAAUAGCACUGAGAUGGUGAGGUGGGAGACGUUUGCAUGACGGCGUGGGGAAUUCUACACAGACGUACGCUCUGCUCCGCUCCCAGGAAAUGGACUGAACACCUCCAGAGCUCCGACAGCCAGCGGCGUGCUGGAAAUGUUCAGCAAUUACAGGACAUAAUGUCGAGCUGUUAACCUCUUAGAGACCCUCUGUGUCCCAGGCUGCGCCGUGUACCGACGCAUGCAUUAACAUCUUCACUGUAGCAGACUGGGAGAGAGUGUUAGUCAGCCCCCAUCUCUCUUCUCUCAUGUUCACUGUACGCACAGUGUGCUCUUGAGAUGAGUGCAAAUGGAUUCUGUUUAUUAAAAAUAACGACAUAUUUUUCUUUCUGUUCUUUUUGCUCCUAACAAAUGUCUUGGCUGUGCUGCAUCCAAUGAGAAGUGGAGUUUGUGAAAGGGUCUUAAAACGUGCUCUUGCAAGCAUGACUUGCAUGAUGCUCACUAGAAUAUGUUGACCUAACGUUACUGUAAAACAGGGCGCUGCAGCUUCAGUGUUUUGGAAUUUAUGAGAAUAUAUUACUACUCCAUGAAGUUAUUUCAAGAAGGUUUUGCUUUCGGAGUCAAACUCACAUUAUUGUGAUGGGCUGAGCCCUGGAUAAUCAUUGUUAUCUUCUGUGUAUUUAAACUAAUGGUAAUUGUGUGCAUUUGGUGUGUAUGUCCACAGGCAGGAGUGUAAGAAGCUGCGUGAGGAGCUAAGGGAGGAUCAUGAGGAUGACAAGAGGGCAGCCCUCACCCAGCUGGCCCAGAACAAGGAGCAGGAGCUGGGCAGUGCCCGCGAGAGCUGGCAGAGGAAGGUGGAGGACCUACUGGAGCAGGUAAGAGACAGUUCACCCUCACCCUGCUGCACCAGCUGGGUAUUGUGAUAUACACACUGGGCUGGGCUCCAGGAUAACUGAACAGUAAGAGGACUACAUCAUUUCUAAGUCUGUCCACUAGUAUCAUCAGUGCAAAGGUUUGGCUGAGAUUUCUAUAGGGAUUUAAUAUACACUACCGGUCAAAAGCUUUAGAACACCUACUCAUUCAAGGGUUUUUCUUUAUUUUUACUAUUUUCUACAUUGUAUAAUAAUAGUGAAGAAAACAAAACUAUGAACUAACACAUAUGGAAUCAUGUAGUAACCAAAAAAGUGUUAAACAGAUCAAAAUAUAUUUUAUAUUUGAGAUUCUUCAAAUAGCCUUGAUGACAGCUUUGCACACUCUUGGCAUUCGCUCAACCAGCUUCACGUGGAAUGCUUUUACAACAGUAUUGAAGGAGUUCCCACAUAUGCUGAGCACUUGUUGGCUGCUUUUCCUUCACUCUGCGGUCCGACUCAUCCCAAACCAUCUCAAUUGGGUUGAGGUCGGGGGAUUGUGGAGGCCAGGUCAUCUGAUGCAGCACUCCAUCACUCUCCUUCUUGGUAAAAUAGCUCUUACACAGCCUGGAGGUGUGUUGGGUCAUUGUCCUGUUGAAAAACAAAUGAUAGUCCCACUAAGCCCAAACCAGAUGGGAUGGCGUAACGCUGCAGAAUGCUGUGGUAGCCAUGCUGGUUAAGUGUGCCUUGAAUUCUAAAUAAAUUACAGACAGUGUCACCAGCAAAGCACCCCCACGCCAUAAUACCUCCUCCUCCAUGCUUUAUGGUGGUAAAUACACAUGCGGAGAUCAUCCGUUCACCCACACCGCGUCUCACAAAGACACGGCGGUUGGAACCAAAAAUCUCCAAUUUGGACUCCAGACCAAAGGACAAAUUUCCACCGGUCUAAUGUCCAUUGCUCAUGUUUCUUGGACCAAGCAGGUCUCUUCUUCUUAUUGGUGUCCUUUAGUAGUGGUUUCUUUGAAGCAAUUCAACUAUGAAGGCCUGAUUCACACAGUCUCCUCUGAACAGUUGAUGUUGAGAUGUGCAUGUUACUUGAACUCUGGGAAGCAUUUAUUUGGGCUGCAAUUUCUGAGGUUGGUAACUCUAAUGAACUUAUCCUCUGCAGCAGAGGUAACUCUGGGUCUUCCAUUCCAGUGGCGGUCCUCAUGAGAGCCAGUUUCAUGAUGGCGCUUGAUGGUUUUUGCGACUGCACUUGAAGAAACUUUCAAAGUUCUUGAACUGUUCCAUACUGACUGACCUUCAUGUCUUAAAGUAAUGAUGGACUGUCAUUUCUCUUUGCUUAUUUGAGCUGUUCUUGCCAUAGUAUGGACUUGGUCUUUUACCAAAUACGGCUAUCUUCUGUAUACCUUGUCACAACACAACUGAUUGGCUCAAACGCAAUAAGAAGGAAAGAAACUCCACAAAUUAACUUUUAAGAAGGCACACCUGUUAAUUGAAAUGCAUUCCAGGUGACUACGUCAUGAAGCUGGUUGAGAGAAUGCCAAGAGUUUGCAAAGCUGUCAUCAAGGCAAAGGGUGGCUAUUUGAAGAAUCACAAAUCUAAAACAUAUUUGAUGUCUUCACUAUUAUUCUACAAUGUAGAAAAUAGUAAAAAUAUAGAAAAACCCUUGAAUGAGUAGGUGUUCUAAAACUUUUGACCGGUAGUGUACCUUAAGGUCAAUAACAUAGGGCAUACAUUUUAACCACUUAACCCAUCAUAUCAUGAAACAUCCAUUUGGAAGUGUAUGUCAUACAAUUUUAAAUCAUCCACUUCCUUAAUGUCCAUGAAUAGGUGAGAGGAGAGUGCUCACGGCCUCGGCAUAUGCAGGUAGCCAUCACAAUGAAAGACUGCUGAGAAGCCUGUUCUGUUACCUUAGCUGUAACUCCCACCGCAAUUAUAGCUAGCACUGUCAUUUACACAGAUAGGGAAAGACUGGAGUGUAAGAAGAUACAACAUGGUGAAUUUUAGGUUGUCAUUUUAAUCCCCUCUACUGGAUACCAUUCAAAUUCAAAUUUUAAAUCUUCCCAAACUGGCACUGGCAGCCCUGUGAAGGGGACUGAAUGGACCAAAUCUAAUUAAAACUGAAACUUUUAAAGCACUUGUACUUGCUAAUUGCAUUAAUAUUCAGGGAACUUCACAGAGAAUAGUUAGGUUUGACAGUGGAAAGUUAUUUCAUAUAUUCAUUUUUAGAAACUAAACUGAGAUAUCAACAUAUUUCACGUUGUCUUGUCGUCCUUCAGAACAUUGAAAUAGCCAAUAUCAUCUGGGGGAAAAGGGGUCUCCUCUGUCCUCACUACCUUGGCUAUCGCUCAUGACACUCCAACCUCUCCCUGAUACAAAGCUCCCCUCCCCUACCUCCCCUCCUGGUCCUUUUGGAUCAGUAUUUAAUGUUUAUUUUGGGGUUUUUAACUCCUGAAUGUAUCCCUCUGUUCCUGUGUAUUUUGUUCUCACCCAUAGCUUUACAUAAGUCAAUCAUUAAUGUAAGUGUAAAGUCCACUUACACACCUGCUCCACAAUUUCCCUCUUUAUUUCCCCCUCACUAUACAGUAUUUACAGACAAAUAUAUUCAACUGGUGUGAGUGGCUUGCAUGAUGCCGUUGUGUGUACUCGCUCUGGCUUGCAGUAAAGAUGCUGGUUUCACUUCAGACAAUCCAUUUUCCUUUUGUUACAGUGUGCUGUACGCAGAUCAGGGUUUGUUGUGGGCAACACUUGCAGUGUUGUGUUUCUUUGGGAUAUAUAUAGUAUUUUACCUGGUCUAUAUGCUCUGCUUUGGUUUGAAAUCUCUCUUCUUUCUGAAUGUACCAAAGUGUGUUUGGCUUCUCUCUUCACUCCUCUAUAUAGAGAGGGUUGUUGUAGAACCACUGUGACUGGUUGCUACAGCAGUGAACCAACGUCAUCCAGUUCCCAGGCAACACGCAUGAAACACUCAUUACCUAAAUCUGCCCUCUUCUGAACAUGUAGAUUCUCUAUGUGCUCUGGAACUGACUCCUGGUGCACUUCACACUGGAGUGUUUUCCUCUUCCUGACUCUGAAAGGUGUAUAUUUCUGUUCUUUUGAUGAGACAGAAUUACAGCCUCUCUGAGUGGCGUGUGAUUUACUGUACCUCCUGCUCGGCUCUCUCUGCUGUGCCAUAAUAACUACAGUGCCUUCAGAAAGUAUUCACACCCCAAAUUUUGUUGUGUUACAGCCUGAACUUAAAAUGGAUUACAAAGUGGAAUUAAUACAAAAUAAAAAGCUGAAAUGUCUUGAGUCAAUAAGUACUCAACCCCUUUGUUAUGGCAAGCUUACAUAAGUUGAAGAGUAAAAGGUUGCUUAACAAGUCACAUAAUAAGUUGAAGAGUAAAAGGUUGCUUAACAAAUCACAUAAUAAGUUGAAGAGUAAAAUGUUGCUUUACAAGUCACAUAAUAAGUUGAAGAGUAAAAUGUUGCUUAACAAGUCACAUAAUAAGUUGAAGAGUAAAAUGUUGCUUAACAAGUCACAUAAUAAGUUGCAUGGACUCACUAUGUGUGAAAUAAUAGUGUUUAACAUGAUUUUUGAAUGACUACCUCAUCUCUGUACUCCACACAUACAAUUAUCUGUAAGGUCCCUCAGUCGAGAAGUGAAUUUCAAACACAGAUUCAACCACAAAGACCAGAGAGGUUGUCCAAUGCCUCGCAAAGAAGGGCACCUAUUGGUAGAUGGGUAAAAAAAAAAAAGCAAACAUUGAAUAUCCCUUUGAGCAAGUUAUUAAUUACACUUUCGAUGGUGUAUCAAUACACCCAGUCACUACAAAGAUACAGGCGUCCUUCCUAACGCAUUUGCCGGAGAGGAAGGAAACCGCUCAGGGAUUUCACCAUGAGGCCAAGGGUGAAUUUAAAACAGUUACAGAGUUGAUAGGAGAAAACUGAGGAUGGAUCAACAACAUUGUAGUUACUCCACAAUACUAACCUAAAUGACAGAGUGUGUCACGCCCUGGCUCUGGGGACUAUUAUAUGUUGAGCCAGGGAGUUAGUUUCUAUGUUUAGUGUUCUAUGUUCAGUUUCUAGUUCAUGUGUUUCUAUGUUGGCCGGGGUGGUUCCCAAUCAGAGGCAGCUGUGGCUUGUUGUCUCUGAUUGGGAACCAUACUUAGGCAGCCUGUUUUGCACUUGUCAUUUGUGGGAUCUUGUUCCGGAGAGGUUUGUGUUUGUUAACCUUAGGACUUCACGUAUCGUUUUGUUGUUUUGUUAUGGUUAUAAAGUACUCAUUAAAAGAUGUACGCAUAUCACGCUGCGCCUUGGUCCACUUCUUACGACGAUCGUGACAGAAGAUCCCACCAAUUAAGGACCAAGCAGCGUGUCCAGGAGCAAACGCCGGAGGUAACGCUAGUGGAUGUCCUCCUCGGUUUGGGGAAGAUCACCGAGGAGGAGGCCGUCCGCUACCGGAGGGCGAUGAGGGAGGAUGUCCAGGCAGGAGAGGAGAAGCGGCGCCAACCGGGCCGUCGUCGGACAGGCGAGAGGCAACCCCAAUACAUUUUUUGGGGGGGGCACACGGCAUGGACGACGGGGCUGCUGGAGGCAGCUACAGGGCGAGUUUGUGGAUUAGGAGAGGAGGCCACCAGGUUUGGGGGGCUGGAAGGGAGGUUGGCGGAGCCUAGAGGUAGAGCAAAGCCAACUCCCCGUACUCAGGCUAGGCAGCGUGAGACUGGGCAGGUUCCGAGGUAUGUGGAGCUGCGUACUGUGCCGCGAGUGGUCCGGCACAGUCCUGUACGUCCUGUGCUAGCACCACGCACGUGUCGUGCUAAGGUGGGCAUGCAGCCAGGACGGAGUGUGCCGGCUCAACGCUCGUGGCCUCCAGUACCCCUCCUCGGUCCCGGAUAUCCUGCGCCAGUGCCACGUGCUGUAGUGCCAGUACGAGUGCACAGCCCUGUACGUCCUGUGCUGAUGCCUCACACAGAGUGUGUAAAAAUAGGCAUUCAGCCAGGACGGGUUGUGUCAGUUCUUCGCUCCAGACCUCCAGUCCGUCUCCACAGCCCGGUCCGGCCUGUUCCUGCUCCCCGCACCACGCCUGUGGUGCGCGUCGCCAGCCCGGCCCGGCCUGUUCCUGCCCCUCGCACCAAGCCUGUGGUGCGCAUCGUCAGCCCGGUCCGGCCCGUCCCUGCUCCCCGCACCAAGCCAGUGGUGCGCGUCGCCAGCCCGGUCCGGCCGGUUCCUGCUCCCUGCACCAAGCCAGUGAUGCGCGUCGUCAGUCCGGCACAGCCCGUGCCUGUUCCACCGGUGCCUGGUCAGGUACCGGUCAGCUGCUCCACACCGGAGCCUAAGCAAUCCGCUCCACCGAUGUCCAGUACAGCUCCAGUCAGCGGGGCCAGACCAGACCAGGGGCGCUACGGGGGGGUAGCUAGAGAGUGAAUGCCCACCCGGCCCCUCCCCUGUUGGGUUUAGUUGGUGCGGUCGCAGUCCGCGCCUUUGGGGGGGGGGGUACUGUCACGCCCUGGCUCUGGGGACUAUUAUAUGUUGAGCCAGGGAGUUAGUUUCUAUGUUUAGUGUUCUAUGUUCAGUUUCUAGUUCAUGUGUUUCUAUGUUGGCCGGGGUGGUUCCCAAUCAGAGGCAGCUGUGGCUUGUUGUCUCUGAUUGGGAACCAUACUUAGGCAGCCUGUUUUGCACUUGUCAUUUGUGGGAUCUUGUUCCGGAGAGGUUUGUGUUUGUUAACCUUAGGACUUCACGUAUCGUUUUGUUAUGGUUAUAAAGUACUCAUUAAAAGAUGUACGCAUAUCACGCUGCGCCUUGGUCCACUUCUUACGACGAUCGUGACAGAGUGAUAAGAAGGAAGCCUGUACAGAAUUUUUUAAAAUCCAAAACAUGCAUCCUGUUUGCAAUAAGGCACUAAAGUAAAACUGCAAAUAAAUUGUCCAGAAUACAAAGUGUUAUGUUUGGGGCAAAUCCAACACAUCACUGAUGACCACUUUUUAUAUUUUCAAGCAUGGUGGUGGCUGCAUCAUGUUAUGGGUAUGCUUGUCAUCGGUAAGGAUUAGGACGUUUUUUUAAAUGAUAAAAAUAAACUGAAUAAAGCUAAGCACAGGCAAAAUCCUAGAGGAAAACCUGGUUCAGUCUGCUUUCCAACAGACACUUGGAGACAAAUUUACCUUUCAACAGGACAAUAACCUAAAACACAAGGCCAAAUCUACACUGAAGUUGCUUACCAAGAUGACAUUGAAUGUUCCUGAGUGGCCUAGUUACAGUUUUGACUUAAAUUAUCUUGAAAAUCUAUGGCAAGACUUGAAAAUGGCGUCUAGCAAUGAGAAACAUCUGCAAAUAAUCUGCAAAUAUUGUACAAUCCAGGUGUGCAAAGUUCUUAGAGACUUACCCAGAAAGAGUCACAGCUGUAGUCACUGCCAACGGUGAUUCUAACAUGUAUUGACUCAGGGGGUUGAGUACUUAUUUAAUAAAUUUAUUUUUUACAAAUGUUUGAAUUUUCUGUCCACUUUGACACAACAGAUCGUUGACAAAAAAAAUGACAAAUCCAUUUUAAUCCCACUUUGUAACACAACAAAAUGUGGAAAAAGUUGAGGGGUGUGAAUACUUUCUGAAGGCACUGAAGCUCGUUGUCUCGUCGUUGUCGGUGAUCAGGCCUACCACUGUUGUGUCAUUGGCAGACUUAAUGAUGGUGUUGGAGUCGUGCCUGGCCAUGCAGUCAUGAGUGAACAGGGAGUACAGGAGGGGACUGAGCACGCACCCCUGAGGGGCCCCCGUGUUGAGGAUCAGCGUGGCGGAUGUGUUGUUACCUACCCUUACCACCAGGAUCCAGUUGCAGAGGGAGGUGUUUAGUCCCAUGGUCCUUAGCUUAGUGAUGAGCUUUGAGGGCACUAUGGUGUUGAACGCUGAGCUGUAGUCAAUGAAUAGCAUUCUCACAUAGGUGUUCCUUUUGUCCAGGUGUGAAAGGGCAGUGUGGAGUGCAAUAGAGAUUGCAUCAUCUGUGCGGUAUGCAAGCUGGGCGGUAUGCAAAUUGGAGUGGGUCUAGGGUUUCUGGGAUAAUGGUGUUGAUGUGAGCCAUGACCAGUCUUUCAAAGCACUUCAUGGCUACAGACGUGAGUGCUACGGGUCGGUAGUCAUUUAGGCAGGUUACCUUAGUGUUCUUGGGCACAGGGACUAUGGUGGUCUGCUUGAAACAUGUUGGUAUUACAGACUCAGACAGGGAGAGGUUGAAAAUGUCAGUGAAGACACUUGCCAGUUGGUCAGCGCAUGCUCGGAGUACACGUCCUGGUAAUCCGUCUGGUCCUGUGGCCUUGUGAAUGUUGACCUGUUUAAAGGUCUUACUCACAUCGGCUACGGAGAGCGUGAUCACACAGUCGUCCGGAACAGCUGAUGCUCUCAUGCAUGUUUCAGUGUUACUUGCCUCGAAGCGAGCAUAGAAGUAAAUUAGCUUGUCUGGUAGGCUCGUGUCACUUCGAUCUUAGUCCUGUAUUGACGCUUUGCCUGUUUGAUGGUUCGUCGGAGGGCAUAGCGGGAUUUCUUAUAAGCUUCCGGGUUAGAGUCCUGCUCCUUGAAAGCCGCAGCUCUACCCUUUAGCUCAGUGCGGAUGUUGCCUGUAAUCCAUGGCUUCUGGUUGGGGUAUGAACGUACAGUCACUGUGGGGACGACGUCAUCGAUGCACUUAUUGAUGAAGCCAAUGACUGAUGUGGUGUACUCCUCAAUGCCAUCGGAAGAAUCCCGGAACAUAUUCCAGUCUGUGCUAGCAAAACAGUACUGUAGCUUAGCAUCUGCUUCAUCUGUCCACUUUUUUAUUGACUGAGUAACUGGUGCUUCCUGCUUUAGUUUUUGCUUGUAAGCAGAGGAUAUAAUUAUGGUCAGAUUUGCCAAAUGCAGGGCGAGUGAGAGCUUUGUACACUUCUCUGAGUGUGGAGUAAAGGUGGUCUAGAGUUCUUUUCCCUCUGGUUGCACAUUUAACAUGCUGGUAGAAAUGAGGUAAAACGGAUUUAAGUUUCCCUGCAUUAUAGCAGAUUGUCUUUGAUCUGCCUCUCACUGGCUUGCCAAACAUAUUGAUAAUGCACUGUGCACUCUGUACUGUUUGUUGUCCAAAUGUUUCAUUACGCAGAUGCUGGAAAUUAAUGCAUGUGGGGGGAAGGAGGGCAUUCAGACAGAGCUCUCCUUCUCAAAGGCUUUGCUCCAGAUGCUUCCUGGUAGUUAGCAGCAGAGUCAGGGUGACUUGUGGAGGUGUCACCACCGUGGUUCUCUUCUUCCCAUACACCCCUCCUCUCUUGCUCUGGGCCCAGUCAGUCUCAUUAUUCACAGUAAUAAUACUAGUAAUGAGGACUGAGCUCUCAUGUUGAUCACACACUGAGCUGUUGAUGACACGUACAAUACAGUACUGACUGGACGUCACCAAAGGUUGCAAAGUUGCUGCAGGCCUACUACCAUUUUGAAAUAAUGAUUUUGAGAGCGUAAUGGAAAAUGACAUUUUGUUGCACCCUCUAACAAAAAUGUGAUGUUGUGUUGCUUCAGGUCAUAACUAGCGGGAAAAAAUGAUAUCUGUUUUUGUUAACAAAGUAGGCGUAGGUUUGUCAGUGAAGUAGACAGACAAACAGCUAUUUCACACCUGUUCUUCUCUAUUCCCUCUCUCUCUCUCUCUCUCUCUCUCUCUCGUCCUUCUCUCUCUCUCUCUCUCUCCAUUUUCUUCCUUCCCUCUCCCCUUCUCUACUCCUCCCUCUCGUCAGAUCUCGUUGCUGAAGCAGAGUCUGGAGAUGCAGCUGUCUCAGUCGCAGAGCUCCCUGCAGCAGCUCCAGGCCCAGUUCAGCCAGGAGCGGGAGCACCUGAGCCAGCAGCUCCAGGAGCUGCAGCUGGAGCACCAACGCAGGGAGCACAGCCUACAGGAGGCCCACUGCUGCGCCAUGCAGGACCUGGACGAGACCCGCCAGCACGACCUCAAGGUGUGGCCCCUACCUGUCUGUCUAUAAAGUCUCCGGUCAUAGUACAUUUCCUGACCAUCAGACCUAAAAAACCACCCCCAUACCCCUCUGUCUACUGGGGGAUGUAGCCAUGACAUUCCCUCUGUCCCUGUGACAUCACUACCUCUUUUAUCUGUAUCAUUGCAACUCUGCUCUACAGGGUGCCAUAUCCUCUUCCCUUUAUUUACGUAUUAUCUCUGUCAGCUUACAAGUGGUUAGAAUCACUGUCUGUGUGAAAGCUCCCAUCUGGUGACUUUAGAGCACUAGAUUAGAUAUGAGGCAUUAUGGGCCAGUGUAGGCUCCGAAGUGUCAGUAAGACUGGAUAUCAGUCAGGAGCAGAGAAUGAGGAGAGACAGUGAAGAUUUACUGGUGAAAUAGCUGGUGACGUGGCCAGAUGGACUUUUGCAACAGUGAGUCCAUCAACAUUACCAGAGACGUAGAGCAGUUGACUCCUGAGUGUAUCAGUGAUUUGGACCUGGCCUUGAUUGAAUCAUUGCUGUCAGGGGGACACACUGCUUUUCAAUUCUUCGCACUUUAAAACAAAUAGGUUACAGAGCAGCAGCAGCAGCAUAGUAUUUGAUGGAGUUACGAUGCAACACAGCUAAUAUUGUCCCAGGGCGUUAAAUAUGAGUAAUGUAGUGCAGUAAUGUAAUAUUAUGGGAAUAUUUGGGGAAUCUGGCGAGGCAUCUGUGUAAUAGUAAUUCAGAUGGUGGUGAGUUUGCUGUCAGCACAGCCGGGGGCAAUACAUUCUGGUCCAUAAGCCAGUCGCAUCCAGGAGCCCCAGUGUUAGCAUAUUCAGUAACUUCAUGCUCAGAUCCAACUCUUUUUAAAUCAGCCUCUCUGCUCAUAGAGCUGUUUAUAGGACAUGAGAGUGUCAUGUAGCAAGAGGGGGCUAUAUUGAUCAGCACGGGUCAUAAAUGUAGUUCUAUGUGUUCAUACUUGAAAGGCGGACUGACAGCCAGGCUCAUGCAUGGGUUAACUGUGGAGGUCUAGGUCAGGAAGACGAUUGGCUCUGUUCAUUUAUUCACUGGUGUUGACUAAGUAAACGCACCUGGGCUGCUGGGUUCACUGUGGCACAAUCUCAGCUGGAGCAAGCUGGAUUUGCUCCUCGCAAAAAAUAAAUACUGGAUAGCCAAAGAGCGGGUACCACUUUGUGACAAAACAGAUAUGCCCAGCUCUCCAUCUUUACAUAAAACAGACUUACUGACUGUACCCCAAAACACUGACAUCUCAAUACUGGUCUGGGCAUUUCAUAAUCAAGGUUGAAGUGUAAAUCAGAACUCCUUUAUCAAUCCAGAAAAGACCCAUUACAUUAAAAUACAGACUUCCGAAAGAUAUAAGGACAUUCACAUUUUCUAACACUGAACCUUUUCUCUCCAAGGAAAAGGGAACAAAUGUGUUUUUCUGCACUCAACAGGCCAUUUUGAAAUGAAUUUAACCUUACUCUGAUGCUUUGUUUGAGAUUCUAAAACCCUCGGAUGGAGUUUAUGUCAAGGGGUCAUGCAAAGCUGACACAUUGUCCCUGAGCAUUCUGUCUCACCUCUCCAGCCACAGAUUGGAUUAGAAGCAUAAGACCCAUGAGUCAUCGGCGAUUGAAUGGGCCGAAAAGUCUUUCCUGUCUGCAAAUGAGAAAAUAUACCUCUCCUAGGAACACAUUUAUCUCAAUAGCUGUUGUCUCUUAAAUAGGGGCAAGGUUGAAUCAAAGAUGUUGUUUAAAUGUUUAAACCUUUGCGGGGAUAAAUGUAUUCAGGUUUAGUUUGUCCUGGACAUGUUUUAUGAGGAAAAAGGCAUUUAAAGUGUAGUAAAGCAAACGGAAUUGUCUUGUUUGAGGCAUUAGGGACAAUUCUAGUUUCACCUUGCCUGCAGGAGGAACACAUAUCCCCUGAUUGUAUCUAUUUGCAUGACAAGCUCUGUUAUACAAUGAUAAUAUAAUGCUCACUUUAACAUCCAAUCUACUUUUUCACAGUAAAACAUUUCCUGCAAAUCACCUAGUUCUGGUAUGAACACACAAUACGGUGUAUCUUGGGAUUCUCGCAAGCUAUAGAUUUUUCUCCAUUCAAUCUUAUUUCUCAUCCGUGCACAGGCUGCAGACAGUAUCAACUGAAUGAAUAGGCACACAAGGAAAUAGGCUGUUUCCCACUACAUGUGUUUCUAACUGUUCAUUAAUGAGUCUGGGCACACAGACUUAACAGACCCAGGGCUAUAUAUAUCAUCAUUUAUAGAUAUAUAGAUCAUUUACUGGCCUGGUCCCAUACCAUUGUCAACCAAUACAUGAACGAACACACAGAGGAAUGAGCUAAAACACAAACACGACCCAAGGACCACCAGCCUAACAAUGAACAUCUAGAUACUACACUAUAUAGACUCCGAGAAAUACGCAUUCAAAUAAGCCUUGUUACUGUAGUAGCAACAUAGCCAUUCCCUACAGAGGCCUCUAACUCCCAUGUUUCUACAUGGUUUGAUAUGGAACUUUGUAUGUGGCGAUGGGAGACUUUAGCUUGUUAUCUAUUCUAAAAGUGCUGCUGUCGCUACGGGGUUCUUCCCCCACUGAGGUUAGGGACAUUGCUUUCUAUUGAAUUCUCCCAGCAGUUGCCUAUUAGAGGACCUGCUGCCCAGGCACAGAAUGUCCCCACUGACGGCCAUUAGAAUGAUACUGACAUGACCAAACCUUUCCUUCUCCACAAGGACACUGUGCCGAUACAUACACACACACAUACACACACACACACACACACACACACACACACACACACACACACACACACCCUUCACACUGAUGUGGCUCAACCACUAACUGUUGGGUACAGCAUUCAACAAACAGAAUUUCUAGAACAUAAUUCCACCGCUGAUUUAUUCCUGUUUACUCUGUAAGGCCUAUUUGAUUUGGUCUUAUACAAGUCAUAUGUUGAUUGAAAUCAUUUCUAUUCUAUCUUUCUAUUUCCAUCUUAAUAGUGUUUUAUCCCUAUCAAUCUGGUGUUGUGGCCACUGUCUCGCUCUCUUUCUUUCUCUCUCUCUCUUUCUUUCUCUCUCUCUCUCUCUUUCUCUACACCCUCCCUCCCUCCCUCCCAUGAAUGGAGAUUAUAGUGUGAAAUGAAAGGCGUAUUCAUGAGGUUUGAGAAGUAGCAGGUGUCUAGUGUUACUUUAUGUCACUGUGACUUUAUCCUCACCAUGUUAAUGGCUCUCUGUCUACUCAAUUGAGUUUAGAGUGGCGUAUUGUGUGCUGUUUUGCUCGUUGUUGGUGGAAAACAUAGGACAGCCUUCCAAUAGCCGCAACAAGCUGCUGAUGAAAUACUUAAGUACUAAUUGAUUGUAAUAUAAUUCUAUAGUGUUCAGCAAUAAUGUCUAAAAUAUGUAUUUUGGCCCCAUGCAAGGCCCUCCCUGGUGCCAUGCCACUGCCUGAGUCCCUCUCGGCCCUUAUGUUACUGAACUACACUUAGUCCCACUGCAACAUACUGGUUGAGUUUAAUUGUUGCUGUUGCCAGAUUCUCCCAAACUGAUCUUUCUCUUUACUGUCUGAACUCUUCAUAUAUGUUUCAGACUAUCCCUUCUAGCGAUGGAAAUAAUGGUUAUCCGUGCCAAAAAGUUAUAUACAAAGAUUUGUAUGUCAUUUGUUUGUCCUUGUCCUAACCUGUGUGUGUCCCUCCUGACCUCUGAACUCUGUGUGUGUGUGUAGGAGCUGGAGCAUCGUCUGCGGCAGCAGCACCACAUAGAGCUCCAGUCUCUGAGAGAGGCCCACAGACACAGCAUAGAGACGCUCAAACAGCAGUCAGAGCAGGAGCUGCAGACUCUACGCUUCGAGCUGGAGGACGAGGGCAAGGCCAUGCUAGGUAAGAGCCAGGCUGGGUUAGGGUCUGAUGGGGAAUGGUCACAGGGUCUCACACUGGGUUAAGGGCCCUGGCAGGGAGGGAGCCACACCGGGUCAAAGCCCUAAUAACGAAAGCCAUGCUGUAAAGGCUAAUGCCCUUACAUGCUGAGUAAGGACCUUGAGAGAGAAAGGCCAUAUGUAGUAAUAGAGGACCGUUCUAGGUAAAUGCUAGACUUGGUUGUAGCCUUUAGAAAAAGUCAUUGGAAGCUAGUGUUGUUAAACACAGCCCGCCACUCCCUUUAGGAAUCAAGGUCAACACUGGAACAUUCCAUCACAUAGCUUAUUAGAGGCAGGAGAUGUACUGUGUGAUGAAUGUGUUUUAAUUAGAGACGCUUCCCUAAGGAUCCUGUCUGUCUCUCUCUCUCUCUGGUUCCUAGCCUCUCUGCGCUCUGAGCUGAACCACCUCCAUGCCUCGGCCAUAGAGCAUCUACGGCAGACCCACCAACAGGAGACGGCUGCAGCUAGUCUGGAACUGGAGAACGCCCUGGAGAACAGCCGGAUACAGGUCAGAGUCACCGGGAGUCACCGGGACUUACUGGCAUUCCACAUAUCACUUAGCUAAGAGAUCAUGGAAACAAUAUGGAUGGGCCAGCGUUAGUUUGUAUUACAGUAUGAUUGGAUAUUGGCCAUGAACAACAGCAUUGUAAAAAAAGAUUUAGACUUUUGUAAUCGCCCUAACAGCAGGCAAUUUUGUGUAGUGGCUUAACAAUGAGGUUAGACAUUAGCUCAAUGAAUGAGGAUAGAUAAUGAUCUAGAAAAAGGAGAACGAGUAUAUGCCCACACACACACUUUCAAAUCUAGAUAAUCCUUCUGUGCCUUUUAUUGUACAGACUGAAAUGUUUUUGAACUAAUGCCCAUAGAAGAGAAAUAUCUCCCUUGGCAACAGCCCUCUUUUCUCCUCUCCACUCUGGCUUCUGUUGCUUGUAUAUUCACACAUCUGAAUAGCUGUGUGGCUUGUUGGAUAGAUACAGCUUGAGCAAGAGUCAUCAGUGGGUUGGAACCUGGGGUGCUGGCCUCUAGAGAGAGAACAAGUGACAGCUUUCCUUCCUUCCCUCCCACACACACAAACACACACACACACACACUCCACAGUAAGAGGCCAUGGUGUCCCGCAGCGAGAUUUACUUAAGAAAGCAAAUGAAGAUGAAGCACAAAAACACCCAGAGAAAAAAAUAUUUUAUUUGCUCAACACAUCAUCCAUUUGCUCCCGAUUCCUCCACAUUCUGCAACAAAUCUGGGUGCUUUAUAACACUAACACAUGCGGUAUUCACAGAAACAAGGGGGCUUAACUAUUACCUAUUGUACAUAACCAAUAGCUAUGCCGCAGCCAGCUUACAGUAUGUGCAGUUUAAAAGAUGGUAUUGCACACGGGGAGGCUGGGUUAAGCUGAUGUGUCAGUUAGAGAGCAGUAGGUUUACCUCACAUAAUACCAGCCCAGCCGGCCCAGCUCCUGUCAACGUGCUCUUCAUCUCAGGCAUGAAUCACUCGAAUAAGUCUAAUGCCCUGGGUCCUCACUCAUCGCCAUGGCAGAGCCAGAUGUUCAGGGCCAGGCACACAGCUGUUUCUGAGGGGACCUACUCCUACGCUAGUCAGUCUACAGCAAGGUCACAAGGCAAAUACAGUUCUACCUGCCAAAUAAAACAAGAUACGAUCCAGGGUACCUACUGCAGUGCAAGCGGGUUCACUUUCCACAGUGACACAGUAAUCAUCUAAAGCUCUUACAGCAGACAGGCCCCUAUCACAACAGAAGCAGGCUACAAUGUCAGGGUUAUGACAGGGUUUUUGUUUUGUUUUUGUUUUUGUCCGACGAUGAGGAAAAUAGCAGCGGCAGCAAAGCAGAAAUGUGUUACAGUAAGAAAUGUCAAUGUGUGAUCCACCUCCUGUUAGGAUGCGAGGAUACCUGGAAAACAAAAGAGGGAAUAUAUUGAGGUCUUUGAGGUGGCAUUCUAGCUCGUGUAGAGAGAGAGAGAGAGAGAGAGAGAGAGAGAGAGAGAGAGAUAUUAGAGCAGCGGAUGAGCGAGUAUAUCGAGAGAUGAGGAUAUUAGAAUAGUAGAGAGCUGAUCUAUCCGUAUAGAGAUCGCUUCCGCGCGAGCGCUCUCGCUUCCUCUAGUGACUCUCUCAUCUUCUCUUCUCUUACUCUCCUCUCUCAUCCUCUCUCUCUACGUCUCUCUCGCUCUCGCUCUCUCCUCUCUCUCUCUCUCUCUUCUCUCUCUCUCGCUCUCUCUCUCUCUCUUCCUCUCUCUCCUCUCUCUCUCGCUCUCUCUCUCUCUCGCUCUAAUCUCUCUCGCAUCUCUCUCUCUGCGCUCUCUCUCCUCCCUCUGCCUUCUCUCUCCUCUCCUCUCCCUAGACGAGCCGAGACUCUGACUUAAGUUCACACAGGACACCAGAUAAGACAGGACAAUUAAACCAGAUAGGAAAGACUCAACCUAGCCCCUCGGCACAUAGACUAUUGCAGCAUAGAUACUGGAGACUGACUGAUAUAUAUUUAGCAAUUAGGAUUUCUUAUCUGUUAUGGUAAAUUAGGCAUUGUUGCAGACUGUUGGCAUAGGCCUAUCGAUAAAUGCGCACAUAUGUUUUUCCAGUGCGGGCCUUGUGUUCUAAAUUAUAUAUUUAAAAAAAUAUUUGAGUACUCUAACAGUAAAAAAAAUGUCAAAUGCCCAUCCCUACCAUGGGGCAUGUGCGACCUCCUUUGUGGUCUGUUCUCAUCCCCUAUAUACUGUAGCUGCCAUUUCCAGGCACCACAGUACACUCAAUACCUCGGACAUCUCACAUGGGAUAAACAGGCUUCCUGGUGGUUUCCCUCUUUCCCUCUGCUUCAGACUGUCUGUGUGUUCAGUAAGUCAGACAUGUCAGGACACAACCCCGUCUCUCUCUCUAUGUCCCAUUUGACUGCAGGAUUUACUAGCUGCUGAGCCAUCCCUCCCGCGUGGGUGGGACUCUUAAUCAUUUCAUCAUUUAAAUGCAUUAUGCCCAUACUAACCGUACAUUGAUUCAUAUUUAAUUAUACAAAUAUGCUAAUCACAGCAGCCAGUUAUGUCUCCCAGACUGUACGGCUGUUGUUGUCUUUUAUGGACAUGUGUUGUGGUUUUACCCAGUAAAUGGUAAAGCUCUGAUCUUUAGAAUAAACAUGUACCUUCAGCGCCUUAAUCAAAGGGCCUUAGCAACGCCGACCGUGUUGUUUUCCUUUGAACAGCCCCACUAGCCCAGCAUCCCUGGCAGACUGUAAAGGGUUGGGGCCAUCUGAAGAGAGCUACAAAGUGUUGCUCGUCCUCUUUCUGGGAGACAGAGAGUGGUUUCUAAGAAAUAACUCCCUGUGUUGAGCUGUGGAACACAGCUGAGCGCUGUGUUGCCUUAGCUUUAAUUGUGGCCCCUGAGAGAUGGACGGUGCUGGCUCGUUUAAUGAAAUUAGCAGGACUGGUCUGCUGUGUGUAUAAUUGCAUUUGCUGAGGAUAAUGAUCAGCUGUCCCCACAGACGAAUGCUCAACUUCUGACAGACAAAUGGCUCUGAAGAAUGUUUAUUUUCUAUACUCCCCUGGUACAUCCUAUCUCUGUAUGGUAUGGUAUGGUAUGGUAUGGUGUGUGUGUGUGUGUGUGUGUGUGUGUGUGUGUGUGUGUCUGCUUGCGUACAUUACUAUGGAGAGAUCUGUGCCAUAUUUCCUCUCAUGUUUUGUGUAUCUGAUAUCUAAUCUCCUCACACUGAUUCCUCAAUUCUUAAUGAAAUCCUAUGCUCAAUGAAUCUCCAACAAUUGAAGCAUUGCUAAUGGCUCCUCAUCCACAGCUAAUCUUUUUUUUUGUAUAACUUUUCACUGUCAUCUGUAUAGGGAUCAAUAGAACUGCUACAGAUGUAGGAUCUUAAUUUGACCUAUAUUGUCAGAGCAAAAUAAUCCUGCAGCAACAGGAUUGGAUCAUUUAGUCCAUAAUGUUGGUAAGGCUAUUAGCUGGCCAAAAGUAGGCUACAUGAAAAGUGCAAUUCUCUUCAUAUAUGUGUGUUAAUGUGGGUUUUCAGUUAAUUUAUGUAAAUCACGAAGAUCAUCUGCCUUCUCAGCAAUACAAUCAAAUUAAGAUCUGUAUGUAGCAGUAUUGGGAAUGAUUUGAAUUCAAACUACAGGUACUGUAUACUUGAUCUCAUCAUUUCUGGAGGCUGAAGGAAAGAUUUUGUCUGGUCCUAGGGCUCGUGAUCACCUCCCUCAGGGUCGUGGCAAUUCUUGUACUAAUGGAAUUAUGGCAGCAGCCUCCAUACCUCCCAGCCUUGUGAUGUGGCCUGGGGGGGGGUGGUGGGCUCAGUACCCCCAAUCACUCCGGCUUCACAGACAGGAUUUGACUGCUUCCCUCUAGUGACUGAGCUCUCUCUCUCUCGCUGACCCCCCCCCCCCCCCCCCCCCCCCCCCCCCCCCUCUCUCUCUCUCUCUCUCUCUCUCUCUCUCUCUCGCUGACCUUCUCUCUCUCGCUGACCCUCUCUCUCUCUCUCUGUACCAGGCUUCCAGCCCUAAUGAUGAGGCUGUACUCUGGCUGGCCUUUUGAUCAGCCUGCUCUGAAACUGUAGAGACAGACAGUCCUGUGGAAGCAGGGAGAGAAGAGAGAGAGAUAGAGAGAGGGGAGCUUGGGCUCAGAGAGACCUCACGAGGCCAGUAGACUCCUCGCUGAGACCUGUCUAUUCCCAGACCACUGGACUGUACCCUCUACCCACCUCCAGUCACACUACUGUCAAACUAACUCUCAGCCAGCCACAGAAAGGAAAUAUUUUUCAUAUAUAUUUUGUCAAAGAUCAGAGAUAAAAUGUGGUGAUUAUUGGAAGUGGGAACUCCAUCUACCAACUUCCCACCAGACCCUCAGAGGAAGCUUUAAAAACUGAAGUGCUAAUUUGUGACAUUUUAUCCAAAGCCUUUGAAGCUUCCUUUGACCUGGAAAAGUGCCACCCAGAGAAGGGGCUGAUUUUGAGUUGGUUUGAUUUUGAGGAGUGCUGCUUGAAUGGUUCCACCAUAGAAUUUGCUCUCCAACAGAAUUCCCAUCUAUAGAUGGACAAUGAAUAUUGCUAUUCUAUAGUGUCAUCGUAACAGAGUCAGUGGUAUUUAGACUGGCCCUCUAGCACCUUGCAAGUCAGCGUGAGGGUCCUCACUGUGUGUCUCAGUGCUACUAAUAGAGCUGUCACCACUGUCUCACUUCACAGCCCACACACACACACACACACCAAUGGACACACACACGCCUGCGUGCACGCACGUUCACAUGAAUGGACACACACACGAACACACACUUGCCUAACCAGCCACGGCAUACACAAAUAUAGGGUCAAGUGCCAAUUAGAACCUAGCUACAAACUCCCUCCCCACACUGAUGUUUAGCCUUUUAACUCUGUUCUCCACUGCUGGCACUGUCUGCCUCUCUACCUGUCCUUGUGGAAAUCCACAACCCAACCAUGCAGAGACAUGUCAAUCAAGUGGGCCUCCAAGCCAAACAGGUAUCCACUGGGGAGAUUAGGAGGCAGCAGAAAUGUCACAGUGAAUCUCUGUUAGGCAGAGGACGGGGAAACACAUUUCUAUGGAGGAGAGAGAGCCAGUCCCCUGAAACCAGCCCCCUUCAGUGGCUCACACAUUAAUUAACUAUAAUACUGUUAUCACAAUAAUCCGCUGGCAUGAAAUUAUAUUUACAGGAAUUCAAAGUUAAUACAUGCAGAUUGUAAUCUGAUUACACAAGAGCCAUUAACUUUAUAAUACCAGAGUUUGGCUUGACGGUAUGCUGCGUGAACUGUUAGCUAGAUGUCUCUUUUAGAGAGUGAGGAACUUCUAAAAGAGCUUCUGUUGAUGAAGUGGAAAAUGAUCCUUGAGCCAAGCAAAGCAUGAUAAAUCUACACCUCGGCUGGAGUUAUAGUAAUUACAUGGAUUUCUGCCUGGGCAAAAGGAGAUGUUUGCAUUUGAUAUAUCAGCCUGUUGAGUUAACUGUUACGCAACUUUGGGAAAGAGACUGAUAAUAGUCUAGAGUAGUCUAGAUUCAGAAGGCAACGUUGUCCCUAUUACAUACUGAACAAUUGACUAAAUACAUGUAUUCUAGUGAAUGGUUUCCGGUAUGUUUUCAGUACAAUUGACCCUGACUGGACCAGACCGGAGCAGCCAUGUUUGAGCUAAUAGUCAGGAGAUGACCUUUUCCUGGGAUGCAACCUUUUCCAGGCGAUAUAACAGUCCUCUAACACGUUGUUGUAACUCGUACUGACUAUAAACAAAUACAAGCAGCACAGUCAGCACUUUAUUUAUUAAUAGAAUAUCUAUUUAGAGAAGAGACGUAUCAGCAUCAAUAUUAACAACCUCACAACAAACGUGUUCAGUGAAGUCCAAAUUUAGUUCUGAGAGAGGUAGAGUGAUGCCAUGGCAUGUGACUGUGCUCAUGGCAAAGCUGUAGCAUCCAUGGCAAAGCUGUAGCAUCCAUGGCAAAGCUGUAGCAUCCAUGGCAAAGCUGUAGCAUCCAUGGCAAAGCUGUAGCAUCCAUGGCAAAGCUGUAGCAUCCAUGGCAAAGCUGUAGCAUCCAUGGAAAAGCUGUAGUAUCCAUGGCAAAGCUGUAGCAUCCAUGGCAAAGCUGUAGCAUCCAUGGCAAAGCUGUAGCAUCCAUGGAAAAGCUGUAGCAUCCAUGGAAAAGCUGUAGCAUCCAUGGCAAAGCUGUAGCAUCCAUUGGUACUGUAAAGAUUGUGUCAGAAAGCAUCACUGUACCCCCUGGGAAUACAAGGGGACAGCGCAGCAGCACAUGCCAGUGGGAUCAAAUGCUAACUCAAACGUGUGUUUUUUUAACUUGUUUUUGUUUACAUAUAAAUGUGUGUGUGUGUGUGUGUUCCUUUGUGCCUUUGUAUGUCUGCCUGUUCCCCUUUCAGGAGAGGGAGUUGCUGGGCCGUAUCUCGGACCUGCAGGAGGAGGUGGUAAGGAGGAAAAACCACAUUGCUGAGCUGGACCAUGAGAUUCACACACUGAACGAGAACAUCAACACACUCACCAAGGAGCUGGAGCUCAAGGGCAAGGAGGUGCUGAAGAUCCGCAGCGAGGCCAACCAGCAGAUCAGGUGGGCAGGAGGAGAGGGCAGGAGGAGAGGGCAGGGUCGUGACCCCACCACAGGGCAUUAUGGGGGGACACACAGGAGGGUUGACACAAUAACAGGUCAUCUACAGUAAAGCUGUUCUGGUGCAUUGCCAAAGUUAAUUAGGUGAAUCUCUGUAUGCUAUCUCUGCAGGUGAAUGCCUGUACCUCGUUUUAAUAUGGCCACGAUGAAGGUUUUUAGCACGUUUAGUUCAUUCAGAUGACUGGUGAAUCACAACACGAGAAGUUCAGUUGUGUGAAUUCCUCAUGUUUAGAAGUGACAGUCGCUGGCCAUUGGCAGUGCUGGCAUCGUUUUUGAGUUAGAUUACAUUUGAAGGAUACUGGCAAGAGAAAGAGAGCAGGCCAAUUUGCCUCUCCCUUCUGGAAGCCCUGUUUUCUGGACUGUUAUUCCCUUUGAUGACUUGGUCCUUUUGACAUUAGUUUUUCUCCUCUAUUUUAAUGGUCAAAUAAAUGUAUAUGUAAAUAUGAAAGUCAGGGUUAUUUGGGGCAAGGCCUAAAUAUAAUCCAUCAUCAUGCUUUUCCCACAGGCUGAUAUUAAUAAUUCACUCUUAUAGUCAUUAAUAAUGUGGUCUGAGGCCUGGAUGGAACGAACGGCAGGCUCUCUCUCAUUAGAAUUGAAGGCCUGUUUGUUGACGAAUCAAAAAUGGAUGCUGACGCUUUUCUAGCGCUAGAGAUAACUAAGCACAUGGGGUUAGUGUGUAUGUGUGUUUGCAGCCGCGAAUGUGUGCAUGUGUGGCGUCAACGACACAUAUCGAUGGUAGGAUUCCAGGCCCCUUGUGGAGCACGUUUCACUUCCAAUUAUGUAACACUCUGGUGAAUCCUCGUUUCCUGAGAUAUAAAAAACAUAAUAAAUAUAUAAAUUGGAAAAGAUUUGUGUCCCUCAGGGAGUGUUACUCAGGGAGAGGCAAACUUAUUCCUCUGCACACCUCGUGCUCCCAAGCCCUCUCCCUCUCUCCCUUUCUCCCUCUCUCUCUCUGACUGCGGUAGCUCUGAGUGAGGGGAAAGAGAGAGUCACCGCUACAAUGCAGGGAAUUUCAAUCAGCUGGUGUAAUGUCUUGGAAGAGUCCUGUCUAUCUGUUCCACAUCAAAAGAAAUCAAUACGUAAAUAGAGAGGAGUGUUUUCCACUUAUGGCGAAACAGUGAUACCUCUCCUCCAGAGACUCCUGCUGUAAAUUAUAUAUGUCUUUCUUGGAAACAAAAUGACGGUUACGUCAGGAAAAGAAGGAAAGUCAAAGAUGAAUGAAAUUUUAAUGGCUCCAGCAGGAUCAAAAGGAAUGUGUCUGUGGUAAGUGUGCCGAGUUAGGAUACUGUAACACCUCUGGACAGGAGACUUAGAGCCUUAGAGCUGGAGAGGUGUAUAAAGACAUGUGAUCUGAAUGGGUUUUAAUGGUCUGGUCUCUUCUCAUCAGGGCUCAUGAACAGGACCUGUCGAAGAAACACGAGCGAGAGAUGGCUGAGAUGAACGCCAUGCACAACAGAGAGACUCAGAACAUGCUGUGUGACUUCAACAAGGCCCAGGAGCUCCUCAAAGACAAGAUCUCUGCUCUGCAAGUCCUGUACGUACAUUACAUCCAGUAUGUAGUUGAUAUAGCACUAUAUGUGUUUGCAGGUGGUACAGUAUGUGUGUGCAGGGAACAUAGCAGAUGAGGUGUGUGUGGGUGGGCUUGGGCAUGAGUGUGUGAUCUAGGUCUUGUCAGAGAGAGAGAGAAGGGGGGGAGAGAGAGAGUAAACAUAUGUUACCCAUGCCAAUAAAGCCCCUUAAACUGAAAUUGAGAGAGAGAGAGGAAACAUAUGUUUCCCAUGCCAAUAAAAGCCCCUUAAAACUGAAAUUGAGAGAGAGAGAGAGCAGAGAGAGAGAGAGAGAGAGAGAGAGAAGAGGAGAGAGGAGAGAGAGAGAGACGAGAGAUGAGAGAGAGAGAGAGAGAGAGAGAGAGAGAGAGAGACCCGGCCGAGAGAUGAGAGAUGAGAGAAGAGAGAGACUCAGCGAGAGGCGCUCUCUCUCUGGGGAGAUCCGAUUAUAUCACCGCCACACUGCUGCUUAUCAUCUCUGCUCCUCACCAUCACAAACGGAAAUGCAGAACGGAGAGAGAGAAGAAAGGAGAGGAGAGCAUAAUGAGAGAGAGACACUGUGAGAUGAGAGCACAUGUGAUAGUGUGAUUAUAUAAAUCCCUGGCAGAUGAUGAAAGGCCACAGUCCCUGGCAGAGCACAGGCUGAAGAGGUGAGUGCCCCACACAGAUACAGGGAUGGAAGGAAGGAAGGGAUGGAUUCAAGAGGGGAGAGCGGUUGGCUGCACAUGAUCUCCGGAGGUGAAUAUGGCCCAUUGGGAAGGUCCAUCCCUUUUAUGAGAGAUCUGACAGACCAGUUUUAUUUUCCACUGUGCUGCGUGGAUGUGACUGUGUCCUCAAUCCCCCACCCCACGCACACACACACAUACACACACACAAACACACACACAAACACACAAACAAACACUGUCCAUCAGCAGCAGUGUCCUACUUGGGAUAAACCUCCAGCUGGGUGUGCAGCGCCCCUAGCUUUCAAGACACCACGGUACACACACAGUACACACCAGAAAAUAUGAACAUAGACAUCCCCUGCAAACUACUCUGAAUAGAUCCAAGGAGAUACUGUAAUGAUCAUAGGAAUAACAGGCAGCUUUCUCUAUAAUACAUAUGUUUGGGAUAUGAGAGAGAGAAAGAGAGAGGGAGAGAGUUAGAUGGAACAGAUGUACAGGCCUCAGUGAGGAUCCUGGGACUGGGGAGUGACCUAAUUUAGUUUAACAUGAAUGAGAGCACCAUCUAGACAAAGCCAGCUACUGCAGAGAGAGCAUCUGUGAUGUCCUCCACCAAAUCUUCUCAUGGCUCAAUCACACCUUUCAAAAUGAAAUGCUAGUGAAGCAAACAUCAUUUUUUGUUCCUCAACUAAAUUUGACUGACAAACAGAAUCCAGUACAAUCCUGUAAAAAUUGUUCACAUUAGCCCUACACUGUUUUUUUUGUUGCUAACCUUUCUAAAACCAACAAUUUCAUGCUGGUCCAAGCCCCUGUCGUUCUCAAUUUUCUGACUAGUUUCCAAGGCCUUACCUUGAGGUUGACAAUUUACUGCUUGCUAAUUAAGCACAGCACAAAUCUAUUUUAACAACAGCCCCUGUCCCCUCCCCAAUUAAUCACCAUGGCAGCCUCGUUCGCCCAAAGCCGGUCCCUGGCCACCUCUAAAUAUUACGCCAUUUAAGCUCUAUGAAUAUUUUACCUCAUUACAUGUCCUAUUGGUUAAACCCCUGGGAACCAACACAAGUUUGUUGUCUGAUUGGUUGUUGUUCGUUUUAGUGCUUCCUAGCAGUUUGUCACAUCUGUUUUGAGUUAUGUCGCUGGAGAGUUGAGUGGUGUGUGAUAAUGAUCAGUGUUGGGGAAUAGUGAACUACAUAUAGUUCAACUAGUAAUUAAACUCCAUUUUGCAGUAGAUUGGUGAUAGUUGAACUAAAUUAAAAUCUAGGUGGUGUUUUCAGUAGUAAAUUACUUUUUAUCAUCUAGCUACUGGAACUACUGGAAAUACACACUACUUUUUGGGCUAAAAUACAAUAUGGGUGAAGUAGGCAAUACUUUCCUUUAUUUUUCGGCAUCAGGCCUGCCUAAUUCUCACUUGAAACAUCGUUUUUGUGUUUAAUAGGCCAAAUUACACAUUCUGUUAACAACUGACUCCAGAGUGAUCUGUUCUUGCAAUUUGUAGGCUAUUACAUAUCAGAUUUAGAUAUGAUAAUUUAUCAACUAUAUUUUCUAUAUAAGUCAACUAUAUUUUCUUAAGGGUAGCUUUAGUGUAGCUAACUUCUUUCAGUGUGAAGUAAUUGGUAGCUUGGUAAACUAUAUUUUCAGAGUAGCUUCCCCAACACUGAUGACGAUGAUAUAUUUAUAAAAAAGCAAGCCAGCACCAGCCUCCCAGGCUGCACUGCAGCAACAUGUUGAUUUCACAUGGCUUGUGUUUGGAGCAUCUGUAGAGCUGCAGAUGAGUCUAUAGUAAAACGUGACACUGAAGUAAAGUGUAGUAGAUGCUGGUACUGUGAAUUAAGCAACAAAUGAACUGAUCGCUGAUGCAUAGCAGUGUAACAGAAGCAAUUAUCAUGAUAUCCAAUAUGCUCCCUCUCUAAUUCAAGCAUUUUUCCUGUCCCUGUCUUGCAUCUGAGUUUGAUGGAGAGUUUGGUAUCACUUGUCAUUCCACAUCUGUAGUGCUGAGGAAGUCAUGCCAAACUGGACAUGAUGGAUGCUUGUUUAGAGUAUGAGGAAUAUCUCAGCAUAUUAAAGUCCUCAAUCUCAAAUUAGAGGCAGCACAAAACUGUGGAGAGGCAGAUGGCUUUGAUCACUCUUCUAAAGAGCGCUCGUUAUUUGUUGAGAAGUUUAAGUGGAAUUCAGAACAACAUGUAGUGUUUCUAGUGUUUUGAUCAUAGUAAUACACAAGCACUAAUAGGCUUUCUGAUAAUGAGAUUAAAGGUAGGAGAGUUAAAAGCUAAUUCGUUAGUGUUGAUCUGCAGAUGAUGGAAGGGAAGCUUUCAAAACAUGCUCCCUCAGUGUAUGCUCAUAUCCUCAAGCUGAUCCAAGGCACUUUUAUCAUCACGUUACACAAACAAAACUUUGUUUCCACACUGAUACCUGAUUCACACUGUGCUGUGAGGAAACUGUGAGAUGUCAGAGCCCUAAUGGCCCCCUCCUCUCCCCAGGCUGGAGGGCACGGAGGAUAAGUUCCGGAACAGGGAGAGCCGGCCUGAGGACCUGCAGGUGAUCGCUGAGCUAAAGGACAUGGUGACUGAGAGGGAGUCCCUCGUCAAGAAGCUGGUGGUAAGUGUAUGUACACAGUACAAGAUGGCCUACAGGAUGCCCUUGUGUGGUUUUACCCAACAAUCCUAGACAUGGAGCCUGCAUGCCUGUCUACCUCCAAACAAUAGUAGACCAGACUUGUAUGUUACAGCCCUUGAGUCCCAACAAUGCAUUGAAGACAGCUAUUCAGUAUACUGUAUCUAUAGCACUAGAGCUUGCCUAGAAAGGUUGUAUCAUACUGUACUGGUAUUUAAGCCCAUGAUAUACAUUUAAUUAGAGUGUGAGGUGUGAGAUGCUCCAUCAAUAACCCAGAGAAGCAUGACCUAACUGAAAUAUUUCUGUUGACAUGCAGGACGAUAAAAAGUUCUACCAGCUGGAGUUGGUGAACAGAGAGACCAACUUCAACAAAGUGUUCAACACCAGUCCCAACGUGGGUGUAAUAAAUCCCCUUAUCAAGGUGAGCUGACCGCUGCACACUAGCACACCACACAGACAGACAGACAGACAGACAGACAGACAGACAGACAGACAGACAGACAGACAGGGGACUAACACUGACCAUGUGCAUUACGUCUCCAUAGAGUAUAGGCUCUGCCAGUUGAUUAGAGCCAUGUAGCUAAUCUGAACUAAUCUUUCACUUUUUGUCAAGACCAAAAGCGUCAGGUGACAAUUUGAAACCCUUAGGGAACCAUCACGAUCAUUACAAGCCUAAACCACUAGCCUGUACCUCAUUGUAGAAAAUGGUUGAAGUGGAGAUUUUAAGUUGCCUUUCCACAUAUUCUUAGUCUUGAUUUCCAUUGGAAUCAUUCCAUCCGUUAGUGAAGAGAAGUUGUGUCCCAAUCCAAUCUAAAUGCAGCAAUCCCCUGUCUCCCAGUUGAAUGGAUCACUCUGCAUGGUCAAUAUGUAACUGUUGACUCCAUUUCAAGUUCUAUAACUUCCGAUAUCUUGGUUCAGUGUUAUAUAUAAUGUGUUUGUGUACAUUUAUAUGUGUGUGUGUGUGUGUGUGUGUGUGUGUGUGUGUGUGUGUGUGUGUGUGUGUGUGUGUGUGUGGGGGUUAGUCAGUAGGUGUCUGUGUUAUCUCCCUGUUCAGACAUCCAGUUCUCCUUUGCUUACCAAGCCAUUCUUUGUUAGUGUGAACUUUCUGUAGCCUCUUCAUUUGAUGCAUCCCUUUUUGCUCAUCUUGAUUUACAUAUUAUUGCUUCACUAGCUGAGUGGUACGAGCUUGACCUUCAGAAAGCAUCCAUCCACAUAAAUCCUCUGAGAAUGAGAAAUAUACACUACCAGUCAAAGGUUUGGACACUCAUUCAAGAGUUUUUCUUUAUUUUUACUAUUUUUUACAUUGUAGAAUAAUAGUGAAGACAUCAAAACUAUGAAAUAACACAUAUGGAAUCAUGUAGCAAACAAAAAAGUGUUAAGCAAAUCAAAGUAUAUUUUAUAUUUGAGAAUUGUCAAAUAGCCACCCUUUGCCUUGAUGACAGCUUUGCACACUCUUGGUAUUCUCUCAACCAGCUUCACCUGGAAUGCUUUUCCAACAGUCUUGAAGGAGUUCCCACAUAUGCUGAGCACUUGUUGGCUGCUUUUUCUUCACUCUGCGGUCCGACUCAUCCCAAACCAUCUUAAUUGGGUUGAGGUCGGGUGAUUGUGGAGGCCAGGUCAUCUGAUGCAGCACUCCAUCACACUCCUUCUUGGUAAAAUAGCCCUUACACAGCCUGGACUUGUGUUGGGUCAUUGUCCUGUUGAAAACAAAUGAUAGUCCCACCAAGCCCAAACCAGAUGGGAUGGCGUAUCGCUGUAGAAUGCUGUGGUAGCCAUGCUGGUUAAGUGUGCCUUGAAUUCUAAAUAAAUCACAGACAGUGUCAUCAGCAAAGCACCCCCACACCAUAACACCUUGUCCUCCAUGCUUUACGGUGGUAAAUACACAUGCGGAGAUCAUCCGUUCACCCACACCGCGUCUCACAAAGACACGGCGGUUGGAACCAAAAAUCUCAAAUUUGGACUCCAGACCAAAGGACAAAUUUCCAACGGUCUAAUGUCCAUUGCUCGUGUUUCUUGGCCCAAGCAGGUCUCUUCUUCUUAUUGGUGUCCUUUAGUAGUGGUUUCUUUGCAGCAAUUCGACAAUGAAGGCCUGAUUCACACAGUCCCCUCUGAACAGUUGAUGUUGAGAUGUGUCUGUUACUUGAACUCUGGGAAGCAUUUAUUUGGGCUGCAAUUUCUGAGGCUGGUAACUCUAAUGAACUUAUCCUCUGCAGCAGAGUUAACUCUGGGUCUUCCAUUCCUUUGACGGUCCUCAUGAGAGCCAGUUUCAUCAUAGCGCUUGAUGGUUUUUGCGACUGCACUUGAAGAAACCUUCAAAGUUCUUGAAAUGUGCCGUAUUGACUGACCUUCAUGUUUUAAAGUAAUGAUGGACUGUCGUUUCUCUUUGCUUAUUUGAGCUGUUCUUGCCAUAAUAUGGACUUGGUCUUUUACCAAAUAGGGCUAUCUUCUGUAUACCCCCCCCCCCUGUUAAUUGAAAUGCAUUCCAGGUGACUGCCUCAUGAAGCUGGUUGAGAGAAUGCCAAGAGUGUGCAAAGCUGUCAUCAAGGCAAAGUGUGGCUGCUUUGAAGAAUCUCAAAUAUAAAAUAUAUUUUGAUUUGUUUAACCCUUUUUUGGUUACUACAUGAUUCCAUAUGUGUCAUUUCAUAGUUUUGAUGUCUUCACUAUUAUUCUACAAUGUAAAAAAUAGUAAAAAUAAAAAAACAACUGGAAUGAGUCGGUGUGUCCAAACUUUUGACUGGUAAUGUAUAUAAAUAUAUAUGCACAGCAGUCUUUUUUUCAUUGGACUAGUUCUCCAUAUUUCCGUUUCUUUUUGUUUUUGUCCCUCUGUGUAGCAAAAGAGAAAGAAUGACAAAUCAGCAAACCGAUUCAGCAGCUCUCCAAACCUCAGGGCUCUGGAGGCGGCGGGAACAGGGAUGGGGAGCGGGCAGCCCCAGCCCAACCGCCUAGAGCCAAUCCCCAACUCCCCCAUUCACCACCUUGAGCUCAACACUAGCAAACCUCUGCCCCCACCAACCCCUCCGUCAGAGCCCAAGAAAUUCAUGAGGUGAGCGCCGUCCCUCCCUCGCCGCUGACGCCUCGGUCCGCACCAUGGGCAGGCCCAGGGACAAGCACACUGACAAACAGACAUUGCCCUGACCCUCGAGCCAUACAGCUGCAUAUAGGCGGCUUUCAUACAAACCUCUCCAGUCAGCUGCCAUAUCCCUUUCUGAUGGGCUUCAGUCUUUGAAAGAAACUUCUCAAUGUGACCCUUACUGGUGGAUGUUGAUGUUCUUCCCCCUCUCUCUCAGACCUCGCUCUGAUAAACAGAACAGCGUGAAAUCUGGAAUUACAGCUUGAAAAAAACAAAAAACACUCCAGUCUGAAAGUGUAAUUAACUUGAAUAAUAGAUUAAGUUGCCUGCUGCCUGUUGCCAACAGGCUGAGGAUUCCCUCUUGAUUGCUAUUCUAUUUGAAGGACAUGAUGGUUUUUGUCUUUGCCUGCAGUUUUUGCAAGGCUUUGAUUGUAUCCCCAGAGAAUUGGCUUUCGGAGAGAGGCAGAGCUCCCACAAUUACUCCCCCACUUCUCUGUCAACUUAUCUUUACUGUAUACCAGGAAGUCAGUGGCUUCACUUGACGGUUUCUUUUCAAACACACAAAGGGAUAUUCCAUCUGAACCUACACACACUCCAGGAGAUGUAUGAACACUUUACUAUACUAUUCCAAAGCCCCAUGCAAUACAUGAGCUUUGAAAAUGGCAUUGGAAUGCAAAAGAAGCAUGUGUACACCCCACCGUCACUCUUAACAUGCUAACAUAAGUGGGCAUGCUAGGAGUUGUGUCUCUUUGUGUCUCUGUGUUGUGUAUUUUUCUGUUUGUUCUGGAAGUUAUAGGCCUACAACUCAUUGGUGAUAUGUUGUUGUUCUGUUAAACCCCCUCAUCCUCAUCGGCCUCCAGGCAUGCUGCACUUACUGCACUUUGUUGUCCGCCUUGAUGUGAAAUUAUUUGAUUUGUAUAUGAGGAAAGUCUGAUUGUGUAAUAUAGAUUGGUGAUGAUAUUUUUUUCACCAUGUACAGUUCUGUGUGUGGUGAUGUGUGAAGCCUUCGAUAAUAACAACGACACUCUCCCGUCUCAUCAAUAAACCGCUCUCUCUCUCGUGCCUUGGCAUUGCUUUGCUCGUUGUUGUGUUUCCAGCUAUAGUUCUGUACAUGUGUAAUAAGCACACAUGUGAAUGUGAUACUCUCUUGUGCAUGUGUUGUACUAGCUUAUGAUGUCUGGCACUCACCCGGUGCUUAGGUUUCUGCCUAUUGCUGCACUUGUUAUCCAUCUGUGUGCCUCUCUGUGCUUUGGGUUUCUCUUACCCUUGCUGCAUGCUGCGCUGUAUGUAAAUAAGUUGCAGAUGAGUCAGUGUGGCAGAUUUGUGCGGGGCAGCCCUCCAUUGUCAUGGGACGCUCCCAUCACUGCAUCACACACACGGCCUGUCUGUCUCAGCCCCUGUCAAGGUGACCCUGUUUCCACUAAGCAACAGAUGCACCCCCACAUACUUUACCACAUACAGUGAGGGAAAAAAGUAUUUGAUCCCCUGCUGAUUUUGUAUGUUUGCCCACUGACAAAGACAUGAUCAGUCUAUAAUUUUAAUGGUAGGUUUAUUUGAACAGUGAGAGACAGAAUAACAACAAAAUAAUCCAGAAAAACGCAUGUCAAAAAUGUUAUAAAUUGAUUUGCAUUUUAAUGAGGGAAAUAAGUAUUUGACCCCUCUGCAAAACAUGACUUAGUACUUGGUGGCAAAACCCUUGUUGGCAAUCACAGAGGUCAGACGUUUCUUGUAGUUGGCCACCAGGUUUGCACACAUCUCAGGAGGGAUUUUGUCCCACUCCUCUUUGCAGAUCUUCUCCAAGUCAUUAAGGUUUCGAGCCUGACGUUUGGCAACUCAAACCUUCAGCUCCCUCCACAGAUGUUCUAUGGGAUUAAGGUCUGGAGACCACUCCAGGACCUUAAUGUGCUUCUUCUUGAGCCACUCCUUUGUUGCCUUGUCCUGUCCCCUUGUCCAUCGUCCCUUUGAUGCGGUGAAGUUGUCCUGUCCCCAUAGCAGAAAAACACCCCCAAAGCAUAAUGUUUCCACCUCCAUGUUUGACAGUGGGGAUGGUGUUCUUGGGGUCAUAGGCAGCAUUCCUCCUCCUCCAAACACGGCGAGUUGAGUUGAUGCCAAAGAGCUCGAUUUUGGUCUCAUCUGACCACAACACUUUCACCCAGUUCUCCUCUGAAUCAUUCAGAUGUUCAUUGGCAAACUUCAGACGGGCCUGUAUAUGUGUUUUCUUGAGCAGGGGGACCUUGCGGGCGCUGCAGGAUUUCAGUCCUUCACAGCGUAGUGUGUUACCAAUUGUUUUCUUGGUGACUAUGGUCCCAGCUGCCUUGAGAUCAUUGACAAGAUCCUCCCGUGUAGUUCUGGGCUGAUUCCUCACCGUUCUCAUGAUCAUUGCAACUCCACGAGGUGAGAUCUUGCAUGGAGCCCCAGGCCGAGGGAGAUUGACAGUUAUUUUGUGUUUCUUCCAUUUGCGAAUAAUCGCACCAACUGUUGUCACCUUCUCACCAAGCUGCUUGGCGAUGGUCUUGUAACCCAUUCCAGCCUUAUGUAGGUCUACAAUCUUGUCCCUGACAUCCUUGGAGAGCUCUUUGGUCUUGGCCAUGGUGGAGAGUUUGGAAUCUGAUUGAUUGAUUGCUUCUGUGGACAGGUGUCUUUUAUACAGGUAACAAGCUGAGAUUAGGAGCACUCCCUUUAAGAAUGUGCUCCUAAUCUCAGCUCGUUACCUGUAUAAAAGACACCUGGGAGGCAGAAAUCUUUCUGAUUGAGAGGUGGUCAAAUACUUAUUUCCCUCAUUAAAAUGCAAAUCAAUUUAUAACAUUUUUGACAUGCGUUUUUCUGGAUUUUUUUGUUGUUAUUCUGUCUCUCACUGUUCAAAUAAACCUAGCAUUAAAAUUAUAGACUGAUAAUUUCUUUGUCAGUGCUCAAACGUACAAAAUCAGCAGGGGAUCAAAUACUUUUUUCCCUCACUGUACAGUACCUCUCUACUGCAGCACAUACCACACUUAUGAUGCCAUGUAUUAUACAUCUGUUUUAAGAUGAUAUAAAUGUACUUCUAUCUCUGUGCAUGCAGUGCCCUUUAAAUGCUGCCCUAUUUCGAUUCAGGAGGCCUAUACCAGAAUACAAAUAUAGCAAUAGAAAUUACAUACAUAUACAUUUGCAUACCUAAUUUAGUUUUCUCUAUGGAAAACACUAGUAUGCAUGCUUAUGCUAUUUCUCUGCUUUUAGAUUCUAAUGCUGUUGAAGUCAGCCCUGUCUGUCUCAGCCCAGGUGUUCCCUAGAUCUGAAGUUGGUAAUUAACAGACCAGAAUGCGUGUUCAAUUGAGCAUUAAAUUGGAUUUGCUGCAAUGAAGGCUACUGAGACCAAGGAGAGAAUGAUUGCAGAGGAGAUAUUUUAGGAUAGUUUUCAGUGACAUAAAGAGUUCUGCACGGAAUGAAGAAGCCACCUGUCGUUAAUUUAAAACUUCAGACAUGUUUAGCUCAGUCAGAGCAGUACAGUUUGUGCAGUGCAGAAUGAUUACCAGAGUGUAGACUGUGUUUAAUCAUUUGUCUUGUGUCAUCUAGUCAUGAUAAUAUACUGAACAAAAAUAUAAAUGCAACAUGCAACAAUUUCAAUGAUUUUACUGAGUUACAGUUUAUAUUUGGAAAUGGUGGGCCUGGAAGAGCAUAGGCCCAGCUACUUGGAGCCAGGCCCACCCACUGGGGAGCCAGGCCCAGUUAAUCAGAAUGAGUUUUUCCCCACAAAAGGGCUUUAUUACAGACAGAAAUACUCCUUAGUUUCAUCAGCUGUCUGGGUGGCUGGUCUCCGAUGAUCCCUCAGGUGAAGAAGCCGGAUGUGGAGGUCCUGGGCUGGCGUGUUUAUACGUGGUCUGUGGUUGUGAGGCUGGUUGGGAGUACUGCCAUAUUCUCUAAAAUGACGUUAGAGACGGCUUUUAGUAGAAAAAUGAACAUUCAAUUAUUUGGCAACAGCUCUGGUGGACAUUCCUGCAGUCAGCAUGCCAAUUGCACACUCCCUCAAAACUUGAGACAUCUGUGACAUUGUGUUGUGUGACAAAACUGCACAUUUUAGAGUGGCCUUUUAUUGUCCCUAGCACAAGGUGCACCUGUGUAAUGAUAAUGCUGUUUAAUCAUCUUCUUGAUAUGCCACACCUGUCAGGUGGAUGGAUUAUCUUGGCAAAGGAGAAAUGCUCACUAACAGGGAUGUAAACACAUUUGUGCACAACAUUUGAGAGAAAUAAGCUUUUUGUGCGUAUGGAAAAUUUUGGGGAUAUUUUAUUUCAGCUCAGUAUAAUACAACCUUUAAGUUUAGAGGUUGUUAUUUGACAUGACAACUGUGUAAAUAGCCAUGGUAGGAAAUGAAAACUUGAAAGUGUCUUAAGUUACAUAGUUCUUUUUCAGAUCCCAUAUUGCAAUCUCCUUGCCUUUGUUUUUCUCAAAUAUUAACUGCAAUAUGAAGUUAUGAGUCAUAUAUCACAGAGAUUUUAAUCUUGAACACUUUGUGCACUGUAGUUGUUGAGAGGAGAGGGCUUCUAAUUAUUACUGUAUGUUCUGUUCUGACAUUUCACUUAGAGUUCUCCUCCCACUCAUCCUCUCCUCUUCUUUGGCUCUCCAGACCCUCGGAUGUCAAGCCCUUCUUAGAUAGGAGGCAUCUGGUGCCCGUCAACGGGUUACGACCUCUGGACAGAAACUGAGGGAGGGCCCUAAACACCAGGCAACCAGUCAGUCAGUCAGUCAGCAAGUCAUCCAGACAGACAGUCAGCCAGACAAACACCAGAAGGAUAUCCAGCCCUAUAAGCAAAGAGCAAAGGUUAUUUUAUGUGGAAUAAAGCUGCAAUGUUAUAAUACAGUGAGGUUUGUUGGUGUUUAUUGUGAAUUUCCAAUGCCAAGGUUAUGGUCAAGCCAGCAACCCAGUGAAAUGCAUUAGGUUGAAUAGGUUACAUCUUGGACAGACUGCAUAGAACAAACCACAAUAGGCAAGAUUAUGGUCUUUCAAUACAUUUUCCCUCUCACAUUCUUUCUUUGAGUUUAUUAUUGGAUUUGCUUUUCAGAAACUACAGAGUAUGAAGAGAACAAACACUAUUUGGUAUUCAGGAUUUUUAAUAGAUGCAUUCACAUAUUUGUAUAACCAAGAGAGCAUAAUCCCCCAAGGACCUGAGUCAAGGAUUAACAACUGCAUGGUCUUGUUGUAAUUCAAUCUCACAAAACCCCAUGGCUGGAUGAUCAUGUAAAACAGGAAUGGUUGAGUUAUUACAACCACAGGCUCUAUUAAAAAUGAGCAAACUUAACACAGUUAAAGGCUGAUUAGUGCAACAGAAAUGUUAUUGUUUUCAAGGAAGCAUUUACACUCGAGAGCAGAUAAUCAAAUCUAUAGCUAUACUGCCUCAAUAAAAUCCCAUUCUGUAUCCUCUGAACUGGAUGGAUGACUACACCGACUUCAAACACAGAACAUAAGCAUAAAACCCAGAGCCUUUAAAUUGAAUAAAACUACUCUCAACCCUGAGGUGCAAUAAGGAUUUCUUAGUCAAUAAUGUCCUGUAUUGUAUAACUGUUUGCUGCUGUUGUGGUGUGUGCCCCACUGUGUAGCCCUCCUGAGACAGAGGAGUCACCCAUAGGAUCCCCAGACCCCCAGCGCCAGGAGUGGUUCGCCCAGUACUUCACCUUCUGA